GUCGUCCGCGUCGUCGUCUGCGUCGCGUCGUCGUCGUCGUCCGCGUUCGCGCGCGCGUGUUUUGUGACCCGUGCGUGUGCAUGUGUGUGGUGCGCGCGUGUUCAGAAAAAUAUUACAGAUACGCACGCCCGCAACUAUACUAAAAUAUUAUUAUCUUUAGUUUCGUGCGUAAGCCGCCCGCACAUCGCGCACGCAAAGGCCUCCCGAGAAAUCCACACUCGCGACGUCCGCCACCGCAAAUCCAAUAUCUAAUUAUACAAGCACAGUGUUCCGAGUGUUCGGGGCCGACGCGGAUCGGAUUUUUCUCUUCCUCUUGUUAUUGUCAUUUGUCCGCGAGUUUUUUAUUCCGCGUUUUGGAUUACAACGGUGCCCACGGUCCUGCUGGAAAAGUCCUCGAACCGGCCCGUCGACUUCAUGUGGUAAGUUAAAAGUCUUGUUCGAGUGUAUUCGACCUGAUCAACGGAUAUCGUCGUAACGUUCGCGCAAUGUGUGUAUUCCCGUGCAGCAAAUCAUUUCCACGAACACGUCGGGCUGCGUAAUCGAACAAAAUUGGCUAGUGAAAACUAUAACGUUUUAGGAAAAGUACCAAAAUAAAGGCCAUUUGUAAACCAUUACGAGUCUUUUCGCUAUAAUCGCAUAUAUCGCAGGUGAGAUCGGCCGUACUCGUGUGCUCGCCCUCUGGAAUCUGCGGUCCAUCUCGUGGUAUCCUCGUUAAAUUUCUAACCUUAGCAAACACGUACGUUGCAAACACCUCUUGCAAAACAUCGCACCUAACACGCGCGAGCCGUUGUUUUGUAAUUCGGUCUAACUGAUAAAAAACGAACGUUUUAGACGGAACGUAUAGAUUUUCCGUUGGCCACCGUUAAAGUCUCCAAAGAUUUCAUACGCUCAACAUCGUCAUAUAAAAUAUAAGGCACGUCUAAUACAAAUGAACAGUAAUAUUACUGUGCGGUUUAUUUUUGAAAAUUUCGAUCCUGUUUAAAUGUUUACCGGUGUUAAUACGAUUAUAAUUACAUACGUCUAAAUACGUAGAAAAAUAAACUAUUAUCCGGACUAAUGUAUUGUCUAUUCCCUACUCUAGUCAUCUAUUUUUGCCGAAAUGAUUCCAAAUUAUACACGCAACCGAAACUGAUAACACGACGAUAAACAAUAUUAUUAUUUUUAGAUUACACGUUACUUUUUAAUUAAUUGCUAGACUAUUGUGCGCGAUUCGUGGUGUGCAGCGGCGGAUCCAGAAAUCGUUUAUGUUGGUGGUGGGGGGGAGGGAGACAUUAUUUAUAUUUUCAGUAAAUUAAUAUAAAAUAUAUAAAUAAAAACUGUAAUCCAUUGACAUGGGGCACGUGCCCCUGUGUCCCACCCCCGCCGGACCCGUCACUGGUGGCGUGCAAUUUGUCCGUUUGUUUAACGCCUCGUUAUACAUUUACAAUAUCAUAUUAUUAUUAUUAAUUUUCAGAUAGCAUUCAUUUGAUUUUCGUCAAACACGGGUAUAAACAAUAAUGUCUAUUUACUGUACAAAUAGUAUUCGUGUUUAUCACACAGAACUCGUGGCGAGCCUUAUGAACACGAAAACGUAUACACAAUAAAUACAAGUCGCCGUUCGGUCUUAUUAACCCGACCUGGUCCGGUCCCGGUUUUGAUUUGAUUGCACCGGCCCGGUCCUGUAUUUAAAAACCGGAUCGCGCGGUGCUCCGAUACCGGUGCAAAUAUUAUGAUGUGCGAGCACUUCGCGGUCGUCAAAAAUUAUCUCGCUCGCGGAUUUUCUUAUUGUGUGCCUAUCUGCCUGUUCGAGCGGAAUUUUCCGAGAGCCGUCGCGCGACGGCACCGGCGUUCUUCUACGUUUAGUUCGGUUCCCCCCCCCCACGAUCAACAGUUAUAUUCCCGGUUUUGGUGUGCGACCGGGUCUAUUAUUAUUAUAAUUUAAACGCAUGACUUGUCGCAAAAUAAUAAUACGCUUGCACGUAGGUACGCACUGCAUAUUUAUAUAUAUAUAUAUAAACACUUCUCACCGCCACCGCCGUCUCCGGCUUGUAAAUCGAACACAUUUUUAAUACUCGUUUUCCGAAAACCGCUUAUGUGGGUCGGUGUGUGACAAAAAAAAAAAAAAAAAAAAAAACUAAAUAAUAAUAAUAAUAAAAAUCAUUUCUGCCCGACGACGAAAACGACGGACAUAAUAUUAUUAUUAAGACGGACCACAGCAACUGUUCCCCUCCGCAAACUCCCGUUUUUUUUUUUUUGGCCCUCGUAAAAUUACCUAUAUAAACGAUGCUGACGAUAGUCUCUUCCUCCCAUCCUCUCUAUACAAGCAUCAGACCGUCCGCUAAUGACAACGUCAAUACAAAACGAAACCUGUUGCACUGUACACACACACAUUAUAUUAUUGUAAUAUAAUAUAUUAUUGCCCGGUUUUCAGUCUUUAUAGUCAUAAUUAAAAUAUUUAAAUUGCCGCAUUUUGAUAGUGAAGCGCGUUUUUUGUACAUUUUUAUAUUCUGUUUUAUCCGCAGACGUAAAACUCUUUUGAAUACGUAAAUAAAACGCUGUAAUAAUAUAAUCGCCAGAAUUUAUACAAAAAAAAAAAAAAAAAAAAAAACAACCGAAUACCCCACGGUAGUUUCACGACUGUCUCGAAUUUCUAUGAGCUACCCGCCCGAUGCGGUUUUUCCGUUUACCUAACCCCCUCCCCUCCGGCUUUUCGCUCUAUCCAAUCCUAUCUAUCUGGUGGAUUCUCACCGAUCAUAGGGUUUAAAUACACACCGCGACACUGUAUGAGAUUUUAUUGGAGAAUAUUGUAUCGAGUUUAAUUAGUGUCGGGUUAUGCGGACCGACGGAUAGGCGAGGUUUUCGUGCGAUACAGUCACAGAAAGGUACGAACAACAAACUGGAUUCAUAGCCGGCGUAUUGCCAUGCGUACGCUUUUGGUUUAUGGCGCGCGGCAGCCAUUUAAUUCGAGACCGGUGUACCGUACAUGCAUUUAUAACGCGGAAACGGUCGAAUCUUCUUACGGUGCAUGCCGUCAGUGUCGUUACCGCGGCCGACGCCAAGACCGACGAUUUGUUAACAACACUACACCGGCAUAUUUACUGUCGUAUUUACGCGGACAGCGCAAGUCCCGCGGGCCUCGGAUUGUACGGCGGACCGAAACCGCACUCCUUAUCCGCCGGUCAGCCGUCUACAGUUUAUCGCGCGUGCCCGGGCGGACGAACGCACCGUACCCGAACACGCGUCGAGUUUUGGGUCGACGUACCCGUUUCAACGGUCGUCUCUCGUCCGUCCGCCGGCCGACGACGGACGCGGACGGCCGAUUUAUCAGGCGUCCGACAUCGCGCUGGGAGUCACGAUCCGGUCGUUUCGUGCGAACGCGCCGCGCCGCGCCGUUCUUGUGUUAAUCCGCAAGUGCACGGCGGCGUUUUACAUUUUAUUAUUAUUUCGGGUGGCGCGGACAAUACGCGCGACGGUCGGCGCCCGUCUGUAACAACGUAACGGCUUUAUAACGAUUCAUUUUGUGUUGCGCGCGCGCAGCAAAAGACGCCGCCGCCGCCGGUCCCGUUUACCCGCGCGCUUCCGGGACGACGCGGCCGCACAAUAACAACAACGAUAUUAACGACGCGCAGUAAUAUAAAUAUUACACGGGGAUUUCUCUCCGGUGUCGUAAAAAACAAAAAAAAACAAAAAAUGUUCUUUUUACGACCCGCCGUCGUCGUCGCCACCAUUGUAUUCGGUUAGGUAUAUACACUUGCCGCCGUUGUCGUGUCCCGUGAGUACGCCCACGUGUUGCAGCGACAGCCGCAGCAGGUAUGCGCGCGCGCGCUGAAUACCGGAGACAGGGACACCGAGUGAAGAGAAAAACGGUACGCUCCGAACAAAAAUUAAUCGUAAAUCCGAUAAGCGGAAAAGAAAAAUGGGUAACCGGGAAGUAUUUCCUGCAGCGAUUUAUCAUUAUAAGUAAUGCGCGGUGUGGAUUAAAAACAAAACUCGCGUGUAAAAAUUAAAGAAAACCAAAUACUGGUAAAGGGAUUUCCUAUGAAAACAUGUAUUUUUCUGGUUUAGUUUUGAAUAAGAAAUUCCCAGAUAAAGAAACGACCAGAAAACGGGAAUCGUGAAAAUAAAACGACUAGAAAUUAUCACUACAGAAAAUUAUAAAUCCAGAGAUUGGUUUUCCAGAAAGUGAUGUUGAAAUAAAGCUGUGCUCAGUUCUUCCCCUGUACGCCCCAUAAGGGGAAAACUAACCUCAAAUAUUCCAAUAUUGUUUCGUUUGUGGUCACUUUCAUUUGAUCGCUUCGCUAGCUCAUAUCGGAAAAAAACCCGUGAAUUUCACGGGGGGAGGGGUAAACGCGAAAGAUGUUAUUAUUUUUCGCCGUUAUUUUCGCUUAUCAAAUUUUGUCCGAUUUUUUCGCAUCGCAAAGGAUUUAUUCUGUGUAAGUUACAGUCCAAUAGCUAAUAGGUUUACUGGUAGGUAUUUAAACUCUCCGGGCAACCGUCGGUAUAUACGUAACCAAAUCCGGGUUACAACUGCGGCAGCCGAAUGUGCUACCCCCGGGGGCACCGCGGCCGCCGCCGGUUUCUAAAUACGCGCGCACCUUUAUAACCUCGUCGGAAUUUACUCUUUCUCUGCGGCCGGUCUCGUUUAUAUGACACUCGUCGUCGUCGUCGUCGUCGUCGAGCCUCUUGUAUAAAUCACAUCAUUGUUGUUGUAUAUUUUUGUAUUCGGACGGACGUUAGUCUUUUAUUUAAUGACGCCGCGGUUUAUUCCAUUCGACAUUAUAUUCGAACGGGUAGCCGAGAAAACAUAUUAUUUUAUAAAGAAUACAAUUGGAGAGAAAAAAAAAUUAAUAGCAAUUCGAGAGCCGGCCCGUUUUCGAACUUUCAAAAGGACCGGGUUCGCUUCACACCCGCAGAGGUUUUAUAUUAUAAGCAUACCAUACCUAUAUCGCGUGUGUACACCGAUCGGCGACGGAUUUCCUGUUAAAACAUAAAAUAUUUCGUAGUAGUCAUCGGAAGUCGCAUUAUUAUAUAAAGGACCAGACCCGCGUGAAAUGUCACGGUGAUGAAACGCCGAUUUUAAAUAUUUGUCACAUGUCAUGUGUAAAAUUCACGGCCUAUAAAUAAAUAUAAUAUUUUAUCGGUCAUUCGAUAAAAUCUGACUUCGUCGUUGACUAUUCUUGGUGUACGAUGGCUGACAUGGAUUUCCAGGAAAAGUAAUGUUUAAAUUUUCGGCGUUUAACCCGCAUUAUCGAGGGUUAUUAUUUUAACGAUACCCAUUUUUUAAUAUCGCAGUUUUUGGCGCCGUGAUUUGUUGUAGCUAAGUCGUGUUAAACGCCAAAAAUCUCUUGUAUGCUGUGCGUAUCUCACCUAGCAGCGGGCGGUCGACGGAUAAAAUAAUUUGCAUUUUAUUAUCAGGCAAAUCCCACGCAUAAUAUUAUUAAUUUAUUUACGUACGUCGUCGAUUUUGAACCGUUUUCGUAUUUAUUCGCCUAUUAAUAAUACCGCCUUUAUGAUGUUUAAGUAUACCGAUUCUCGGCAGUUUUAUAGCGUUUCAAUGCGCAUACGCGGUUUUACAGGUAACUACACCUAACUAAUAUUAUUAUUUUUAUUAUGUGAAGGAGAAAUUAUUAAAUUUAUAUUCUUUUACGGUAUGCGUCGUGAUCAUAUUAUACGAUACGAUUCUGAGGAGAAGUUAGGUAUUGUAUAGGUACAGCGGCGUUUUUACGGGUGGGAGAGUUUAUAUCUUCUUCUUUAUCUUUUUUUAGUGUCUAUUUUUUAUGUACGAUUAGCGAUUGCCUGUAUGUUAAAUUCGAAUUUCUCUGAUUUUUAUUCAGAAAAACCAAAAACGUAUAGGUAACCUAUUGUUAAUAUUAUGUAACUUUAAACAAAACAAUAAGUUUGAUCGUACACAUUAUUCUUGUUUAAAACGAAGGGAGGUGGUUGAAAUUAUAGUAUACGUAGGUAUCUGUAGUAAAUGCCAAGUAUAAACUAUUAAUUAUCGUCAAUACCUAUACAUAAUUAGGUGUUUGAUUUUAACUAUAAUUUCGUGUCAAAUUGAAUAAUAAAUCAAGCAUUUACCAACAUGUGUAUAUUAAAAAUUGAUUAAACACUGUAUAUAGGAUACAAGUAUUUGUUACACGUUAAUAAACUUACGAUAACCACGCCUCCAGACUGCUGUAUAGACCGGGUUCGAUUUGACGAAAACCAAAACAGUAUAGUAUCAUAAUAAUUACGAAAUAGCAUAAUACACUUAUCACAAUACCCCAGACGACGCAUUGCUUCAUUAAUUUAUUAUUUUAUUUUUAUAUAUUUAUUUACUUAAUUUAUUUACGAGUAUUAACCGUUUUAAUAAUUUUGUUUUUAUUUUAUUAUUUUAAUUACUUACUAAAUGUCGUUUGGUUUUUAUUCGUUUAUAAUAGGUAUAAUUAUUAUUUGUUUAGCUUGCGAAUUUAAUUUAAUAGCCGAUAAACAUAACAUUACAUUGGGUACGUUCCUAUACUAUAUAUCAUGAUAAGUUCUAUCAGCUAGUAUACAUACACAAAUAGUGUAUACCCUACUAUUAACCCGUUAUCAGUGAUUUAAUUGAUAAACGAGUAUAUACGUAUAAUUUAAUUUGAAAAAAAAAUUGAAUGUUUAGAAGCCGUACAGAGGUGUUUAUGGCGUACAUCGAUAUAAAAACUGGAAAUCGUGCAGCGGGAACGGCGGAAUAAUAUUAAAAAUCCGUUAAGGUUUGAUGGUCGACUAUAAUUAUUAUUAUUAUUUUAUAUAUUAGGAUUAUACUAAAAACACGUUAUAGGUUAAACUACUACUUAAUAACAUUGUUCCGUCGCGCGGUAAUUAUAAUUUAUAAACGGUCGGCGAUAAUCGCUGUAAUAAUAUUUAUUGUCCGGACGCGGGUUUUUAUAAUAUGCCUACUCGGCCGUAUUAAACAUGACUGCGUUUUUAAAUUGUAAUAUUAUUAAUAUCCGUAUGAAUAUUAUACAUUUUUUUUUUUAUAACUAUAUACCUACGAUAUAGUCCGUUUUCGGCGAAAAAACAAUUAUUUGUCGGAGAAAUUCGACCCUUGACAUCGUGAGCGAGCGCUCGCGCGAGCGGUAUUCUAAAACGAGCCAAAGAUUCGUGCCUCCGGAGGUCGUUGCCGUUUUAAUUUUUUUUUUUCUUCUUGCACGCUCUACACUCCAAAACGAAAUCUCCGCCGCCGCCGGCUUUACAAUAUAUAUUAUAGAAAUCGCAUCACUUGUUAUUACAAUAAGUGUUGUAGACGGUUUAUACACACAUACAUAUAUAGGUACACGCGUCUGUACUUAAUAAAAUAAAAUUAGCGACGAACGGUCGAAUUUCGACACGUAACGGAUGGAUCCCCCGCGAGUCAUUACACAUCAUCGUGUUAUUAUUAUGUAGAAGACAUCACCUCGGCGCGAAGUGCUGCACUUAAUGUCCGACAAAACUCGUGUAUAUAGAUGAAAUCUGGUGUAGUAAUCAUUAAUGACGAUGAAGAUUUUUCUUCUCUUAUAAAUUCUCUCUUUUUCUUUUUCUUCUAUUUUUUUUUUUUUUUUUUUUUUUAACAUAUGACACCGCGGUAAACACUGCAAGCACAUACUAUAAUAUACAAGUUCUGUAGCUGCAGUAGCCGUAACCUAACUGGUUCUAAAUCUCUGCAGCAGCAGUAUAUCAUAUGCGUUUAUAUAUUUCUAAAAAAAUAUCGCAACAUUGUAUUCCCAGUUGAUUAUUAACGCUGCCGCGGCCGAAGGGAAGCUGUUUUCCAUAGAAAUAACCGGAACGCACGCGCGUGAUAACUAAAAGAACUCGUUUUUUGUGUUCCGGGAAAGAGAAGGAAGAGGAGGGAAACUCUUAAGACUGCUGUAGAGAUCUUAUCGAGAUAAUAUGCAAUUUCGAAAUUCUUCAGACGAAUUUUACAACCCCCUCUCCUCUGUUCCGCAUGAGCGUAGGAAACCGUCACGACCUAUAUACAAAUUCAAAUGUUAUAAAAAUAAAAAACACCGCCGGAAGAGGAAUUUCCUAGACUAUUGAAUUUCGAACCUUAUUAUUUCAAACAAUCAGGAGAUACCACGAGGACACUAAUGGUCGAAUUAUUAACUAAAAAAAGUGUGCUCGUUUUUAAAACAGUAGGUGAGUAUAUUUUUUUGUUCAAAAAACCGAUUUUGUAGAAAUCAUGUUUUACGAAUAAUUAAACAAUGAUUCGAGAUUUAAAAAAUUCAAAUCCGCAAAUUUGUUUAUUUUUAUAAAAGUAUACUCGCGCGCCGUCAGCGCUCCGUAAAAACAAUAAUAGUUGUUAUUUUGAUAUUGCUGUUCUGUAUAAUACCUUUGCGGGUUUUUUUUUUUUUUUUGAACGCUUCAGAGUAUUUUAUAGCGCAUAAUCUUACAUCCGGACUCGAUUCGACGUACGCGUGUUAUUACUGUCUGGGAUUCGAUACAAUGAUCUGUUAGCUAACACUGGCGUGUACCGCGCGCAUAUUGUCCGUGACCUCCGUGGAUUACGAUCCGUAAUGAUAAUACAAUAUAAAAUAAAUAUAUACAUAUAUAGUACCGUCGACGAUGAUUUUUUCAUCCGUCGAGCGUUGUCAAAUAUAUAUUAUCGUGCGGCACCACAUUACGUUUUGUAGAGCGCGCGUAUAAUACGAAAUGUAUAUAUAUAAAAAAAAAAAAAAAAAACCAACGAAGAAGGUAACAAUACGCAUAACGUGAGGGCAUCGCAAUACAAUGAUGCGCUCUUGAUCUUUUUUAGUGCACAUUAUUAUUUUCAUUAUACACGAUGCUCCGCGGCCGGUCUUCCUGAAGCGUAUUGCGCGCGUGGGACGUGAGACGCGACGACCUGUCCCGAGGAAUCGUGAUCCACGGCGCGAUAUGCUCUCGGAUAAUAAUUUUAUUAUUAUUAUAAUAUAAUAAUUUCGCCCGGACCAAUUAUUCGCCGUGCCGUGUAGUUCCACGUGUUCGAAUCAAAUAUAACAUAAAGGGCGUUAAGAGGACGCUUGUGGCGUGCACGUGCAUUUGUCGUCUCCGUUUUGCGAACGCACGACACAGCAAAUUUGCGUUCAACAGAGCAAAUUUCGGAUCUGGCCUGUUAGUUUUAAUAUAAUACGAGUGAAUUGACCUACUAUAUUAAACGUUUAAGCGAGAAGAACAUUUGUCUGCGUUUCAGUUUUUUUUUUUACGUUAUUUUAAUUUUUAAGUGAGGCACGAGCGUGUGAAAUAGCCACGAUUUAAAACGCUUAUCAUUCGAUUAAAAAUUUAAAAAAAACCAAAGUAUGCAUACACGGAUAAUGUUCGUACCUGUAUGUACUGUCUCCAGUGGCGGAUUUUCAACAUUUUUCUGGGAGAAAUUCUGAAAAAUCAUAUGUAGAUAUUUAAAAGGUAUCUCUAUUAAUAAAUGCCUCUUUUUUUAAAGACGUUUAAUGUAAUUUUGACAAACAAACUUGAGUUCACGUGAAACAGCUUUGUGCUGUUAGUUUUAAUAUUAUAGUGAAUUGACUAGUGAAUUGACUAUUAUUAGGAAAUUUAAAGAUAAAAACGUUAUUUGUGUUACGUUGGUAUUAUUUUUUCGAUAUUUUGAUUUUCAAACGAAUUUAUUAUAAAAUUGUGAUAUGUCUCGUAGGUCAUAUCUCUAUUAGCUCACAUGCGUCUUCUUAACGCUUUGAUACUAGGACAAUUUACUCUAAUAUUAAAACUUUAAAAACGAAAUUGGUCCUGCCGAAUGCAAAUUCGCUAAGUGUUGCGUUUGUAAGACAGAAACAACAAAAUUCACUUAUUGAGUGAAAUGCUAUUAGCGUGUUUCGAGGUGAUAAAAACCGAGUAAAUUCGAACUUAAUCAGUUUUAUAAUAAUAUUAUGUAUGAACUGGGUAUUUUUUGAACGUGGUUUUUUUUUUAACAAUUUUUAAAUGUGGAGUUGUCUGCAACAGAUUCGGAGAGAAACGCCCGAAGAAUAAUUAGCCGGGAACGAAAAUUUCAGCUCAGCGCACGACGGCAACAACGCAAAAAAUAUAAUAUCGUAUCUACUGGAAAUGUGCGCAUUUUCCACUCACGUCGCGAAUUAUUAUAUUAUCCCGCCGAAUUAAACGUGAGUUCAUGUUUCACGUCGUAGGUAUACCGCUAUGAUAUAUAUGUAUACUUUUCUUUCAAAAAUUAAAACGCAGACGGUUAUUUCCGUUGAUGUGUACCCAUAUCUCGUCGUAUGCUUUAUGGUCCGCAGAAAAACACGAUUUUAUCGGUGGCGAAUAAUAAUAUAAUAUCCGUUCUUAUAAUCGAUAUCGUGUUUAUAUAAUUAUAUCAACAUGAUGUUUGUACGUUACACGUUGUGUACUUAAACGUCGUUCGGUGGAAGUAAACAAAAAAAAAAAAUCCAAAGAGUUAUUAAAAAAAGACGAUUUUAGAAAAAUCGAUUCCCUAAAGUUGUGUCACAAACAACAAUUUUUAAAGCCCUUUUUAGCUUUUUAAAAUUGGUUUUAUAAACAUUAUGCACAUAUUAUUUGUCGCCCCUUUUAUAGCUCGAACUUAUUUUACAGAAUGUACUGUUUUAUAACUACGAUUCUAUAAAUUUUAAACCAUCAUUAUUAUAGGAUUAAAUCACUUAUAAGUAGGGGUACUUUGAGUUUUAUUUCACGAAAAAAAAAUUAAAAAAUGUUCAUAAUAAAAAACAACUUGAUAAGUGAUUUAAUGUGUCUAUAUAUUUUGAACAGAUUUUAAUCUAGUAUUAUUAUUUAUUUUUACAUUAAAACUUUCUUGAAAUUGUAUACUCGUUUUAGACAAAAAUAACAAGUCCGGACGUGAUAGUCUUCAUUUUGUGCGAUUAUAGUAUAAUUUUUUUUUUCCUAAACGAGUAUUGCAUUUUACAUUAUUUAAGGACUUGUUUGAGCACAAACAAAAAAAAAACAACAUAUUUAGUUUCAUAUAAAAUUAUAAACACACACACACACACACACACAAACGCACGCAUGCAUGCACAACAUAUAUUAUAAUAGGCUCGUGAUAUAUUUGUCAAAAUCUGAAAGUCGACCCGGAUGUUAUACAUAUAAUGAACUUGUAAAACGGUUUUCUAAAAGAGUAGACUUAAAAAUUUAUAUUGCAGUAUGAUCAAUUUUUUUUUGAUUCUUACUACAAAUAUUAUAUGAAUAACACGCAUUUUAAAUAUAAAUUCGAUUCGUGAAAACAUAGGUUUAACUAUCGGUUACUAUUCCAAUAGUACAGUAGGAAUAUUCGUUUAUAUAAAAGUAUUAUAAACAAAAAAAACAAAAAUCGAUUUUUUCCGUUGUAUAUUACAAAAUUUAUGGCGCGUAUACAGCAUAUAUUAUUUCGUUUGUCUCGUUUUGCGUUUCGGUUGCAAACUUGCAGCACAGUGUAUACGUCUUUCCCAAAUGGUUUUUCACGAUUGGGUUGAUUAAAACAACGUAAUCAUUUUGUAUACAAUGUCCUAUAUGUAAUUUGUGUUGUCUUUAAGUGCGCGUUAAAAAAAAAAAAAAAAAAAAAAAACAGCGACCGACACGAUGAUGACUAAACGAAUGCAGGGAUUUAUAAAUUGUGUAAAUUAUGUUAUUAUAUAUGAUAGUUUCUGUAGACGUAGCAACACGCAUUUAGAGGUGAUCACACGCGAUAAACGUUUUUAUUUUAUUUUUUUCUUCUAGGAUCCGUAAUUAAUACUCAUUACACGUACGCGCGUCUAUAUUAUGCGCGUUUUACACGUAACCACAAAUUAAUAGCGCGUUUUACUCCGCGUAUAGCUAUUAUAUAGAAACUAUAAAAAUGUAUACCUAAUGUUAUAUUGUACACGGUUGUACGUAGGUAUAUGCGAUGCCUAAAAAGAAAUCUUAUAAUAUACGCGAGUAAGACAUCACCGUCUCUAUAAUAAUAAUAUUAUUAUAAAUAAUUGUUAUUAUAAUUAUUUAUUAUAACGGUUGUUGACCCGCUCUCGCAUAUGUCAAAACAAUAAAUUAUGGUUUUUUCCUCUUAAUAUUAUUUCUGCUUCUUACAUAAUGAGUGCGAUAUUUUUUUAAAUACCAUUAUUAUCGCCACGAUGGCGCCUAGCUGGUACCAUAAUAUACUAAUCCGUCGGAGACUUCAACGCUCGAGCGGUCAUAAAUAAUUUUUUCGUUUCGAAUAUUGACACAAUACCUAUUCAUAUAAUAACUGUUGUAUUAUUAAUAUUAUAAUCUCGGUUUGUCAAUCGUGUUUUUAAAAACGUUCGUUUUCCCGAGUAGGUAGUUUAUUAUCGAUAAUGGGUGUUACAAUAUUUUUCAAUUACGACAACGCGAUUUAGAUUUCACCUAAUUAAUAUACGUGUUUUAAUUAUAAAGGUUUAAAUUAUUGGGGUCAAAGACGCCGUACAGCGGUUGAUAUUACCGGUUUAUGUUCUUUUUUUUUUUUAAUCCGUUUCAAUUUCAAUUGUUCGUCAAAGCCCCAUUAGUGUCUCUGUGUUCUUAACGACAAUAUUAUAAGACGCCCUCGUGUAUCGUAUUAUUAUUAUUAUGACGAUGUAUAACAACGAAAUCCGGAACCUGUUACUCGGCGUAUAUAUAGUUGUAUAGUUGUUGUAGGCGGUCGCGGUUGUGGUGCUCCGCUGCUCUGCAGCACGGUUUCCCGCAAUGUUCGUUUGUUCGUUAUUAUAUGAAAAUCCACGACAAUAGAACUAUAUAGAUAAAGAAAUAUAUGUACAUAGAGAGAGAGAGAGAGAGAGAGAGAGAGUGAGAGAGGAACAGAGAUAGAGAAAUAGAAUUUAUAAAAAAAAAAAUCAUGACCGACUCGGCAAGGUAGCCGUGUGUUUAGAUCCGGGCUAAUUAUCCGGGCUGAUAUAAUAAUAUAAUAAUAAUAAUAAUGUAUAUAAUGGUUACUCGUGUUUAAACAUUGAGACCCGCGCCGUGGAAACUGGUUUUUUAAUGCGGUCUAUGUGUUCCGCUCCGCCAGCAUUAUCCUUCUCUCUUUUUCUUUUUCUCUUCCAUCGUCUAAUUUUAUUUUUACUUGUCUAGUUUUUUUUCUCUUUUUUUUUAUUCGGUGGUUAAGGUCCGUCAACACCGGGGCCGCCGCCGCCUGCGCACACCACGAAUAAGCGGUCCGAUAUAGAAACUACUCGGUGUGCUGCACACACAGACGGUAGGUCGUUGUGUUUGUACCGUUAUAUACCUUCUGCUACUACUACAACAACUAUACAUACACACUUACACAAUAAUACGGCAACGGUGCUCGUAGAAGAACGCGCGAUGGUUGGUGUGUGUGUAUUUUUUAUUUUUUCAACCGUGAUCUCGCGUUUUGUCACGUGUGUUUGUUGCACACACAACGUAUAUACAUCGCUUAUUUUGUGCGUUUCCACCGUGUAUGUACUUCAAAGUGUACGAAAUUCGUCUGAGAAACUCUACAUUAUGUACAGGGUGUAUAUACCAUAAACCAUUUUUUCGGUGGAUUUUUAGUUAAUUCGAUUUCUAGCCGUGUUUUUCAGUCAUUAUUGAAAGGUUUAACCUUUAUUUUAACAUUAUUUUCAAUUUUAAACCCCCACUCGUUGUACCCGAAUUUAAUGAUGUACACUUUUGAUUUUAAAAUAGCCAACCGCUCCCCGUUUUAAACACAGAUUUAAAUGAUGGAGUUUAUUUUUCUAAAAAUGUUGGUAGGCGUAACAUUAAUAUCGGAUUUACCGUUUAUGAGUUAUUGAAAUUUGAUGAGUUUAGACCGGAGUAGUAAGGAAUAUGGUUAUUAUUUUAUUAAUUUAUCUUCUAAACAUGGGUACCUAUGCAAUUUAUUGUUACGACUUUUUCGAACACUGUAUUCAACAAUACAUUUGCUAAAACUCGCAGUCUUUGUGAUUUCAUGUCGUGUAUAUUAUAAUAGUGUUACUGCAGUUGAAAAUUGUUAUUUCUGUGACAGAGAACAGUUCCAAACACGUGUAAUUUCAAACUCGAGGUUGUUAUCAAAAUAGUAUAUUUAUUUUGUAUUAGAUUUAAAAAACAAUAAUAUUGCUGUUAAUAAUAUAGUAAACGUUAGAUGGCGGUCAGAUAUUUUUCCCACGACUGAUAGUGAAGUAUAAUAAUAAUUAUAUACACUGGCGAAAAAUUUGAAAAUGUAUAUUACAACAAUAGCCGCCGAAAUCUGGAGAUUUAAAGAAAUCCCAAAACCGAACAUUAUUAUUGCAAUAUAUUGUUUCACAAACGUAAUAAUGUGCAGGUUAAUAACAAUAAAACGCAUUCAAAAAUUGUAUCGCGCAACAGUAUAUAUUAUAGACAUAUAUAUAUAUAUAUAUAUGUUAUCUAUUAUUAGUAUUUACACAGAAUAAUAAAUUAAUAAUACUGUUAUCUGUAAACUGUAUGGAUACGGACCUGUGAAGGGGCGGAUGGGAGUUUACCUUCCCGUUCGUAUAUAAUUGUAAAAUCCGCUCGGUUAUAUUUUUCCCCGACCAAAUCGUAUGAACGAUUCUAUUGUCUACAGGCAUGUGCACUUGUGUUGCGUACGAAAAUUUAUAUUUUUCCAUUGAACUCGUCCGACUAGUUGCGGUAAAUAUAAUUAUACAGGUAGUGAGAAUAAUAUUAUUUUCAUGCGCGCGAUAUCCGCCGCGGUUGUAGGACCGUUUUGAAACGUUCUCGAUCUCGGCGAACAUAACAUUGUUACAGUAUUGUGUAUUAUUAUUAUUAGAUUCUGAAUGAAACGAGGAAUUGGUAGUUUUAAUAUGAUUGUGUGUUUUUUUUUUUUGUGCCUGUAAACGAUUUAUUUUAUCAGAUAUCUUGCUCCAAUUAGACACUCAAUAGGGACUUUCCUGUAGCAAUAUUAUUGAUCUGUUUGGUGAAUUAAGAGGUCAUUUUUUGAUUUCCCUUGUGGUUUUCUUAAUGAAUGGAAAAAACUGACAAUUCAUUGUAUACAUUUUUACCUUGUUGACAACAAAAAAAAAAUAAUACGACUAAUCAUUUACUUAGAAUUGUUUUUUGUUAGCAACGUUUUAUCCUUAGAUACAGACAUGCAAAUUAAAUUAAUCUAUAACAGGUAUAUCCUUCAUUUCGACUUUUCUCCGAAGACAGUGGUACACUUAUCAGCAUCAUCAUUCUUCAAUUUUAAUAUAUUACGUGUCUAUAUAAUAUCUUUGGUCUUUAAAAGCUAAUUAGGAAUGAUCGUUAACAAGUUACGGAAAACGAUUGAAAACUAUAAAAUAAAAUUAUAUUCUAUAAGAAAAUUGACCAAAAACAGAUAUCAAAUUGACUUUAGCCCUUUUUUCUUGGAAUCAAAUAUAAAUUAUUAUUGCGGUUCGCUCGACAUGGGUAGGCGGGUACCUAUUGUUUGCCGCUCGAUACGCCGAUUAUAAACAUUUUUUGCUACUCCGCCGCGACCAUUUUUGUAAUAUUCAACACCGCCGUGCCGACCAAAUGACCCAGAAAACCUCUCGCCCCGCGCGAACGUUAUUUAUUUAUUUUUUUUUUUUUUUAUCGUUUGAAAAUAUGUAUUAUUAUUAUUAUUUUAAUAAAUCUCUAUAACGCGCGUUGUCGGUAUCUCGGUAUCGCGUACCGGCAUAUAUAUAUAUAUAUAUUAUUAUAUAUUAUGUAUUAUUAUAUUAUACAGUGUUCUGUGCGCGUGUAUUUAAAAUGUAGGUGACGUCGUGACUUCGAAUAACCACACCCGAAGUCGAAACGGAUCUGCCCGGAACCCCUUUGCCCGUUGCAGCGCACCGACUGCAGACUACCGCCCCUCCUUCCUUUCCCGGCUCCCCUUCUCCACAUAGUGUGUACGGUCGUUCUAUACGGUUUAUAAAACUAGAUUAUGCGGCGCGUCGGGCUCGGGCGGCGGCGGCGGCUGGUGGUGAUCUCGCACGCGAAGGGGGAAAUAUAUAGGUAUACAAGAAGAAGUGCGGGCUAAGUAUAUAUAUAUAUAUAUAAACAUAUGUAUGUAUGGUAUAAGGAGAAGUGUAUAGGUAUAAUCCGGUAUAUAAGAUCGAGGGGAGGGGGAUACCGCGAGGACCGGUUUUCUACGCGUAUAUACAGAUCGAGUUACCCGGACCAGAUUAAUCAAAAUACACGUUGCGUGGGUGCUCUCGAUUUAUAUGAAUUUAUAUUAUAUUAUGUGUGGUACGUUGCUACAGCUAUACUGUAUUAUGCGUCUAGGAAUAUACACGAGUCGGCAAACCUCCGCCGCACGAUUAUUGUUUUCUAUAAUAUUGUCCCUGCUUCCCAGCACCUCCUCUACUUUACAAUCGCGGCGAGCGUACCGCCCGAUCGCCGUGUGGAUGUUACACUGUGGCAACGGCGGAUGCACCGGCCGCACGGAUUCGAAAUCGUACGCAUAGUAUAAUAGUUUCCCAUAUAAUUUGUUGUGGUCCGUCGUUAUAUUAUAUCGGUUAUAACCACGCGCGGUAACGACCCCCUCGUGGCCGAACCACGAAUAUCAUGAUAAUAUUAAUAUGAUAUAUGAAGUUCGUCAUUCGGCCGUGAACUCGCCGCUGUUGCCUCGUGCCGGAGUGUUUUGAGAAAAUUCGUGCGCUCACUGGGUAUAGGCCGACGUUGGCUAUUCAGUUGUAUACUUGUAUAGACUAAUUUUAGACGUGUUAAAUCGAGUCCGGAGAUAAAAUAACUGAAAUUAUAAAAUACCAAGCAAAAAUCGAAAUAAGAACAAUUUUUGUGGGAGUAUUUUCAUAUAUACUAAUUAAGAGAACAAGAGUUUUAAGUUUUAAAAGCUUUUUUCGUUUCUAUGCCCGUGUGUGUGCCUUAAUAAUGAUUUCUACAAAUUAUUGGAAUACAAAAAAAAAACGGACAUACUUUGCUUGCACGAUGGGUGAGCAAAAUCGUUGUUAACGAAAAACGAUUUUGACCGAAGUUCGGUUACACAUGUUUUGAAAAGCCGUAAUAUUUACGAUUUGAAAACAAUACAUUUCGUAUAUUUUUCCCGUUUUUUCUACGAUUUUUUUUCACUUAUUACGAAAACCCGUGAGAAAAUCAAAAAAAUGACCUGAUUAAAGAACCACCUCAGUCAAAUUUACUUUCAGAAAAAGUUUUACACUUGAAAAUCGGAUCAAAAUUUUAAGUAUAAAAGUCGAUUACAAAACAAAAUAAAUAUCAUUGUUAAAUCAAUACGUUCCUCGUUUCAUUCAGAAUUUAAAAUCGAUUAAGUAAUUGAAAAACGAUUAUUAAUAGAGUACUACAAGUCGUAUUGUUAUCCCUAAAUUAGACAAAAAGUGUCCAGUUUUCCCAAUUUAUAAGAAAAUUGUAAGACAAAUCAAAAUAUGGUCUUCUCAAUAAAAAAAACGAAUUCUACAAUACAGUUCCUAUGUUUAAUUUUUGAUAAGAGCAAAAUUUCUGGUAGAAGAAUUGUAUACAGAAAAAAAAAAUAGUAAAAUAAAUAAAUUUCUUUUUUAGUUCAGAGUCUACAUAAAAUCGGAUGAUUUUAAAAUUAAAUGAGUAUUUAUAGUCUACAAAAAAAAAAAAAAACACAAUAUAGAGGGGGGUCUUAUAAACAAACCGAAAAUGUUCGUGUGAUUAUUCUGUGACUAUAAUAUAGAUUCGAUAUGUUUCCGGCUCGAUACACCGCGGGCUAACCUAGUCGGUAAAUAUAAUAAUAAUAACUGCAGCAAGUGUCUUUAUGUGCAGUACUAUAAAUUGCAUCACCAUUUUUAACGUGACGUGUUUCGCUUAUAAUACCCAUACCGUUGAUAAUAAUAAUAAUAAUAAUAAUAAUAAUAACGCACGUGUAUCUAUAUACGUACGCAUAAACGAUUGUUUUAUUGCGUUUGAUAAAAUAAUAUAUGCAUACAUAUAUAUGUAUAUAUUAUACAUAUAAUAUAUAAAUAUGAUCGACGACGUCGGUCGUAAAAAACUGACUUUAAUUGGUAGUUUCGAACGAACUCUACUGCAGCAAAGUCGUAGCAAGGCCGUAACCCGGCUGCAGCAGCAGCGCCGGUCGUGUCGGUGACCCAUAUAUUAUUUUACAUUAUAAAAUGGGCUAUCUAUAAGAUUUUUUCAUUUCCAACACGCCCGUAAGCGUAGUGUUCGGUAUUAGUUUUCUUAUUUUUAAAAUAUAUCGAAUAUAAAAAAAAAAAAAUAAACCGUGCAUCAACCUAUUCAGAAACGAGCAGACCGCGUACGCGGACGACGAGUGUGGGGGCGGGUAGGGGGACACACACACUCGUCUUUUGUGGGUAUACAAUAAUAACAACAAUAAUAAUACUAUUUUUUCAUAGGCGUAACGUUUGCGCGUGUGUGUCAUUAGAUUACAAUAAUAAUAUGUACGACGACGAUGGUGCCGUUACUGAAAACCGGGCUCUCCUAUACGUCGUCGUCGCGAAUGGAAAUCGAUUUUCGCCCACUCAUUCCGCCGGGGCUAGCGCGGCUCCGAGAGUAGAUAACAAACAGUCACAAAAUAUAUUAUCGUCAUUCCGUAGUGCGUUUACGAGGCAACACAAUGUAACGAUAUAUUUUAACAAUUUGAUCUAUUUGCGGCGGCGGGAAAGUGACCGUCAUGGAGGAGGCGGUGCGCGUUAGCCGGGGCGACGGCGGCGGCGUUUGUGUGAAUAGCAGGUCGUUGCAGGAUACGUUUAUGAAAACCGAUGCUGUGCGCCAUAUAGAAAUAAUAAUAAUAAUAAUAGUGGCGAUGAUAAUAAUAAUGAUAAUGUUAUAUUAUUGUGUUGGCGCGGUGGGCGCGGCGCGCAGGGGAUGCGAUCGUGUACACCGAUAACGGGGGGAGUCGAUUGAGCGGCGGGUGGGUAGAGUGGAGGAGAGGACAAUUAAUUUUGAUUUAACGUAUAACACGCUUAAGCGUGUGUAUUAUUGUACGCGUGUUCGUAUCAAGGUUUUGACGCGACGAUAGUCCGUCGGAAAGCCGCGCGCGGCUGUGCGUCGAUUAACAUUUCGGACGUAAACUAUUUAGGACACGCGUGUAUAAUAAUAAUAAUAUUGUACUCUUAUCAUAUUAUAUACGUACGUGUAUGAACGGCGUGGACACCGCCGUUGAGUGCCGUCGAAUGCGCGGCCAACAUUAUAAUAGUAGGCUAGUACCAACUCGUAUGUUCCGAAGAAAAAAAAAAAAAAGAAAAAAAAAAGACGUGUGGAAAUGAGUUGUAUUCAUAGUUGGGUUCCGUUGGAUCGUGUGAGUUUUGAACUGAACGCUAUUUGUUAACCCGUGUCGAAAAUCGCAUGUUCCAUAAUAAUAUGAAAAACUCACAUAAUAUCCAAUUAUCAACUCACAUGUUCUAAAACUUCAAACUCGACAAAAAAUAUAGACGAUUACUAUUAAAAGUCGUUUGGACAAUUGCUUGGCCGAAAGUCUAUAAGGGUCAUGUAUUUUGGAUUUCCUAUAGCACCGGAAAAUCCUUUUCCGUUUGUUCGCUGGAAAACUUGAUUUAUAAUUCUAGCCUACUUUUAUAAACUCGACAGGUAGAGCUAACCGUUCGAGUAAUGGUAACACAAAUCAAACAUCAAAUUGAUAACAUCAAAAUUUCGAGGGAAAAAAAACGUUUCCGGUUGAAUUUUUCUGUUCUAAUAUUUAUGAUUACGUUGUGCAAAGUUCGCCAUUUAACGUUGCAUCAUUACAUCAAGAAGACAAUAACCUUUUAUUUAAGAGCAUGGCAUACCCGCAUUAUCUGUACUAUCGUACCAACGUACGGCAUAGCGAAUUUGCAGAGACGACACGAGUUGCCGUUAUUUUUGAUAUUACAGCGAGUAAUUUAUCUACUGUAAAGAUAAGAACAAUUUAAAAAUGUUCGUAUAUCACUUAAAAAUUAUUAGGCAUACCGAGAAAAAAUUGCAUCGAUUCACAUUUAAGUUUGACGACAGCGAGUAAAUUCGCUAUAUACUAUUAACGCUUGACAACACAGGCCACAAAUUACGCGAAAUUUCUGUCUCGCGUUCUGUUUAAUAAGACGGUGACGGAACAAGAUCAAAAUAUGGACGAUUGUAGCUUUAUUUUCCGCGAUAACAGCCCGCGGUCGAGUUCCAUACUUCGUCGGACCUAUGAUAAUAAUAUUGUAUUAUGGGUUCGCUGUGACGAAUACACAUUUUUGAUAUUAUGACGAAAUUAGCAUACUAUAGUAUACGUCGGGACGGAUCACGAGUGGAACAAUCCGCCGAUCACGAUUCCGUUUUGUGUUUUUGACGUGUGUUUUUCCUAUUCUCGCUUUUCGCCCGUACACACGCGUCCGUCAUAAUAAUAUUAUAAUGCCGUCCCGUGUCAUUUAUAACGUACCUGCAUACAGUGUGUAUUAUAUUAUUAUACGGAUUAUUUCGAGAGACGCGCGCCCCUCGUCGCAAAAUUGACGUCGCCGUCGCCCCGGAGAGACGCGUAUAGCAGUCGGCCUUCGCGUCUGCCGCUGGAGUAUUGAAUCCGCGUGCGUGAGACUCGAAAAACUAGGUUAUGUUAUAUUAUAAUGUACUCCGCGGUCUGAUAAUAAUAAUGAUAAUGUAAUGUAUGCACGAAUCGCGGCGGGUGUGCGCACUUGUCGGCGCGUAUGACGUUACGGUGCCGGCGGUGGGGAAGUGCGAGGGGAAUCGCACGACACAAUGUUUAUACGUAUAUAAUAUUAUUAUUAUUAUACACUCGGCCGGCGGAAUGCGUAAUAUUAUAAUAAUAAUUAUUAUUAUAUACUUUACUCGGGUCCAAUUUAUAAUAUCGCCAGUACAGUACCCACAAGUACUGCGCUUUGUCGACGGCGGUGUAGGUUACUGGGUACGCGGCGGAUGGAUAAAAAAAAUGUCCGGUUUUUCGACUUUUAUUAUAGGGUCCUAGGAAAGAAUUAAGUUCCCGCGGGCGCGUCCAGGGUUCAAAACCUCCUAGCAUACGAUUUCAGACGAGGGGCACGUUAAUAUAUAACGUCAGUAUCCCCUGAUGAAGUUAAAGUUUAUUUUAAAAUAGAAAUGCAUAUUUUAGAAUAACUCGGUUAUUAAAAAAAAUUAGCCAAAUUAUUUUCUAAUAUCCUGUUUUUUUUGUUUUUUUUUUUUAACUGACCGAGUUAAAUUUUAUCGAAAUAAAGUAACCGUAAUAUAACUUAACGUUUAACUUUUUAAAUAUAGUCCAGCUUUUGUGAGUAUUACGAAUCAUCACUAAAUAAUAUAUCAACAUCCAUACCGUAUGAUUUUCAUUUUGAAAUUUCGAUGCUGCGUUUCGGUUUCGAACAUUCUUUUUCCUUUUUUCCUUUAAUAGACAACAUUGUACUCCGUCACCCCGGGGAAUCGCACAUAUAAACGCCAUCGCUGCACAGCAUAAUCCUAUUAUAUUGUCAGCUACCGUGGUAUGUACGAUAUAAUAUAUUAUAUAAAGCUACCUAACCUACAUACUAAUAUUCUAUUAGUACAACACCUAUAUGUAAUUACACCAGAUAUAGGAGCCGAGUAGAUACAAAAAAAAAAAACCUCAACCGCAAUGCCGGAUGUGGGGAUACUCGAGUCGAGAUCCAAAAAAUAUAUUUUCGUGCGGUUACCACACACAAAAGAAACGCGUUCAUAUAGAACGUGUUAAACAUCGUUCGUCCGUUUUUAUUAUUUAGAAGUCGUUUUUUUUUUUAUUUAACGCAUUAGUUAUUCUUGUCGCGCGUACUGCAGCCGCGGAGUGUUGUUAUACUUAAGUGCAUCACCCGACGUGUGUCAUGGUGCGACGUAUACUCAUAAUAUAUAUUUACGAUGAUAAUAUUCGAUAAACGUAUUGUAAUUUUUUUUUUUCGCUCUUAAAAACAAAUUUCAUUUCUCAUAUUUUGAAACUACAGGUUUCGUUAGAAAAAAAAAAAAAAAAAUUUAUGAAAAAAAAUCGUAACUUUUUCUGUUGCAGCCGUGCAUAUACGUUUAGAUCGCCUAGAAAAACCGUAGACCGUAAUAUUAUAUGGACCUCACCCCUGUCGUUAUAAUCGGUUUGUCGAGUAUUUGCAUAAUACCUUACGUGUAUUAUUACCUAUACGUGUGUCGAUACGUUUCCCCUCCUCCCGCCCCCAUUUCGUCGGCGUCUCGAAAUCUCGUUAAAAUAAUUAUCCUCGACGUAUACCCACAAUUUUUUCACGCGUGUGUAGUACACACGUUACGAAUUAUAUAUAUAUAUAUAUAUAAAAUCAACUUUCGCUCGACUGCGAUUUGUAGCGGUUUUGUGCAAUCUUCAAUAUUAUUUUAAUUGAACUCGUUAACUACUAUAUAGGUACACGCGUUAUGGGUUGACGUGCCGCGGCGUUCUUCGUCAUCGUCAUCUUUUUCGAGUCUUCGGACACAUCUGUGCAUAAUGUUAAUAUUAUACGAGACGCCGAAACAUUGAAAUUUCAAUUUCAAAAGGGAAAGUCGCCGCAGCCGUAUCAUCUUGUAGGAUUAUACGCGGAUUUUCAGACCUGACCGUUUCACCAUAUUAUUAUUAUUUUAUAUAUGGCUAUUCGUCAUUAAACAGACGGGCGCGUUAUUUAUUUCGUCCAUAUUUUACAUCUUCUCUCCUCCCCCCCCCAUCCAUCCCGUCAUCGGAUUUUCGUCUUCUCCAUAAUACCUAUAUUAUUAUUAUUAUUUAUUUAUUUUUUUUUUUUUUUUUUUUUGCCGUCAUAUCAUAUUAUUAUAUUAAAUGUACUAUAGGAGACCGACGACCUCUCCGCGCGUCGGAAUUGACCUGCGUUAAAAACCGGUUCAUCGUCGUCGUCGUCGUCGUUUUUCGUUACAUUCCGGAUACCUAAUUCAGUCAGGAAGUAGAAGUAGAAGAUUGCAAUAUCGAAAAUUAUAAUUCGGUUAUUCCGGCGUAUAUUUAAUCGACGAUUAUUUAUUAAAAAAAAAAAAAAAUCGCACAGAGCGUUCGCCUAUAAAUUAUUAUCAUCGUUGUAGGUAUAUUGAUGGUUUCGAAAAUCCGUAAUUUAUUUAGUUUUAUUUUAGUGUAGGAUCCUGCGGAUUUAGCCCGUUACGGAUUCGGACCGUAACGGUGCAUACAAAAUACUUUAUAAAAAUUCCGAAAUCGAACGGACGGCAAAAAGUACUAUGCGAUGGUAAUGACGGUUAUUCUAGCGAGCAAUCUAUUAUUUCCAAAGGUAGUCUACUUUGAAGCGGUUGGGGGGGGAGGGAAAUACCGAAAAAUUGAUCGUAAUAAUCCGUGAUAUAAUAUGUUUCUAAUAAACAUUCCUUUGAAUGAAAUCCCUGACUAUUUCCUCAUCACUGACCGUGUUCAAAAUGCAGUAGAGGCGGACGGGUUUGUUACGAUUUGUUUUCUUUAUACGCCUAUGGCAUUUAGGUUACUUUAUAUUUCGAUAACAUUUGUGUGGCAGUUGCGCCGUCAAUACCGGAAAAACGACGUUCCUUUUGUCUCUUACGGAGCCAUUGCGAACAAUUUAGGAGCAUAUAAUGACUAUGUUGACGUACAGGUUGCAUUUUCACCGUCAGACACGCGUUUACACGAUUUUUAACCAAUACCAUAAUCAUAACCGUUCUAGAUUGUCCGGCGUGAUAUUAAUUCUGCAGCAACCAAAAUAACGACUCGUUUAAAAAAUACGUCAUCUAACCUGGUUACAUUUUUGGUCGAUCGCCAAAACACUCCUUUUACAUGGAUUCUUUCGGAUUCGUUUACCACGCGAUAAUAAUAUUAUUCUAUAAUAUGUAUAUCAUUAUCACUAGGUAUACCUAUUAUAUUAUAAUGUAUACGUAUAAUAUGCGUGCUUAUGGUUUUACGACAAAAGAUUCGCUACGCGCGAGGUUUGCGGUCAACUGUAUUAUCAUUUUUUUUUUUUUUUUUUUUUUUUUUAAUCUCUCGCCGAUAAUGACAUAACGCCGCGUAUUAUUUAUCAUUAUAAUAUAUUAUUAUUCCGCAUUAUAUUAUAGAAUAACUAUUUCCACUAUACAUACGUUCGCGGCAUGCCGAAUUAAUAAUCGCUCAUGUCUCCGACGACGACGUGCGCCCCCCCCGCGCACAGUUGUGCGGAUUUGGAUUCGAACGACGCGCUAUUAAAAUAUAACAGCAGAGAUCGCGCGUCGCGUACACAAUAACAAUAAUAAAUCAUUAUCCGAACGCGAUAAUAACAAUAAUAAUAUUAAUAUUGUGUUUUGCAGAGUGUUUUGUGUACGGUAUUUUUUUUAUUUUUUUUUUUCAUGUACGCUCGCCCCGCUGCAAGACUGCAAUCGUGGGCGGUCGAUAAAUAUUAUGUAUAUUGUCGUAUAGGCGGUCGUCGUCCGGAAAAUGUGUGGGUACUUAUCUAUAUACUGUAUGAACAUUUGUUUAAAUAUCUGCGGCCAGCAACAAUAAUUACAUAAUGUAAGUGAGCGAAUAUGAUUUCCCUCCCCCCCUCACCGAUAUUCGCUAUAAAACCGUUAACCGAUACGAUAUUUGAAAUAACGCGAGUUAACAUUGGUGUAAUCAACCGAUAUACCGCGAUCCAUUAAAAACUCGAUUUUUAUAAAGUUUUUUUUAAUAUUCCAGAGAUAUACAAAACGCAUAGUUUUUACAUUUUCAACAACGUCAUCGAAGCCGCGGAUUUUUAAAUUUCGAUUUCUAUUCUCGUACUUUGAGUUUUAUAAAUUUGUUCGAUUGAUUAAUUCAAGAGGAGUAAUAAAAACGGUUUUAAUAGUUAUAAUACCCUGCAGUCAAUAAACUUAGAAUUGUUUUUUCUUCUUGUUUUCAAUGAUGAACCGAUAGUAUGAACCGUAUCCGACUUCAGCCCAAGUCGAAACGUAACCGAGUUAGUGCCAACUGUCACGUGCGUUUCCAUGUUAUCAGUUAUCUAAAUUAUUUUAUUCAUUAGUUCAGUCAUGUAAGGAUUUACAAAAUAUAACCAAGGUGCCUUGGUCAAAACUUGCAGAUACUGUAUCAAGGAAAUUAUAGUGUCCUAUAAGUGUAGUGUAAACCUAAUACCUAUUACCUAGUCAAUGAAAAGCCAUUUUGGGUUUAGAUAAAGCAGAUAAGAAACAAAAACACUUAACCUACUUAUUUAUAUCUAAACCACAAUAAUGUUCCAAGGAAAUUAGUUAUAGUUUCUGAAAUGUAAACCUAAAAUUUUCUACUUUUUCUUUUUUUUCAAUGGAUAACUGCUUUCAAGACCAGCCCUUUAAGCAAAUAUUCCGCCAACUAUUUACAUCCUCCAUCACUGCGUCUCUUUAUUGUACUCCAGGUUCCAUCACUCCUGCACAUAAUCCUCCCAUUUAGAGCGAGAUAUUUCUAGUGGUCACUUUCCUAUUGGGUCAUGAUUUUGAUCGCAGUCCUUAAUUCCUUAUUACUGAUUCCUGCUGUCUCUAUGUAUAUGCUGCCCAUUUCAUUCCUCCCACUAGAAUUUCGAUUGCGAAUUUGUGGUGCUGAAGUAUUAAAACAGAUCUUGGCGUUCUCGACUUAUCCUCCAUUCCUAAUGUCUUAAUUCUUUGCUUGAUCCGAACAUUCUUCUUAACAUUUUCCUUUAGAAUUUCCCUUAUUUGUAAUCCUAACCCCUAUAGUCAAUGCAAGUCUAUAGUCCUCCGCGGGUACACAGACACGGGUCGAUGCAGAAAGUCUCACUGUGCACACUGCACAUACAGCAGUUCUACUGUGCACUCAAUCGUUACGCCCACCCCGACGGGGAAAAAAAACCCAAUAUUAUAAUAACAAUCUCACGACGACGAUGACGAUGCCGCCGCCCAAGUACAUCACAGGGAAGUUUCCCACGACUCGUCUGAUAAUUUUUGUAUAGUAUUAUACUCGUAUACGUGAUAUUAUAUAUCGCGGCAUUGCGGUCUGCGGCGUUUUUAACGCAACGUUAGCCGCCGAACGACGCCGUUCCGUUAUAUUCCCCAUACGGGUUUUGGAAAUUGGAAACGUUCAAAUACCCGAUCGAAUACCCGUAUUAUUAUUAAGUAUAUUAUUAUACGGCGAGCAGUCGUGGGUACCGCCGCGAAAAAAAAAAAAAAAAACAAAAAAGCUGACAGACGGGCGAAUUUUAUUUUCUACCUGUACAGUGUAAGCCCAUAAACAGGUAGAGCGAUGUGUUUAAUACUGCAGCAACGUAUAGGCACGCUAUUAAUUUUCGAGUCGAUAAAAAUCGGUCGGCGAGGUACAGCGAAACGGAAAUGCUCUCUCCGCCGCAGUUAGUAUCGGUAAUGGGUACAUUUAUGCGGUUUCGCAUGUUUGUUCAGAAAUUUAUGUUUUUCUUUUUUUUUUAUCUCGAUCGCGUUCUGAUUGUAUUACUUACUGUACAGUAGGCUAUACAUUUAUUGAUCUUUACACUUGGAUACUAUACAUUAUUAUUCGAUGUUGCGUGCCGAAUAUUAUUCGACGCGGCGAUAUGUACAAUAGAUUAUCCGCAGCAGCUCUCGUAAGAAAAACAAUUUCUCUCUCUCGCGUUCGACCAUAUACGUAUCGAUUAUAGGUGUAUCUACUAGUAUUUUAUACGCGUGUCGGUCGUGUAUGAUAUUUGUGUCGAGUGCGUGUGGCACAUGCGGCAGAAACAAUAUCAUAUCAUAUUAUUCAUCCCGUCCUCGCCAAUAUACGUAUACUUGUAUAAUUUGUAUCAGUUUUUAUGAAAAAAAAUUUAAAUUAAAAUUCCGGACAAUCCGUGUUAUGCGUCGUCGUUGUAGAGUUCGCGGGAACGGCCGUCGCGAGUAGAUGUACGAAAAAUAACGCGUUACACAUGGUUAAACAAACAGGCACGUCAGUGAGAUAUAACAGUGCGCAUCGAAGCUGACGUCACGUGGAGUAAAUCAUGGUACAAACAAUAUUAUUUCAUGGACGAAAUGAAAUAUGAUCGUAGUCUCAUAGUUAAUAAGAAAAUGGAUAGGUCACUUCUUUAAUAAGCGUAUGAGAGGCGAUGUUCUCGCUGGAGGGCGGAAAACUGAAGUGGUUUUUCAGUUAUCACCAUAGAUAAAACGUCUCUUUUUGUGUAUCAGUCUUGGAGAACUGCACCCAACCCUUUUGGAACACUGAAAAUUUACGGAUAGCUUAUCCAUAAAUAUAUUUAUUAUCUAUACAUAAUUUAGUAUCAAUAUUACCAUUUUAAUGUUGAAAAAUUGGAUACGCCUGGAAAAUAAGCCAUUCGAAGUAAGUGCCCGGUGAUAGUGAAUUUUGGUUAGCUUGUUGACAUGUCUGUUUGUUUAGCCAUGAUGUUUUACACCCGAUAUAGCACUGAUAAACACGAUUAUAUUAUUUAGUUUAAAUGUAUAACUGUAAUAACUGUAACUCGUGUUAAGAAUAUGUGAAUAUCUAGACUAACGGGCGACGCAGCGAAGUUACGUAGGUUACCUAGAAUUAAACUCGUGGCGGUUUUAUAGUUUGAAAUUAGAGUUUCAAAUCACGGAUAAGAAACUGUAAACAGAAUAAUAUUUUCGAGGGAAACAUGUUGUUUUUUUUGUGUCAAAUUAAAUUAAUUAUAACUUACAGCCAUAAUAUUAAUUUUUGUUUUUAAAUAGCCGUAGGCAGCUUUUUCGUUUCACAAUAUUUUAGAAAAAAAGCAACGUGGCGCUUUCGAAAAUAUUCUUCUCUUUAUAUUUCAUAACCUGUGUUUGAACUUUAAUUCCAACCUAAACUCCGCAAGUUUAAUCUAAAGUUCUGAAAUUUUACUAUGUAAUCAGUUGAACUGCUGAAACAGUAAAUUCGCUAGUGUCACGUAUUCUCUUAAGGCGUGUAAAGCAUUAUAUGUCGGUGUUACUCGAUCGCGUCGGCGGCACUACACGAUUCGGACACUUUCUUAUAAUUUAUUUAUUUUUUCACUCAAACAAAAUACUAUCCGUAAACUAACGACGAAUAGCACGCGAUUUCAACUACAAUCAUACGAUCGCCGUACUUGGGUAUCGUUAGUCGGUAUGCUGUGUUUUUCAAGCGUGAAAACGUUUUAACUUUGUUAUCCUAUAUGACCGUGUACGAAACACGUAGGUUUGGACAACGUAACUGUGUAAGUGUGAUGAAAACCGUUUUUCAGCUCAACAAUAGUUAUUUAUCCGUAAAUUUUUAGAUCCCGUACGAAAAGACUCGAUGAAGUGUAUUCAAUCAAUAUCAAGUGUUCUUGUUUUAAAGUUGUGAUAACUUUAUCGGUUAGUCAAAAUUCUCAACAAUUUUCAUAUACCUAUACUUUUAAAAAUGCCGCGAAUAUUUCAAACGGCUUCUAUGUUACUUGAUUUGAAACAUUUUCCUAUAUUCCCAUCAGCAGAUUUUUUUUAAAGAUUUUUAAAAAAAAAAUCUAACAACCAUUAAUGACCAGUUCCGGUAUCACAAAAUCUACAUAGAACGCAAAGAUGUACAAAUUUGAAGUCAGGAAGUCCAACAUUAUCUCAAAGUCGGCAUUUUAAUUUCUCGGUUCCUUUGUGGAUUGUGGUUAUAAGUGAGGUAACUGUACCUACUUUGAUUAUAUUCAAACCAGUCAAAAAUGAGCUUUACUUGGAUUUUUCGUAUUCAAUCUAAAUAUUAUAACAAUAUUAUACCUUAUCGACGUCCCACCUUAUUGUGCACGUCCUGCUCUUUAGCGCAUUUUUGCGAAAUGCGCUAUUUCGCCCGAGAAAACAUUGGCUGACAGUACUCAACACAUAUUCGUGGACAGUCACCCGCGUUUUCGGAUACCAAUAAUACAAUAAUAAUAUUAUUUCUGUCGAUAAAAAAAAAAUGUUGAUGUAUAAUAACGACACGUGCGUUUUGGCAAGAUAAUAUUAUAACAUACCUCCAACAAAAAUAAUAAAAAUAUUAUUUUUAGUAUUAUAUAAACGACGCGGGGCAAAGACACUAUUGCUGCUGCGGGUGGAAGGGUUUCGUAAUUCGGUCUCAGUUAAAUAAUAAUAAUAAAAUAAAACACACACAAGCCGUAGUCUAUUCACCGCCGCCGCAGAAGAAAUGCUCAUGAGGGGGGAGGGAGGGGAAAUAAAAAAAAAUACAACUGGGCGUCGUCGACACUGCUCUGCGUCGUGGGAUCGGGCGCGAUGUUGCCGUUUUGCCAGUGCGAUCACGUACUGAAAAUAUUUUUAAACGCUCCGCACAUACUAAACAACUGGUUUUCGUGAGUGUGUGUAUGUGUGUAUGUGUGUGUGAGUGCGUGUAUUUCGGUGUGCGUAGUCGUAGUGCAGUGUUCAUAUAUAUCUGGUCAAACAUAUUGUUUACGUUUUCUCUUGACUGUAAUAUUAUAGGUAUACGAGGUAUACGCGAAACAAUGGGUACCGGCAUUUUAUUUUUUAAUCGAACGAUAAAAACACGAAAAAAAAUUCGUCCGCAGCCACCCAACCGUCGUCGUCCCGGUCGUCGCUGGCCUAUUAAAAACCAUGUAUUUAUAAAUACCUAUUAUUAUAUUAUUAUUACCGUUCGAAAACGCGGACCAGAUACGACAUCGUUUUGUAUAUUGCAUAUUAUAAGUUUUGUGUAUAGCCAGCAAGAAAAACGGACGACCGACUCGGCUGAAAAAGUGGUUCCCGCUGCCCGCCGCGUUUCCCGAUCACUGACUUUUAUUUUAUCUGCUAUAGUACGUAUAGUUUUAUUACAUAAAUUGAAUAAUAUAUGGACCAUGCGGUUACUUUUGUUUUGUAUUCACGAUUUGAAUAGCGCUCUUGGUGUUCGUCUUUGUACUAAUAGUCGAUCGAGAAGCUCUGGUUUUAUACUGCGGCUUCUGUGAACGCGAUAGACACAUAGACACGAACACGAGAGACGAGGCAUUCGGUAUUAUAAUGUGUGGAAGUGGGCGGAACUAUUCAAAAUGAGAAGAACGCUAAGUGUUCUCUAUCUAAUCACACCGCAGUCACUAUUAUCAGUCUUAUCUCGUUCGACCCGCAUAGCACGACCACGUCCGUCGGUCCUCAGGAUUAGAUGUAAAAGUUUAUAUGAUUGGCUUCACGGCAUUAGGUCUUCCUCGUAUCGCGCGUGACGUCGUUUAUUCAUCGUUAGAGAUCCGUGUAAUAUGCGCUUCGCGGCGGUGAAACUAUUUACUAUAAAUAAUAAAUAACCUAUUAAAGAUUAAUACUUUAUGAUCAUUUUAAAGCAAAUUAAAUUACCCAUGAAUACUUGAAAAAAUACACGAACUAUUAAAAUUGAUCUUCUUUUUAACAGUUCAUAGUUACGCGUUUUGCAAUACGACACGAUUUCUUUCCUUGCCAAAAUCCUAAACAUGCCACUGAUAUACGGACCAUAAUAUUUUCGUCUGCGCGCAGAUAUCGCGACCAAAUCACCGUCAUCGGUUUUUAACGAUCGCGGACAUAUGUUGAUAGUAUUAUUGUAUAUGGUCUCGCGGUCAUUUGCAUUGGUGUAAAAACGGCCGUUAUCAUGUACCGCGGUAGAAAUUAGCGGGCCGACCACUCGCGGGUAUACGGUUUUUUUUUUUUUUUAUUAUUAUUAUUAUUUUUUAUCGAGUCACGCGUCUAUAAAUCGUAUAAUACGAACAUAAUAUAUAUACAUGCAUACAUACAUACGAGCAAACAACGUGAUUUAUUCGAACCGGGCAUAGGGAGAUCGUUAAUAAAUUUCGAGUAGGUAUACACACACGUACCUAAUAUUAUUACCUAUCAUAUUUGUAUAUCCCACCGGGCGACUAUAAUAAUUCGUAUACCUACCUGUAUGAUAUUAUUACGACGUCUAAAGUUUCUCUCGCGGCCGCGGAAUCGUGACGCGUUGCCCGGGAACCGGGUCGUAAAGCAUAAUAUAAUAAUAUUAAUACACUAUAUAUUAUAGCACAAUGUGUGUGCCGUAUAAAACACGAGUCGUAUACAGACGGACGGACUGACAAGUCCACAAUGCCGCCAAUCGUGUGAGUAAAAUAUUGUCGUUUUUUUUUCCGAUAUCACUUUAUAAUAAUAUUACUGUCGAAUUUUCCCUGAAAAUACGAGUUUAUUGCAUUGCAUAUAGUGACCGAUUUAAAUAAUAUGUGUAUCGUGCACACUAUUGAACGGAAAAAAAAAAUCAACAAAUUGAAAUUUUCGUAUUUUUUAAAACGAUCGUGAUGAAAGUUGCGUUGAAUUUAAAAAUGGAUUACUGCAUAUUAUGUUGAGGGAAAAGAUGUUUUAGUUUAUUUGAACAGUCCUGCAGAUCCCCAAAAUGAAGCUAGUUAGUAUCAACGGUAUGCUAAAGCUACAGGUUUAUGAUAAUCGAACAGGUAUGAAAUACGUAUAGGUAUAGGUACGUUGGUUUUGUUAAAAUUGCUAGUAGAAAAAAAAAAAAGUUAACAAUUUAUCUCAUACAUGUUGACUGCUGCAUUUAACUCAAUGGACAAAAUUCUAUAAUACAUAGAAUGUGUAGAUGUAUGUCUAUGAUAAACAAAUUACGAGGUGUUUCGCACGCGCGAAUUUAUCAAAUCCUCGGGAAAUCGUAUAGACUCCCCCGUCCCACACCAAAAAUAGAAAUCUUUGUCCGGCUAUAAUAAAUAUGACUAUUGGCCUCAAUAUCGAAUAUGUCAUAAAAAAAAACAGCGUUCGAAUCGUCACUGAAAAUUGUACGUACAGACAAGAUUAGUAUCAUUAUUUUAUAUUAUACCGUUUGAAAACGUAAAACGAUAAAACCAUUUUGUACACGACAUCCUAGAUGAGACUGUACAUUAAUAUUAUGUAUAGUACCUACACCUCGUCGUGUAAUAUUGUUUUGUACCGGAUCCGUGUGUUUAUACGUAGGAGAAGCCGGAUAUAUAAAAAUGUGUGAUAAAAAAAAAAACAACAGAUCCCUGGUUAACCUCCCCCUCUAAAAAAAACCCCAAAAAUACGUCUACAGGAUAUUUAAAUAAAUUUAAUUUUUAAAAAACCGUAUAAAGUCGCUUUAACGAUUUCUGAUGUGGUUUUCUCACGGUUCCAGCGAAACGAGAAAACGUUUUAAACACGUGCUUAUUAUAAGACGGUAUACGGAUGGGUACUUUAGAGAGAUUAUUAAUUUCGUCCCGCAAUUUCUCAGUCCGUCACCCACCGGUAAGAUAUUCAUCGGUAAGCGUUUUAAUUUUAAUUAGGUAGGUUUUUUUUUUUUAAAAAAUACUUUAGCGAUCGUCGUGAUUUCUCUUGCAAUAACCGAAAACAAUAAAAAAAAAAAAAAACUCAGUUACUAAUAUUAUCAUCACUAUUAUCAGCCGGCUAUUCUCGCUACACUCGCCUAGCGCAAUUAAUAUUAUUGGCUUGUCGUGAUGGUGUCGGUCGGAGACGUUUAAUACGGACAUAUCUAAUAGUAAUAACGCACAUUGUGUGUGUGUGUGUGUGUGUGUGUGUGUCCGUUGUAAACAGGCGGUCGUUUGUAAACGAGUUUUCGAAAAGAACGAAAAGCGGCUCCCGGAAUACGCGCCGGACGACGGAUAUUAUUAUUAAUACUCGGUCUUAGUAUGUUGUAAGUGAUAUUAUAAAUCACCGGCCACACAUAUUUUGUCGACACCCCGUCGAUCGACCGUGGCACAUGGGGCGUACACUCGUGUACGAACUGCGACCAAAAUGACCGGCUUUUUUUGUUUUUUUUUUUUUGUUUUUUCUACCGUUGUUAACUGCACCCGGUUUAUUCGCGCGCCGAGCGUCGAAAAUGAUAAUAGUUAUUAUCAUAACAUUACAAAAGAAAUCAUUCUCGACGGGCUGUAUAAACGGUUGUUGAAUCGUUCGAAAUGGCUAGUGUUCAGCAUUUCAAAUGCUGCAAAUCUUUAGGGCGAACGUUUUCUUGGCAUAUAAGUACCGAUUUCAACGAAACCGCAUGUUUCAACCGGCGUUUUAUUACACCGGAACUAACCAUUAUUACGCGUACAAAAACUGAAAAACCCGCCCGUUGAUUCAUACAAACGGUUAAAUAAUACCGACUGACAAUGAUUGAUUGUACGUCAAUCGCGCUAAACUGAUAAAAGUCGACCGCCACGACCAAUAUACACUUUACAGAUGUGCGUUUACAAUAUUUAGAAAACACGGUGUUGCGCAAAGUCGCACUGCAGUCGUGAUUUUAUUGCAACGAAUCAAUUAUAAAUAUGUUAUGUGGAACGUGGGUAUACAUCUACAUUUUAUUUUCCGUUAAGAGGUCGGCACGUGUUUUCUUAUUCUUACUCUAACGCAUGACGUAGCGAAAUUACGUUAUUCAGAACACAAAUUGUGGCGUUUCGAUUGACAUUUCAGUUUAUUCACAAACAACCAAAUUCGAAAAACUAAAGAACUUUAUCGUUUUUUACAAAUCCUGGAUAGCACCUUGGAGUACACUUGUUUUAGCCGUUACUCAAUCAGACGCAGUUUUUCCCGCGAUCGUCCGGCACGCUAGGGAGGAACGGACGAAAGAGGAGAGGCAAAGAACGGUGGAAAUUAUUAUCAUACUGUCGGAAUUCAACGCGUGUGCAGUGCAGACGGUUUACGCGUUUCCGCGUAUGCGCGGAGACCUUUCCAUUGGCCUCCAGACAAGUCGACGACCACCGGCGAUAAUAGUGUAAUACCGAAAACGGUUAGAUAGAAGAAAAAAAAAAAUUACACUUUUGCGUUACGCAAUUGCCGUCGCGUAUCGUAACGCGAUUUAUCUUACGCGAUCCGUCGGCUAUAACCCGCAGUGGUUAUAAUCAGUAACCGCAUUAUGUACACGCAUAACACCCGGUCGUAUAGGUAUACGGUGCGUUUAUUGGACGAGUCCGUAUGGGACGAAAAACCCGAGGGAAAUAUCCAAACGAUAAAAUAUUUCUAAAAGCGCGUCUGUCUAUUAUAUUGAAUUUCUUCUGUUUUUUUUUUUUUCGUAUAUAUAACCGUCUUGAUCAAAAUUCGAAAAUACUAAAAAUCAACUGUACACGUCUUAUAAUAUUAGGUAAUGAUCGAAUUUAUAUAUCAACAUAAAUACAAAAAAUAACAUGCAUAACGAUUAUGUCGUCGAAUUACGUGAUAUUGUUUUGUUUUUCUUCUUCUUUAAAUCGCUUUAUAAUUUUAGGUUUUAUUCGUUCAAACGCCGCGUUUUCGACAGAAGUGUGUUUUGAAAAAAAAAAAAAACAUUUAAAUACGUCUGCGUUAUUUAUUUAUUUAAUUUUUUUUUUUUUUAUCGAAGUGGGGAGGAGAAAACGCAUUACGUCCCUCAAGAACGUUGUUAUAACAAUAUUAUAUCGUGUUUUUUUUUUUUUUAUUAUUUCUUUUCACCCGCUCAGUUUUUAUAUCCGACCGCUGUACCUAUACGUACAGUCGUUGCCCGCGUCGCGCCGCAGGCGGUUGAAAUCGGAACCCAUUCCGUCCUUCCGCCCGCCCGUCCGCCGGCCGUCUGUCCGUCCGCGUGAACUGAAGGGGAAAAAAAAAUCGUGAACUCGAGAACCGGCUCUCUCUAAACCGCUUCGGUUCAAGUACCUACUGACUUAGUUUCACGUCGCCGCCGCCGCCGCGUUAUUCAUAUACAAACGUAUACAUUAUUAUAUAAAUACGCGUAAGAUACACGCGCGCGGUAGCGAUUUUUUUUAAAUUUUUUACCCGCCUUGUUAUUAGGGCAGGGCUGUUUGAUUAGGCGCGCCAAAAAGAAAACUAUUUAAAAUUCCCCCGGGGAAAAAAACCAGCAGUUCACCGGGCAAUAUUGAAAUAUAAUAUAGGCAACGAUAAACGCGUUUAAACGUCGAAAAACACGAACACCCUCUAUAUGAAAUGCGAGAUUCGCAGACAUUCGAAGGCGAGCACCGGUAUAUUAUCGGAAUAGAAAUUUUAAAAUCGGCCCCGACUCUCUCUCGCGGUUGUAAAUUCAAUUUUUAUGAAUCACGAAAUCUAAACGAGUAAAUCUCAGGUUAUUGCCCUGUUAGCAAUCAUAUUAUGUAUACACGGUGAUUCACUAAGCGUGCUAUACUCAUAUUUUUGGUUAAAUUUUUAAAAUAUCCGCUUUAAUUACACUUAAAAAUUCCAAAAAUCGGAAUUUGAAUGAAUGCAAAAUUUAACCGAAAAACUGUAGUGAGCACGCUUAGUGAAUCAUUCUGUAUAUUUAAAAAGAGGUACGGUUGAGAAGUGUUUUAAAUACUUGUUGAAAACGUUCAAAAAUUAAACUGAAAUAACCAAUAUGUUUUGAAGAGUGAGCAUGUGUAUGUAUAGUUCCUCAAAAAAUAUUUGUCUUAACAAAAAUGAACAGUUCCUAGAACUUUCGUAAAAAGAAGUAACAUUUUGUUCUCAAAUAGUUAUGAAAAAAUUCCAAUUAUAAACGAAUACAAUUAUUAUAAUAAAUAUUAUUUUUAAAAAAAUAACGUUUAAAAACAUACACAUUUGUAUACAAUUAAAAAUAAAUAUUUUCUUUUUGCAUGCAUGCCAGGAGGAAAAUGCGCAUUUUAUUGAUUGAACCGAGAAAUAUUAAUUGUUUAUGUGCCACGAAUUACGCGACAACGUGAAAAAUAAUCGAAAUUAAUCACAAAUCGUUUCACUGUAUUGGCAAUGUUGUUAUCGUCACGGGGUUCAAAAAUGUUUUGUAGCAGGUUAAUCAUUUACCAAUGUACUAAUGAUUGUCAGAAGUUAUAGUUUGUAAUCGUAGUUUUUUUUUUUUUUUUUUUUUUACCGCACAGUGAAAAUCAUUUAUCGAUCCGUUUAAUGAUCACUGUGCGUUUUAAGACGUGUCUUUAUUGUACAUUUAUUACGAAAAUAAUAAUACCGUUUACUCAACGAUACUAUUACUACUCGUAUGUUAUAUAUAUAUAGGGUGUAUAGGUGUUUUACAAUUUCUUGUAUGCAGCACAAUUAUAUGGACAAUAUUAAAAUUCUUCAGACACAAAAGACACACAUCCUGUACAUUUUUUUUUAUACCGUCCGCGACGUACCUACACGGCAAUUAAUUAAUAUUUUAUUGUAAUUCGAUAUAUCUUACACGAUAUUACGUCCGCAGGUCGAUUUGUCCCAUUAGCCGACUAUAAUAAUAAUAAUAUAUUGAUAAACUCGCGUAGGUAUUAUAAAACACCCGCCCGCCGUAGUACCUGUAUAAUAUUAUAUGGAUUUUUUUUUUUUUUUUUACUCUUCGAAUCGUAAAUUAAAUUAAAACCGUCGUCAAUUAACCGGCUCCCCGUGUAUAUCCGUGACGCGUACGAGAUUAUCGAACACGGCUCGUACUCGUCAUUUUUAAUGACUAUUUCGGGCCCGCGGCCGCGGUACAAGCGAGUACAGCCGACAAACCGUGCCCCAUAAACGAUAAUAACGCGAACGCGGAUAUUGUUACAAACGAUUAAUCGAUUAUCGUAUCGAGUUGUUGUAGUCUCGUAGUGUUGACCAUCGCGCGCGGCGAUUGCACAAUAACAGAGGCGAUUGGUGUGAUGUCAUAGUAAUACAAUAUGUGAUAACAAUAAUCCUUAUCAAGUACAAAUGAUUCCGAACGAAAUUAUAUGCACCGUAUAAAAGAUACGGAAACGGUAACUUUCGGGUUUUUACGUUCUACGUGUUGAGCACUUCGAUGUUUAUUUUAUCGUUGGAAACUUCGUUAAUUAUCGAGUAACCUUUAGUUCAAUAAAAGCGAAAUCUCUGUUCGAAAGUACCUACUCGUAUUUCAAUAGGAUGUAUUUUAAAACACAAUACUAGGUGGAACAUUAAAUUGAUUGAAAUGAAAUGAUCCGAUUAGCGCUGAUAAUAGAUUUGUAAGAAGAUCGUGACGUAGGCACUAAUCGCGUCUAUACAUGCACAUUAAUUGUGUUUAUGUACAGUGGUGCCGAUAUUUACUUAUACGCAUAUACGUGUUAAUGUGUUUUAGUGGGUAUCUACUGCGUGUCCGGUGUCCUCUCCUUCUGCCUUGGGUGUUCAUUGGACUUUACUGUAUGUCCAUUUGGACACAGUAAACCUCCUUAAAAACGCUCUGCGAGAGCUACGGUUUUGUAAUUUAUUGUAGUUGUUUUUUUCUUUUGUUUUUACGACCGAUUCUGGAUAACAUAGUGUAUAUUGUAAAUCGCCACAAGAAUAAUUAAUAACUCAUACAGUCUAUUCAAAUAUUUGCAUUAUCAUUUAUUUCUUCUAUAGUAAUUAAAAAUCAUUCGUAAUAAGUGGCUAUUAAUGAUUUUUUUUGACGUGCCUGCAAGGUUUUGACGGACAAAUAUGCUAUAGUAAUUUAUUCAUUAUCAAUUUCAAUAAUACCUUCCCGUCAUUGAUUGCUCGUUUUUAACAAAAAUAACUAUUAGUCAUAAACGAAAAAUAUACGAUUUGUAUGUAUAUAUAAGAAAAAAAAAAAAACCAUAGUAAUGAACGGGUUCGAUUUCGUAAUGUUUGCCGGUGGAAUCGAAUAUUCGACCCGAAUAAAACUUUCAACGGACUUGAAACGAUUUCGGGAAAAAAAAAAACCGACGGCAUUCGGCCAUCGAACGCAAAUCGAGACGGAUAAUAUUCGUCUUUUCGCGUGUUACGGACCGUUGUUUCCGUGCGAUGUUUCGCGCUAUCAAAACAUUAUAAUAUAUUAAUUGCCGAAUUUUUUUCCAUUCGUGUGCCUCCGGUAAUUACGCGUUUUAGAAAAAGAAAUUAAAACGCCAAACGCUAUCGCAGAAAAACGCAGAAUAAUAAUAAUUAUAAUAAUUUAAUAAUUAAUUUGAUUACUUUAGAUAUAUAUAUAUACACAUAUUAUAUUAAGAAAAAAAAAAAACAAAAAAACAAAAAACGAAUUAUCGCCCGCGUUUCCAGUCCCGUGAUCCCGUCGUAUAUAUCUACGCGCAACUGUAUAAUAUGGGUACGAAUGCAGUAUAAAAUAUAAUAAUUGCAGCGGCGAAAAAUGUGAUAUAUACCUAUACGUGUACAAUAAUAAAUAUAUACAGGUACCUAGGUGUUUGUGUGUGUGUGUGUGUGUGUGUGUGUAGGUAUGUAUAUAUAUAUAUAUAUACGAAGAGAAAACGGACUUUAUCGGCGUGUCGAAAAUGUUGUGCUCUUACGCGCCGGUAGGAUUAUGCCGGCACUUUCUAUACUUAUAGUCGCGGCCGGCUCUGUCAAUUUUAUUCUCAUUAGCAAAUCGACGUCGUGCGCAUAAUAAUAAUAAUAAUAAUAAUAUAAUAGUACACGCCGGACCUUUAAUAGACCCGCAGCAGCACCAGCACCAGCAGCAGCAGCAGCAGCUAGACAUCGGUACGUAAUUACAGGGUUAAUAUCGCGCGUCAGAGCUAUACGGUGAUUUUUACCGCUCAGUGGUGUGUGGCAGGUAUACUAGCGGUUUUUUUUUUUUUUUUUUAACGUAUAAAUUUGUAAUUUUUUUUUUUUUCUUAAAAACAUAACCGGUCCGCGUGAGCCGGCGAUAAUCUCCAGUUACGUGGCGUCGUUUUAGCGGAUUCUGUUUCCAUCGCGUCCGCAGACUGCGUAUCUGCAUACAGGGCGACCCGUUUAUCGCACGGACGCGGCGGCGUUUUUUCUCCGAGGAUUUUGUCAACAUUUGUUUUUCAAUCAUUAAAAUACGGUAUGAAAUACUGAGUAUAUUUAAACUAGGCGACAUUAUAGUGCGGCGACGCUGGCGAAUGAUUAGCGUCUCCUAAUAGUGACAGUCGCGGGUGGACGUGCCCCCCUCCCCCCCUCGGGUCCAGUACCCGUAGUUAUUCAUAUUGAAAAUUAAAAUAUACCGACGACGAAUUUCCGGAAAUUAUUACCUGCCUGUAUUUAUUACCUGGAUUCAACAUUGGCUCGGUUCACGGGUUCGUAUGGAUUAUGCUGAAAACCUAUCUACACUAUAAAAACCGCGGGGUGGAUACAAUAAUUUUUACAUUUUUACAGGACUGAGUGGCACGUGUAAACCAAGUGUGCGCACUAGAUCUGCAGUAGUCUUGAGCCGCACAAUGCCGUGCAGUUUAAAUGCAUUAAAAUCUAUGCUCGGUGACCUUAAAUGAGUAUACGCUUUUGAAAUACCACCGCCUCCAAAUAGUGACGGUCCCAUUUUAAACCCGGCUUCGAAUAGAGAAUAUAAAUCGGUGUACGCGUUAUAAUGGUUUCAUUUAAAAUCCUCCGAAAACACCGCUGGUCCGUGAUAAAUGAAUCGCCUUGAUGAAUCGUCGAAUGUAUUAAAAUAUUAUAUCGUAUAUCAAUAACUCAAAUGAUUGAAUCAAUAAAAAAAAAAAAUAAUAAUAAUAAUAAUAAUAAAACGUAUACGGUGUAUACAACGAAAAUAGUAUAUCGAUUAGCCGACGGUGUAACGGUAAUUGUAUGCAUAAUAUAUAAAUUUUCGACCGUUGCUGAUGCGGUGAUGGUGCUGCGGUGUUUUCGCACGUCGACAAAUAAUUAUCGUAAGGUCGAUUAAUCUAAAAAUCUGCAACACCAUCGUCGCGGGACCGUUUGUGUGCGACUCGCGCACACGUGUAACAUAAUACAAUAAUAAUUGUACGCACGAUACGCGUUUACGAAAUUGGGAGUAAAACUACACGCGUUUCCGGGUCGAUCGGUCGGAAGGUAUAUAACGUGGUUCUAAUAUUAGGUAUUAUAUUCGUGUUUUUUUUCUUAUCGUACGUCGCUUCGAACUAUAAUAUACCCGAAGCUAAGAACAGAUUUAAUCGGAAUAAUAAUAUGUACACUCGGGGGGGAAGGGAGGUAUCGUUUUCGAUCGGAUUCGCUGUAAUAAUAUUUUACACCUAGUGUAAAAAUUCGAUCGACUGGUGCGUCGUGCGUAGGUAAAAUAUGUCUGUUGAAUCUGCAGGGAUACGACGUGGAGGAGGGCGAGAAUAGAAGUAAUAAUAUUAUGCAUAUAGGGUAGCCGCAAUAUACUACGCUUUCGUACACUAGAGAAACAAGAGAAGGCCGAAGAAAAAAACCUUCCCCUAUAAUAGUUUUUUUUUUUUUUUGCGUCGCGUAUAGUGUCGUCGAACCCAAAAUCGAGAAAACAAUAAUAACUUAACAUGAUACUUUUGUAUAUGUAUUAUGCCCAUUUUCCAAUAAAAUCCGUUCAAACACGCGUCACAUAUAAACACCUCCCUCUCCCCUCGUCCUCUAGUUCCUAUUGACUAAAUUUCCGUGUGUUGUGUUUCGGUAACAGUAUAAUAUACCAUUAUUGACGAUCUCGUGGACGGAAUUCCACAUAGACGAUAGUUAAAUAAAAAAUAAAAAAUAAUAAUAAAACGCGAUCCUGACGAUAAUACGGGUAUUAUAGGCAUUUACGUAUCCCAUACGGCCGGUUCACACGCGGAGGCUCGAGUGAAAUCAAUUAUUAGGAGACUGUUAUACUAUUAUGUAUACGCUCGUCAACGUCCUCGAAGUGAGACUUCAAUAAUUCGGUUUUUUCUCCUCCUCCUCCACUUUCUCCUCCUCCUCCCCCGACCGGCAUAUAAUAUACAUAUAUAUAUAUAUAUAAAUAUAUAGGUAUAUAUUUCUCAAAUCCGACGGGUUCUCAUCGUCGUCGCCGUCCUCGAUCCCGGGUUCAAGGAUCUCGAUCCGGAUUUCCCCUGUUCCGUUAUAGUCCAACCCGUAUUAUAAACCCAGCGUCUAUAUUAUAGUCUUGACGGCGUCGUCGUCGGUUUUUGUGCGUCGAGUACCUAUGUGCAGUUAAAGACGAUUUUUGCUCGCGGUUUUCUUUACAUAUUCUUGUAAAUAAAUUAACUUAUAAUCCGAUAAAAUAGUAACAAUAAUCGCUAAAAAUCUAAAAAAUCUAAAUACUAAAAUAGUACAUAUAUAUAUAUACACUGUAUUUAGUAGAUUUUUUUACUCUCCUUGGUUAUAUACUUUUCUAAAUAAAUGGGAAAAAAAUGGUAAUUGUUUGCUAUUUACAUUUUGUUGAUUUCCAUGUUACCUCAGCAACAAGUUAAAAGACACGAAUACGAAUAUACCUACUCUGCUCAGAAUCGUUUCCCGUUAACUAUGGUUUAUCGUUGCUUACAGUUAUAAAUUAAUGAGUUACUAUAUAAAUGUAUAUAUAUUAUGUCCUUCCUACCAACUUUUCUCCGAAAACAAUGGUAUGCCCAAAAGCAGUAUCGGCUGUUUUCUUUGUUUAAUAUGCCGUUUAAAACCGGAAUUAUUUCGAUAGUACGCCCCGUCGUAUAGGCGCAGCGCAUAUACAGUUGAUGUUUUAGUGAAGACCUAUGCAUACGACUUAUCAUUUUUUCCUAACACCAAAAAAAAAAAGUUAAACAAAAUUAAUGAAUCUGUAUUGCAGAUAAGACAAAAACGUUUUGAUAUUUUAAACGAAAUAAAUCAUAUACGUAUUAUAUACAAUUAUUUAUGUAUAUUUUGCAUAUAUUUUAUCGUUUUGGACAUUAAUUCUAUAAAUUAUUAGGCGCGAUUAUAAUAUUUUACUAUCGUAAGCGCGUAUGGAAUAUUAUUUACGAGUAUUUGUUUAUUAACGGGUUUUGUUUGUUAAUGUCGAAAAAAUUCAGACAAAUGUAAUAUGUACCAAAUACCGUAUAUAAUAUUAUGUUGUUGGACACGAUUUUUGUUUAUUUUGUUUUUUUGAUAAGCUCUUCGAUCCCGGAAACGCGUAUUAUACAGACGUUAAAGUCGACCGAAAGUCUUUUAUUUUUGCUUCUCAUUAACACAAAACCCGUUCACGUGAUACUACACAACGUAAAUUAUUAUUACACCGGGUAAAAUUUUCGAGAUUGUUUUAUUAUCAUUAUUAUAGCAUUAAAUAAUGCAAAACACGCCGGAAUAUCAUUACAAAUCGUAUCGCGUCUAAAAGUACUAACUAAAAUGUAUAGAUAUUCCGUGAACAUGUCCGGUGCUUAGGUUUCAACUGCAUCGCAUACGGAAAUCCACAGAAACCGUACGGAUAUCAUUGUCGUCGUUUUUUUUCGCAACGUCCCCAGCGACGGGCGUUUACCCGGAAAAUAUCUGUUUGGGUGUCUAACCGAUAAAUUGGAUAAAUGUUUUUUUUUUUUUUUAAUGUAAUACACACAUGCACAUCGGCAUCGAAUUUUAUAUGAAAACUUUUCGGUGUUUUCAGCCGUACAGCCUUACAGUCAAUGAACGAAUCGAAAAACAGAUAUAUAUAUAUAUAUUCAAACCAAAUUUUGGGCGGCGGCUAAACACCCAAAACAUUGACCGGCCAUAUUUGAGUAGUAUUACCCGAGGCGCAUCGCUAUAGUCGUCCCGUUUUACGAGACCGUGUUACCGUAACAAAAAUCAGUUCGACCACGCGAUACGGCACCGACGACAUGAUUCUCCGGACAACACGGCCGCGCGCGACGUGCUUCAAAUAAUUAGUAAAAGAACACGCGGAGCCACGUGCGCGCGCAGUCCCGUCUCGCGGGCCGUGUCCUUGGACGCGUCGACGACGAUAACGGUACCCGCGUGUCGUGCGCGCGCCGUCGUCGUCGUCGACAGCGUUUUCUCCGGAAAAUCGAGACGCCGUCGUCGUCGGAAAAUCCUACGGGCGCACCGCGGUCGACGACGCGUCCUUGAUGGUCCGGGGAUCGGCCGCGCGACGGGAAGACAAACAGUAUUCCGAUGGUCGCCCGGGAAAAAAAAUAAAAUCAAAAACGGACAGAAAAAAAAAAUUUAAACGAAUCUCCGUGGCGGUAAAAUAACGGGACGCGCAGUCAUCGGCGUAGCCGCGGACGUCAACGGCCCCCGCGGACGACGACGAUGACGACGGCGGCGGCGGCGGCGGCCGUCGCCGCCCGUGCGAGGCGACCGCCGCCGUCACGGUUCGACCGCGGCCGCCGUGCACGCUCCGGUACGCACGGAGAAUCUCGACGCGGAAAAAAAAACAAUCGUGUUUUUUAUUUUCUUUCUUUCCGCGCCGCCGCCAUAUUUUUUAUACGACGGUAUAAUAUUGUUAUUAUUAUACCUGUACUCGGUUUUUUUUUCUCUCGUCGUAACGAAAAUAUAAUGACCGUCUCCCCCGCCGUCACCCACCGGUUUUUCGUAGAUCCGAUGUGGAUACCCAACAUUAAUAAACGACGGAAAUCCAUUGCAUGUUCGCCGCUAGUUUUCAUCAGAGACCAAAAUUGACCAUAGCGGCUUUUUCAUCUACGUCCUUUGCGUUGGCGAGAAAACCGGACAACACGUAUGAUGUUCGAUGAGAAAUAAAUACACUUUUUAUAGUUCCCCGGAAAAAUCAGCGACUUAUCAAAUUGCGUACAUCGUGAGUCAUAGAAUCAAUGGUAUUGACGCUUUCCGUAAAAAAGACGAGACAUUUUCUUUCCAGAUGUUUCAGCUGAUGUUGUCUGAAUAAUUUGUGCUCAAAGCACAAAAGGCCUGUGAUUCUCAUCAUAUGCACAAACAUACAAAAGAGGGCUUAACUUUACAAAAUGAAACUUUUUUUUUUGUUUUUUUUUUUUUUUUUUUUUUUUUCGAAAUUCGGUAUUCCUUCACUAAAUUUAUUAUUUGCUCGUUGAACGGUUUUCGGACGGAUCGAACGGUAAAAAUGUACGGUGUAUAAUACAUUAUGCUCGAUGAUAAAAACCGCGAAAUACGCGCGUUUGGAAAAUUUAAAAAAAAGAAAUUAAAUUGACUAAUAUUUUCAUCCGGCGCACAAACACAUCAACACGUGAUCUAGAUCGACGUUUGUCAGAAAACUGUCGAUAAUCGUAAAUCGAUCGGUUAAUACGCGCGUUAUGUUGCGGUAAAAAAUUCGAACCUAAUCGAAAAAACACGUUAUUGCUAAACGAAACUAAAAUGCGUUCGCAUUAGGUAUAUUAUUAUAUUUUUCGUAAUGCGACUCUGCAGCAGCUGCAGACGGCACAUCAAAAGAUAAAAUAAUUUUCGUUGACCUUAUGUAUAAAAAAAGGCAACAAGAUCGUGGACGAAUUAUUUUGAUGUUACCCUACCAAAGUUGCAUUAUGGUAAAAUUUGUAGUAUUUGUUUCCUUUUAUUACACGGCAUUGACGUCAUAUUCGUGCACCGCUCGGUUUGUAGCGUUCGGAUUUGACUCCAACCGUAACAUUACCUAAAACUUAACCCAACCUACGAAGUGAGAGAAAAACAUAAACGUCCUACACGAUUAUCUAUGAAGGGGCUUCUUUAGUAAAACAUUUGUUUUCUCUGUUUAAAAAACAUUAUUCUACGAAUGAUUUUUUUAAAAGUAAUUUCAUUUAUUAAUGAGUUAUUUUAAUGGUUAAAAUCUAGAGAAAUCCAUUUUCGUUUGUUUUCAAUUAUACAAAUAUAUUUACAAUUUCUUAUUUGAUUAUUAUAGUAAGUAAAUUUGGCAAUAAAAAGGCUCGGGAGAAAAGCGGGAUCGAAGCAGCUGCCCAUUGGUGGCACCCAUAUAAAUUAAGUUGUACAUUAUAAACACAAAACAACAUAUACAUAAAUUAAUUAGUUGGGAUAAAAGCGAAGGAGAAGAAGAUUUAAACCGAAUUAAUAGUAGGAUCCACAAUAGUUAAUACUCGUCUUUAUAAAAUGUUCAUUUAAAUUCAACGAGAGAGCCACGCAAUCGUGGAAACGCGGAAUGCUUUUGUUGAUACAGGUUGAGACAGGCAGAGAAAACAAAAUCUUCAAUGACAACGACAACGUCCCUACCAGUUCUGUACCGUAAAUCGGCGAGGUUUGCGAUCACAGGCAUAUUAAUAAACGGGCUGCGAGAGAAAAUUGGCCGGAUAUCGAGUGAGAGCCAGGUUGGGGCCGUUGGGGGCAGUCGUGGGAAAAGAUUCGGAUUCAAUAUGUCUGUUUAAACAUUAUACUCAUCCAUCUAUAAUCGUGCUUAUCUAUUAUAUAUCGUACCUGUCUAUAUCAUUGGUGCUUAACCUAUGGUCCGCAACACAUUGAUUUGCGUUCCGCGAGCCAUACCUACGAAAUUGAAAAAAUAAUUUACGUAGAGCGGUAGCGGUUGUUGGAGCCGUCUGACCUCACAAUUAUUGUGGUCUAGUACAACGUUUAACACGCCGUCUGCAAAAACUUCAAAACGAAUUUAAUCGAUUUCCCAGAGUACGAUGAUGUUGUAGAAACGAUAGGUAUUCGAAGUGUAAUUCGACAUCUUUUCAUUGUAAAAGCCGAUAAGAUACCUGGUAGAUAUUCGGUAACUCGAUGGCAUUGAGUUAUAAAACGAAUAUUCGUGAACAUCAGCAAAUCGAAGUGAUCCGAGAUCUAAUCGAAAGUUCUCUUUAGUUGUUCGUAGUGUCAAAAAGGUUGAGAACCACUGGUCUAUAUUAUACACGAUUUAUAUUGUCUGCGAUGGAUAUCCAUAUCGAAUUUCGCGGCGUGACAAAAACGUAGUAUAGAAUCUCGUCCACGGUUGUCCCUGACCGCCCCAGCUAUCCUUAUCGCGCGAUAUCGGGUUCGUUGUCUAAACAUCCGAGACAUUGCAGACUGUAUCAUAGGCAUAUUUUUAACCCUUUGAGACGCCGUUGUACUGCCUGUUCUUUUCGGUCGCGGCCGGCAUAGACGAUCUGCGGUCACGCCCGGAUUGAACCGGUGAGCUACCGUGGAAAUCUCGACCUGUCCGAAUUGGGAUCGAUUUAAUCUAUUUCGUAUAAUUUCCGCCGAGGUUUAGGGUUUUCGACGACCCGAUAAAUUCCCCGGUUCGACUCUGUGUGCGGUAUCCAAAUACCGUAGGAGAGCGCUGUACGUAUACCGAUAAUACGUCCAAACGAUAAUAAUCCGUCAGCGCGUUUCGAUCGACGUGCAAGACGGACGACCGCGUAGUUUUCGCGUUUUUUUUUUUUAAAAAUGUUUUCGGAGAUAUGGUCAACAGCCGAUGACGGCUGAUAAUAAUGAUACGAUAUUAUUUUAUCGUAUUUGUUUUAGAAACUCGGCGGCGGCGGCGGCGGCGACGGUGUAAUUUUCAGGCGCGCCGCCGGUCAAUUUCCUUCGCAAAAAUACUAUACGACGUGUAGGUAUAUAACAAUUAUGUAGGUCAACGUCAUAUUAUUAUUAUUAUUAUUAUUAUAUACGUACAGCGAUUUACCACUUUUCGAUUUGUAACCGAGCGAAAAAAAAAAACCGUCGGAAAUUAUUUUAUUAUUAUUACUAUUAUUUGUGCAUGCGUUCCGCAAGACAAAUUAUAAUAAUAAUUAUUUAUCGAAACGCAAAACGCGCGGCGGCGGGACGUUAAUUUUUCGAAACGCCCGAUUCCAACGAGAUUUUAAUUUAUUUUUAUUUUUUCCAUUUUUUUUUUCCAUUUUUUAUCCUACAGCCGUUAUCCAAUAUUAUUAUUAGUAUUUUUCGUAUGCGUUAUUUGGGCGUUGGCCCUAACGAACUGACCCGGCGACGACGCGUAUACCUAUAUCUACCUACCUCUAUAAUAACAUAACGACGUUUAUAAUAUACGCGCGAACCGAAAUUCACCGGUCGAUAAUAUUUUUUUUUUUUUUUUUUUUAUUAUUGAUUUAUUAUCGAAAACGUCGACCCGCGUGAGAUUCGUGACGAAAACGGCAUUGGAAAUCCGGGUAACUCCGCGAGUUAUGUACGUAUUUAUCUAACCGAUGUAUAAAAACGUUUUACAAAAAAAAAAAAAAAAAAAAUUAAAUACCGGGGCAAAGGGAUAUUGGGGGACACUGUUUUCCGCGAAGACUACCGAAAUCCCGACGAGAAUCCUGUGACCUGCCCGACGCGGGUUUUCUGUUUUCCCGUCCAAUAUUCGUGCUGUCGAGGUUUUCAUCGUUUAUAGUUUUUAGACGUAUACGCUUAUUAUACGAUACGCAUUGUGACUUUAUUUGGACCAACGGGUAGCUGAUUGUCGGCGUUAUUCGUUGACAGUUAUUUUCUCGAUUAUUUCACGGUUUCGGGAACAGUGUCCCGAGAUCCCAUACGCCAUCGGGUGGGCGAAUUUUAUCGAUCGACCCGUGACAUUUGUGUUUUUACACCGGGAAUAGUGACGUGAUAAAUAUGCACGUGUAUAUGAAAAUUAUUAAUUAUUCAAUAUCGUUCGUGGCGUAAACGAAUAAUCCGUGCCGCGUCUAGUAAUGUUAUCAGUUCCCAGUGCCGAGAUUCGUUUUAAGAGCUUUGCGAAAAAAAAAAAAAAUUGUGUAUCUACAUAUUAUACACGAACAACAGGUGUGGUUAGAAUCAAAUUUUGCGGCAAAGAAUAUUAUAUAGUUAGUUCGACCUCUUUUUGCGCGUUAGAAUUUUUUCACUGGGCUAUAUAAACUUAUCGGGUACGAGAAUCGCAUUCCUAACCCUUAACCUAACCGGCUUGUAUGUCUUCGUAUCCAAUGGUUCGAUCGGGAAAUUUGAUGUACAAUAAUGAAUAAUAACGAAAAUAUUAUUGAUUUUUAAAAUACAAAUUCGGACGAAUAAAUCGAAAGUAAUGUUUUAAUAUUUCGUAUUGUAAAAUGAUUUUUAACGCCCCCGUAUAGACGUAGCACCCGGUGUACCGUAUGCACCUAUCGCACCUCCCUCUCUCCUCCCCCCCCUUAGGCACGCCUCUGCAAAUAAUAUCUUGCGGAUUAAUCUAUGUAUCCUCUUAUAAUUUGGCCGCUGAAUUCGUAUACUUCUUAUGCGAGACUCCGUCGUAUACGGUCUUAAUACGCCCAAAUAUAUCCCAGAUUCCCGGCAUACCUAUGUAUACAUUUAUACCGCCUGAAAACCAAUCGAAAUGCGUUCCGUCGAAUUUUUUUCCGUAUCACUCAUCGUCAUAAUAACGUAAGGAAAAAUCGAAUACGGUUCGUGUAAACGUCAUCGCUACAACAUUCUUUAACCACUAUUAUAUUAUUAUUUUCGGGAGCGAUUAUAUAUAUUAUUGUCGAGACGACGCGCUCGUCAACAACAAAAACGGCUGCGGCCGCGGCGAAUACGCACAAAGACCGCGACGACGACGAAUUGUCGUAUUAUUUCUGUGGCCCGGAACCAAUACGGUGGUUUUUUUUAUUUUUUUGCCGAGACAUCGGAAUGCGACGAAUGCCAUCGCCGGGAAAACUGUCGGUUCGACCGUCGGAAAAUCCACGAAUGCCGGCGCUGAAACGUCGUCGAAAGUCCACGAAAAUCAUUUUUUUUCGUUUCGAGAUCGUCCGGGCGGUCAGACUCACAAGUUCCGAAACCUCAAAAUAAAUACAUAGAUAUAACGACUAAAAUCUUAACUUUCGAUGGCGUUUUCGAAUUUUCUUAGCUGAAGCUUACAUAAGCCAAAAUGCCUUUUGGAUUUUCUUAUUGCGCAGCAAAAUCCUUUUCUAAUUUUUUUUACAUGCGAUUUUCCGAACAAACAUGCACGUUUUGAUUUUAGCUUACUGAUAUAAUAACGAUUAUAUUGUAACCGAUGUCCGAUAUAUAAUAUAACCGGAACGCCGCCGCCGCCGUCACUGACUCACAGACUGGUAACGUUUUUUUUUUUUCAUAACGACAACGCGGUGUGUAUCGGUUUUGACAUGAUUUCGCGUUCUCGCAGCCGGACUGCGAGUUUCACUAGCCUCGGGACAACAGCACACCACACCACACACAACACCGCGAUUGACGUUAUCGAUAAUAAUAAUAUUAUACGUACAUAUUUAUUAAUAAAAACGUUUUGGCCGCAGUGUUUAUACGUAUUUUCCGCAGGCGAAUCGCUGUGAUAUUAUGUUAUUUUACCAUUACACCGCGCGAGUUUGUUUUUUACCCUCACCUCAAUAUUCUAUUAUAUUAUUCUCCGUCGGACCUCCGGCGUGACGUUUUACAUUAUAUUAUACAACUGUAUUAUCAUAAUAUUAUAAUCGUUCCAGCGCGAGAUACGAGACUAUGUUUUACGGGCUGGUACUCCCCGGCCACAUAUUAACAAAGCGUUUACAGUCUCGGCAUCAGCGGUGGUGCCCGAAUACGUCGCUAUUAUUGGCCGGUUUGAGGACAUUCACUAUAUUUUAAACAGGUAUCUUAUCAUUGGAUCUACCACGCGGUAUCCCCUCUCUUUUAUCUGCUUGACGUGAUUUUGUAUUACAAAUCUGAGUGUAUUUUCGAUUUAAAGGUCCGAUGUCAACGAGCGAAUGGAGGCGGUCAAAGGUCCUAAAACAAAGCAAUUUCACCACUAUAUACUAUAAUGAUGAUAACACGAUAUUUCACCGCGCUAUUUUAUAUCGGCCAUAUCAAAAAUAGUAUUUUAACUGCUCGAUUCAAACCGGCUAAUGAUAGUAGCGUAUUCGGACACAGCUGCUGAAAAAAUUUACACUUUGUUAACAUUAUGCUCUCUAGCCCGCCGCCGUCAAGUGUCUUGUUUUUUUUUUCCCCGUAAUUUUUUUUCCUUACCGUAGAUCACGUUACGUGACCGCUCCGAAAUCGUGAAUACAGGCAGCCUGUACGAAAAUAAUAUUAUAUCGGUGUAUAAUACACAUCAGAUAGAUAUUAUUACGAGCGUUUGACCUAGUUAUUAUCAUAUAGUUGGGUAGAUAGCAGUGGUUGGUAGGACUAUUUUUUGUCACCUGGAACUGAUUUCGAAGGGGGAGUGGGCUUAAAUAAAAAGAAAAGAUUUAAUAAAAAAAAAAUGUAAAUCUAUAUAAACGUCUUGAAACCAGGGGACAUAGGCUCUAUAGUUGGUCGCGAAACGGACGGUAGACCGAACGUCGUCGUCGAGUAAAUUUGCGUUAGAAAAAUGUUAGAAAACAAUCGUCACGUAACCGCAUGUCUGAGAGAGAGCGAAUUAUGUACGUUAACCGGGAAAAAGGCGCGGUCGGAAAAUUCCUUCAAUCGGACGGUGCCGCCGGAAAACGAGAACGUGUCAGGGAAGAGGGGGAGAGAAUGUGAACACGGCGUCCUACGAUUGGGCUACAAUACGUUAGGUUAGGCUAGGUUAGGUUUGGUUAGGGUAGUCGAGAGUUUCGAGACUGUUACGCACGGUUUAAUCGAGUGGAAAAUAUUAACUGUGCGCAAAUCGUCAGCGGUUUCGUGUACCGCGGUGAAUCCGGUCGACCGGGUAUAAACCUGUUUGCCGAAACUGUAGUGAUAAUUAUUCGCCUACAAUAGCAAUUCAUCUAAAGUUGUAGGUAUCUCUUGAGUCGUAAAAAAUUUAAGUGUUAUGCACUAAUUUCGAUAAUUUUACCCAAUUUCGGUAAAUGUUCGGUCGGUAACAUGUAGUGGCAACUGGCAUGUAUUUCGUCGAGUGCUAUAAUUUGUAUUGUCGGGCUAGUACUGAUGGUAACAGUGAUAGAGUGAUUAAGAUAUUGUGAUGUUUCUUCUUGUUGCUAAAACGCUGAAAAUCCGCGAGGUUAGGUUAUUACAGGUUAUAACAGAGCUCGUCCGAUUUGCAUUUGCGAAAACAAAGCCGACGAAAUUCUGGAGAGACCGUUUCAGAUUCAGUUUGCCGACCCCGACAAAAACGGUAUUUGAGGGAAAGAAUAAAAAUAUUUAAAAAAAAAAAAUAGAAGAAGCCCGGAAUAAGAGGGGCACAGAAGAAAACAUGGCCCCUUAGUCUACGGAUGUAAGAGUCCAUGUCACCGUCUCAUCGUUUUAAUGUAUAUAAAAUGUUUAUUGAGAGGAGAGAUUACUUUUAAUUUGGGCUUCAGGGCCCACUGCACCCUUUAACCGGGUUCGGGUCUAUGACUUUCUCUGUAUACACACCCGAUCCGUAUUAAUUGUCGCAGUAAUGUAUUAUCGCGUAGACGAAAAUCCAAGCCACGGGCUUUUUUAUAAUAAAUCCCACCAAACUCUAUGUAAGUCUUAACGGAUAUAUUAUAUUAUAACGACGAAAAGUAUUACGUUAUAAUGAUCUUUUUUUUUUUUGUUGUUGUUCACAGCUCGCCGAGUCAUGUGGAACGAAUCGGACGGCGUAAAAACGUUUAAUCGACGUGACCACCACCGUCAUCUGCUGGUACAACAGCCGUCGUACAUUAUUGCCGGUAAGCGGUCAAAAUUUGACACACUAAAAGUUUUUUUUUUUUUCCACCGCAUAUUAUGUUGAUUUUUAAAUUAAAAUAUUCGCUUAUCGGGCGCAUUAUUAUACUCCGAGAAAUACGUCCGAAAUUGGCGUCGCGCAUAAACACUCUUGUCUUAUCGUCAGCGCCUUAAAGAGGCGACGGUGGCGGCGACCGACGUGUACUGUUUUUUUUCGUCCGGCCGGCAUCACCGAUAGUAUUAUAUAUACAUUUUUUUUUUUUAAACCGGUUAGUAACACAUACACACACACAUGCGUUUAUUAUAAUAUUCGAGACGACCGCAGUUGUGGUUUUUUUUUUUUUGCUUCCAGUUUCGGUACCCAGUCCAGUUUUGUCAAUAAUCGAACGACGACGGUUACAAAACGGGAGUUUAUAUACAGAACGCCCCGAAAAAAACUUUUUCGUAUAUCAUAUCGUAUUAUUUAUACCGUAAUAUUGCAUAUCGUUCAUAAUACUGGCUAUAAUAUUAUUAAAAAUAAUUUUAAAUAAUAAUAUUAUAUACGAGGAAAGUUUAUUGCGAAACGCGUUCGUAUAAAAUUAUUGACCGAAAAAAAAAAGUAUCGGGAAGGUAGGAUUUAAUUUAUACGUAUAUUCUGUACGCGAAGAUGAUUGAUCACUGCAAAUUUGUUAUUGAGUUUUUAAAAUUUUUUUAUUAAAAAUUGUUACAAAUGUACAACAAGCAAAAUAUCGUAUUAAUAAUUUUGGAUAUAUACAGUGUCCCACGAAGAUAUAUCCAUUGUAAUAUCUCCGAAUUUAAUAAAGAUAAUCAAAUUCUGUUUUUUUUUUAAUUAUUAUUUAUAUUUCACUUACAGGAAUAAGGAUUACAAAUAUUUAUAUUUCAAUUAAUUUUUACGUUGUGGUAAAAAUUAAAAAAAAAAAGAAACUUAUUUUAUUAUUUUUGGGAGUAUUUGAAGACAGAAAUUUAUUGAGUUAAUUUUUUUGAACAAUUUGGUGUAUCAAUUUUUUAUUUUCAUUAAAUUCGUGAUUAUACAUCAUUUUUUUAAAUUUCGGAGAAAAAAGUAUUAAACACGAUUACAGCUUGCUGCAUAAUUAUAGGUACCUAAUUUUUUCUGUACUUUAAACAAAUAUUCAAAAUCAGGAAUUUAAUGAAAAUAAAAAGUUGAUACGACAAACUUUUCAGAGAAUAGACUCUAUAUAAAAUAGCUAUCUUCAAGUAUUUCUUCGUAGAACACCUUGUAUAUGAUGAAGGAGCCUUUUCAUUGACAACACUUCCACAUAGUUUAAUUAUGACAGUGUAUAUACAAUAUGAUUAUACAUUGUAAAUAUAAGAAUUUAAAUUUUUUUUUUUUUAUACGUAUUAUACCUACUUAAAAAAGACAGACCAUUUGGUCUGUCCUGGAAGUGUGUUAAAGGACUAUAAGUGGAUUUAUAUUGUUUUGAGAACGUUUAUGAAACCGUAUGAAAUUAAUUUUAUUAACUACCCUUAUUAUGAGUAUAUAUGGACUACCGUUAUGGAUGUGGAGUUCAAUAUUUAUGGAGAGGUAUAUGCUGCAGGGACAGAUAUAGAAAUUGAAUAAGAUAGAGGAACGAGCGUUAGACAUAUUCAUUUUUCGCAUACGUUAAAAUGUAUUUUUAAUAAAUUAUAUUAUUUUUAAUUUAUAUAAUUUUGUAUUAGUCAUAUUUUGAAUUUCCCUUCAACUAAGUGGGAUUCAGCUACCAUAAUAUCUCUCUUUGUGUCCGCCCCUGGAGAUAGGUGAAUAUAUACGAAGAACAUUGUAUUGGAAUACUUGUAUUUUUUGAGUAUUGGGUUGUUUUUUUUUUGUUAGUUGCCCAUAACCGAAUACCAUACAUCAGUAAUGAUUUGAGUAUGUAGUGAAUUGUAUGUCAUUGGUUAUUAUUAAAUAAAAAAAUAUGGCUCGUUCGAUAAUUUAUACAAUAUAUACUCCUAUAAUUUCCCAGUGUAUUAUUUUAAAUCGAUUAUGCAAGUGUAUAUUUUUAUUCCGUCAAUGGGUACCUAUCGUGAAUAAUAAUAAUGCGAGUAUAAUACUAAUAUUAUAUUAUCAGAUCAAGGACGCUAUUUUCGCACGGUGUUAAAUACCAUUUUUUAAAAUAAUUUUCUUUCUUUUUUUUUUUUAUCGAAAUCGGGUUAAUUAUUUAACUGUUCGUACGUUAGUGUUAUGGAUUAUUAUAUUUUAUUCUUAAACUGGUUUUAAUUAGGUGAAUUAAAACGCUGUAAUAUUAUAAUUUCUCCAGCGCGGAAUUCUCGCUGUUAUUAUAAUAAUAGUCGGUGAAUGAAAAAGUUGUGUACUCGCAAAAUAACAAUACCGAAAAUAUAAUAAACCCGAAGGAAGGGAAUAAUUAGUACAAAAAAAAAAAACACACCUACGUAAAUAAUUAACAGUUUAUAAACCAUUAACACGUCCUCGUUACCGAAAAAAAAAACAUCAGCUAUUGAUUAGAAUUUUUUUUUUAUUGUUAUCGAGUUAAUAUAUCCGUUUUAAAUCUGUGAGAUUUACAAAAAAAAAAAACAACACUCAUCUACGUUUAAUAUUAAUUUCUACAGCCACGAUAAAAAUCUCCAAAAUAAUACAAUUUACGAUUUUUACACGACCUAUACUCGCGUCGUAAUAUUUAUGUGGUCGCGAUCAAGGGGGAGAGGAACUGCAGUUUUUUGUACGUAUCGUCGUGAAAUAAUAGUAAUUUAAUUAUUUAAUGAUUAGUAAAUAAUCACAGAGUUUUUUGACUACUAUAAGGUCAUAUAAUGUAAUAAAAAAAUGUUUAGAAAAAAAACACGCCAAAAUAUCGUCAACGUUUCGAUUUCAAUAUUUUGUUUUUUUCCCUCCUAAUCCAAUCUAUGGUUGAAAACGAAUUGAUAAUAAUAUUAUUGUAGGUAGGUAUUCAUCUACAGGGCGAUCAACAUGACGUAAUACAAUCAUUACUCGGAAAGUAUUAGUCAUGUUCAGAAUUUGUUUUUCAGAAAUUGUAUAAGAGUCAUUCUCAUCAACAUACACGUUGAUUUUCAAACGGAAUUUAUACGAUAACCAAUCAAUCGUAGACGGUUAUCAAUCGUAAACUUAGUUAAAAAAUUAGAUAAACGAAGGCGUUUAUGUUAGCGAGAAACGGUUCUAAGAAACUAUAGCAGCACUAAAAUUGAGGAAACGACGAAACAUUUCACUUUUAAGUUUGCCGCUUUAUUGGGUAGGAAGAAAGUAGUAGAAUAUUAUUGUUUUCGCUAUUUUCUCCAUCUAAUACUCACACAACGGCAAACUUAAAAUUUAAAAUUACAACAUUAAAUAAUUUACUAGUAUACCUACUUCAUCAUUUUGUAGAAUUUAAUAUAAUUAUUGGCUAUUAAUUGAAAGCUAUCAAAAGUAGUUUGUGGUUUCACUCCCAUCCUCCCAAAUAAAAAGAAGGAUGACAAAAAAUAACGGUCAUGUAACAUUUUAGAGCUGUUUAUUUCCGAAAAUGUCUACAAAAUAAAAAAAUUCCAAAUAAAAUUAAUACUUUCUGAGAUAAUUAUAAACGUCCUAUGCUAUGUCGAUCACUCUGUAUAGCCGGUAUCGCACUAUCCUCGUUGGUGUGUUUUAAGGACAAGAAGGUAAAUUUUUCAAAGUACCUAUAUCGUACAUUAUUAUAUUUAUACGACAAGUACGUUUUUUCCCCCCCGUGAUACUAAUCGGAUAUCCCGCUGUCUGGAUCUUCGUAGGAUACCGUCAUAAUACAUCAUCGUCGGACGAUUAUAAUAAUGCCUUACAAUAUUAUUAUACGUAGAUACCUACGAUAAGUAUUUUAAGAGCAUCACUGUCAGUAAGUCACGACCUCGCGCGCGCGUUCGUCCAAUGUCUUCGUCCACACGCGUCUUCGCCGGCGAGACGUGAUUUUUUUUGUGUAAUGGAUUUUUUCGUGUCGUUAUUGUAGAGUGUAUAAUAGUGCUGAUUAGACGUUGGUUUUCGUUAGCUAUUACACGGACUCUUAUAGCUAGGGAGAUUGCUAGUUCAAAAAUUGUUUAAGCUACUUUUUUUUAAUAACUCAUGAAUAAGACACGAAUUUGUAUUCACUUAAAAUUCACAAAAAAGCUUUUAAAAACACGAAAAAGUUCAUAAAAAAAUCACUUAAAUUUUUUUAUUAAAAAGUGCAAAAAAGGUAGAGGAGUUUAAAAGUUUCCCCUUCUGUGGUUUUUAACUUUUUAGAAAUAAUUUUUAACUCUAACAAUUAAAUAUUUAGUGUUAAUCAUUUGUCAGUUAUGGAAAAAUGUAUUUAACGGGGUUAGAAAGAGAACCGUCAAAGUGGGAACUUGAAAACUCGUCUACCACUUUUGCUUUUUGAAAUAUUUUCUAAGGGCCUUUUUGAUAAUUUAAGCGCUUUUUUUACGGACUUUAAGUACAUACAAAUCUGUGUCCUAUUCAUAAUAACUUAACUAUAUUAUGUAGUUUAGCUUCGUUAUUUUAUUAUUAUUAUUGCUGUUUUCUCAGAUAACUAGUUUAAAAUAAACGUAUUAACUUGCUCAGAUUUGUAAUCAGAGUAAGUUAGAGAUGAAUUUAAGGUGACUUUGUGAUUUUAAUUGUAAUUUUCUAAGAUUAUUAGUAAGUAAUUAAGAAAAAUCGUGAAAAAUGUUGGAUUUACGGGAAAAUUUACAGUAUACCGAUUUCUGCUGUUUUUGAUUUUGUUGUAGUUGAGCGAACGCUUCCUUUUGUUAAUAUAUAGAUAAUCACGGGUGCAGGAUUUAAAAUUAGGGGGGUAAAGCCCCCUCCAUUAAGCCCGUAGGUUCCUAAAUAAAAAAUAGAACUGACCCAUACUAAAUCAUAACUUAUAUUGAAAAUUAAAAUUAUUAACGCAUAAUACAAUUAUUUUAGCCCCUCUCCUCUCGUUUAAUUGCCAGAUCCGCUUCUGAUAAUAAUAAUAUUGUACAAUAUUAUAGUGUAUUAGACUUAUAAUUAUAUAUUUUGGUAUUAUUAUUAUGACAUUAUAUAAAAUAGAAAAAAAAAAAUAGAUACGAAAAUUACUACUUGUUAUUUCCCCUCAACUCCUCCGCCGUACGCUGUUUUCCCCGUCGCUUGUUCUUUUUUCCUGCGAGUACGAGCCUGCGGGGUGUUUAUCCAUAGUCGCGGCCGCGCGUUUCUGUUUUAGGUCACGUGCGAUCCGCUCGCCGCUAAUUAUUAUUCAUAUUAAUUAUUACCAUUAUCAUUACGCAUAUUGUAGGUAUACAGUAUGUUAAUUAUUAUGAAUAAAUAAUACGGUAAACGACGACGUUAAUAAUAUUGUAAUAUAAAUACAUACAUGUAUAGGCGCACAGUUUUAUUUACACGCACUGUUUGCUGCCCCGAUACGCGAUUUUCAUCAUUUGUAAUGUAGGUAAUAUACUAUAUGUAGAUACUCUACAAUAAUAUUUCCGAUUCGAAUCUUGCGUAUCUGACCGCAUCGCGCCGCCUCGUAAGUAUUAUUUUACAAUACAUCGUAUCGAGAAUAAUGCGUAUUGAAUGCUUUACUACGAGACCGUUUCUGUACACGACUUUGACCAGAAUACGUUUAAUACAAUAUAAUAUGCUCCGAUGGAAGAAAACAAAACAAAAAAAAAAAAGUCGAUACUGCUGAUGGAUGUGCCAAUGUUUUAUUUGAGAAGUUGAAAUUGGAAGGGAGGAUAACGUGUAUAGGGUCGUGUGCCGCGAAGACAAUAUAUCCAUUGUGACACUUCGGGAAAUAUUCGCUUUUUUCGGAUUUUUUUUUUUAACAAUUUUAAUAUACAAACAGUUAUAAAACGUUGCUAUUCGUUUUUAUAGCAAAAUGACUAAUUAUUUUUGAUUUUCAAUUGACAACUUAUACUUAAAAUGCAACAAAUAGACGGGGUACCGAUUUAAAUUAAUGUUAGUGUUAAAAUUUUCGAUUUCCGUCAAUCCGUUGAUCAGGUAUUCCACUUUUAAUUUUUGGCAGGGAGAGUUUAGUAAAUCAAUAUUUUUGCGGCGGCACGACACGCGGCGUUUGAGUUCUUUUGCGCAUCUCUCCCCCUAUCCAAAUGUAAAACUGUUAUAUCUCGUCAGCGAUUUGACGAAAAUUAAAAAUGUCAACAACAAAAUAUAUUUAAACUAACACGCUGUAUAUUUAUAGAAUUAUUUAUACUGGUAAAAUUAAAAUUAGGUAGUCAUUUCACGGCUAUAAGUACUAGCGAUGAAAAAUAAUUGAAAUGUAACAUUUUAGAACUGUUUGUUAUUUAAAUAAAUAAAAUGUAAAACGAAAAACGAUUUUGAACAAAGUAUUAUUUUUCGUAGUUUUUCCCGUGUGACCCAGGAAUCAACAAAAAUUAUACAACAAAUUCCCAUUCAUUGAGGAGACCGACGCGGACAAUCGAUAACCUGGGGCGUUCUCGAUGCACCGGCGUCAAGAUCGGAAAAUCCCGCAAGACAGUGCCCAAUACCUACUGGUUUCGUAUGGAACUACGGGUUUCCGGUGGAAAAGUCGUUUACGGAUACGAAAGAAUAACACGCAUACUAUUUAUCACGCAGUAAAACCAAUAUAACAUUCCGCGUUCCGUUCGGAAUAUCGGCGCGCGACGUUUUAUUGUACCGUACAGCGAAUCGAUAUUGUACGCGAUAACGUAUCGCGCGCCGAUGGCGAAUCAUUGUUAUGAUCAAUUAUCAAUAACAGCGAUGCGCCCACCACGACACCGGUGCCGAACCCCGGGCGCGCACACCACGCGCGUUGCACUGCUGCCGGACCGUGUCCCGAAAAUCCGGCUCGUAGAAAGCCGUCUGCAUUUUAAUAUCACGAGACGAUGCGCGCCGGUGCCCGUAUAAAUAAUUAUCGUCCGCACGACGACGACGGCGACGAGUAGACGGACGGCCGGCCGGGCGGUGUCGUGCGGUGUGCGUGAGGCGCUCUUCUUUUCGGCUCUUCGACCGCGGUGGUCUCCGCCCACGCGGCAUAUUCCCCGGCCACGGCGUGCAUUGUACGGCAAGACCUCGCCGCGCGGUCCCUCGGGUGUUUGUACAGAAAAUAUCGGCCCGAUAUUCGGCGGGUGGGAGGGGGAGGGGGGCGGCCGAGGGGAAGGCACACCGGAGGCGAUAGCGGCCGACUCGAUUCCGUACGCACGCGUUAACGCCGCGGCCCGCAUCCUGUUCGGAUAUUAUAAAAACCCAAUCGAAUCCGUUAUAAGAGGACGUUAUACCCGCGUCUACUGUCCAACUGUAACCGUAUCCGGGUGACGGGCGAAAACUAUGUACGCGCAGGACAAGUAAAAUCGUGCUCGAUUUUGAUUUUAGAACGAAAGUACCUAAUAAUGAAAUGUAUAGAGAACAAUAUAGUUCGGUGGGGAACGCCGAAAUAAGGUUUUUCGUGUUAUUCGAAAUAUACAGCUCGUUAUAAAAUAUCCAAUAAACACCCCCCUUUUUUUUUCCUUUAGUUUUUUUAAAUAACUUACACGUUUUUUAAUAAUUCAUAAUAUUCGAAAAACACCUGUGACACAAGACAUUCCCUCCAAAAUUGUGUUCCCUACAAUUUGCAUAAUAUGUACUUUUAAUCUAAAAUCGAAAUUAAGCUUUCAUUUUACUUAUUCUGCGUAUAAGCGUUGUUUUUGCGUGUCAUCCGGUAGUUGGACUGACUGUAGAUGCGGGUAUAACGGCCUCUUAAGGCGACUGUUGACGACGGAACCUGCAGCGGCGCGGAAUUUUCUACGGUAUAGGACGAAGCGAAUAGCGACCGUGAAUAAAUCUACGGUAUGACGUUUAUAUAUGGGUUAUCGUUCAAAAGUCGGUUAAAACAAAAUGCUGAUUUAUUGAUCAAUAAAUCGAAUUUUUCCUCCUCGCGUAACUCGACCGAAAUAUACACCUACUCGUACGUUUCAAUAUAUUACUUAUUAAAUACUCGUAGUUGUUUUAUUUUUAAGUUUAUGCGGGAUGGAAUAAUAAAACUACUAACUUCGAGAGAAUGUUAACAGAGUUGGUAUAAUAAUUAUAAUAAUUAAAAAAAAAAAAAAAAAAAAAAAAAAAAAUCGCUUGCUCUAUUUAUUCAGAUAACUAUAUUUAUUACAUGAAUGGUAUUAAUAUUUAUGAAAUUAUCGAACAAAAAAAAAAAAAAAACUAAAACCGUCUAAAAAUUCACUAACGAAUAAUACAUGCAAAUGUGUUCGUAUAUUCGCGUAAAACAGACGAAUAUUUUAAAGUGUCGUUUCAUACAAUUUGUAGACGACAUGUUUGAAGAUAUUAUAAUACCCAUGGUUCCGCGAUACUAUUAUCUAUGUACAACUAUAUUCAACUCGUAUUAUACUCGCGUAUUUUGCAUUUUUUUUUAUUUUUCAUAAAAAUAUUAACGUUUCAAAACACGUCUCGUAAUUAUUGUUUUCUACAUUGCGGUUGCGCAAUAAAAAAAAGGCAUUUUCGUUUACGUGAUCGGUUUUUUAUAACGCGGAAAAUCGUCGGUCGUAAUCCCACAGUUGACCCGUAAAAAGCCGGUUGCAUAACAGCCAACCGCGUGCGAUCUAUCGACAAAAAGCGAUCUAAUAUAAGUACCUAACACCGAUUAAAAACCGGCGAUCCGAGAUAAGACGUAUGUUACUUUUGAUACGAUGAAUAGUGUGACCUUGUUAUGUACAAUAUACGUACAAUGAAAUAAAGCUUAUCUGUUGAAAAGAUUCCGUGUAUACUCCUCAUAUACAUGCACGCUUGUAUGUGUUGCACGUUUUCAAAAUGAAUAAUAAUUAUUAUACAAUAGGAUAUUUACGUAAAAACGAUAGUGUAUAAGAACAUCGUUUACGUCGUGAUCGAAUUACUCUUAGAAAGGCAGUCUCUGGAGUAAUGGUAAUGUGGUGGUCAUUCAUAAUGUCGAGCCCAUAAAAAAAAAAAAAAAAGAAGAAGAAACAUCCGAUGACUUUUUAAUAAUUUAUUUAAAGACAAUUUUUAACGUCGGAGGUGAGACAUUUCUCGAUGCGAAUUUUUGCAGGUGGUUGAUCACAUGCUGUUUUCGGCGGUGAAUCCCACUUCGUGCGCCGCCCACACAGUACCCCCUAAAAUUCGUUUGUGGGGAAAUAUAAAAAACAAAUCAAUUGAUAAUAUUUUUAAACAUUUUUUUACUAUCGGUUUGAUGUUUGAAUAUUUGAUUUUUUAAUAAACCAAUGUAUUUACGGUCAAUAAAUCGACGAUAUUUUAAGAAAUUUUAGCUUUUCGUACAUAGACUCCAUAAUUUAGAGUGAUUCGGCUGAAUUUUGGGGACCGCAUACUCCACCCGAGCCCCUUCAUUUGCAACAAUGUUUUUGUCAAUUGUUUUUUUUUUUUCGUGCCGAACUAUAUAUAUAUAUAUAGAUGGUACGCUAUUUUAAAAAGAAAAACCGACGACCCCUGGGCGUUUAAAACGAAAAACGGUCGACCCUGUACCUCAUCGUUUAUUGUGUCCGCGCGGGUCGUGACGAAAUCCACAAAAGCUUUCGUCGUGUGCGCCCUCACCAUACGGAGCUGCGGAUAAUGAACGAAACGGACAUGACAAUAUUAUUAUAACGAUAACGGCCCAUUCGUCCGGUGAACAUUUUCGCUCGUAUCUCGUACAUAAAAUCUUUAUAAUAUUAUUAUUACGUACAUAUAUAGAGGUGUACUACAGACACACUCACGUACACGCCGCGUUUAUUCGUAUGUAUAUAUACAUCGCUUUUUUUUUUUUCGCCGGCAAUGGUUUUUCUGGUCACGAUUGAUCAUUGUCCGCUUCACAGUUCCAAUGCCCGGGCUCGUAGACUAACCUGCCUAUGCGCACAUAUAUCUCUAGACAUUAGUCAUGCGGCAUUGCAUCUGGGAAAAAAUUCGUGUACUUAACGACCUCGGUGGCGGCGGCGGCGCCAGAGAAUAUAUAAUGCCUCCCGGAUAAGACAAUAAUGCGUACCUACUUAUAAAGUGUAUUGUUACUAUACGAUAACGUUCGUAUUUGCGUUUCGGGAACAAAUCGAAGAAAAAUCGAAAAGCCGCCGUGCCCGAAUGUUCGCGAGAAAAACGUCCGCGAGCAGCGGAGCUCCGUCACUCUGCUGUCGAAUUCCACCCUCAGUUUACUUGUCGCCGUCACAAUAUUUCGAAUUUUUAUUAUUGACAAACGAUCUAUCUAAGAUCGUUUUGGUGACCGAAAUCGUAUUUACAUUUCAGUCUGUAGGGGUAUUUAAAAUUCGAUAUUUCUUGUGAAAACAAGAAAUUUAAGCAUACCAAUUGGUUCGGAACGAGGUUGAAAUUUAAAAUCCCUAAACGACACAUCCUCGAUAUUAACACCAUGCAUGUAUGAAAUUUCAUCACCGUGACGUCAUUCUUGAGGUCUGUGGGGAUGUAAAAAGCUAAAACAAAACACCCUCUUCCCUCGACCGCGUGGUAAAAUUAUUCAUAUUGAAAUCAGACCAAAAUGUUACCGCUUUAUUCCGCUUAAAUAUACAACGGUAGUGGUCCAGUUUGAGUUGCUCAGAAGGCCAUUUGGUCAAGAAGAAGCCACUAGAUGGACCGAAAAGUAACGGGACAGAGAUUUGUCUCCGUUAUAAUAACAGACACAACACACACAGCGUAUAAUCGUGUCUGUUUUCGGAGACAAAAUCCGCCAAUAACCCCGAGUAGUAGCCGUCAUGAUAAUUACGCUGUAUUCGCAUUAGAAAUGUCGACGCUCGUGCCAUUACGCGCCGCCGCCUCUACGAUGGAAGUCCGUUUCGAAACUCGCGCGCCCAAAACGCCGUCAUCGUCAACGAUUGACACGUCGCCGUUUUGCCCGGCUCGCGCGAAAAUGAGGUCCCCGGCCCGUACCCGCAGCCUUGCGACACAGCCUUGGCCUCUUGACAAUAUUAUCAGGUAUUAUUGUUCUUUUGUGCGGUCUGGCGCAUAAUAUAAUAAUAUUCCGGACCGCGGCAUUAAUAGUAACAAUAAUAAUAAUAAGUAAUGAGCAUUAUAAGUAUAUAAUAUUAUAGGAAGUUUUUCGCUAAUUCACUUAAUGGGCGGCCGAAUUAGGAAAACAUCAAUCACCGGUAAUGAUAAUAUAAUGAAAUUGAAACGUCAGCCGGGCGCGUGUGUCCGCGUACAAUAAUAAAUUAAUAUAUUAAUAAUAAUAAUAAGAAUAAUAAUAAUAAGAAUAAUAAUAAUGAUAAUAUUGCAAACGGUCGCGGGUCGCCCGCGUUUCGCAAUAAACUCGGGUCCAAUUAAAAAAAAAAAAUCGCGAAGGACUCGCGGGCGCAAAUUCGACCAAACUGUAUUUACCUUUUUUUUUUUUUCUACUUAUCUAUACAAUAACUCGCCUUUCCCGCGAAGGCCACGCGCUCAAGUCCAGGUGCCUGGGCCGCAGGUACCUACCUAUAAUUACGAUUUGAGUUUCGUUCGAUCGAAUUAUUUUAUAAAAAAUGUCCGCCUCGAUGUGGCACAAAACCAUUUUCUGGUCGCAUGCUUGUGCCGCUGCAGCGCGCCACGUAGCGAUUAAAUAUACACCUCUGUAUAAAUUUUAGGCAGGUAUACGUUUGUUGCAGGCGAAAAAUGCGCGCGUUCGGAAUUUCUAUAUAAUAAUAAUAAUAAUAAACGCCCCGGAGACUCUCGAUUAUUAUUAUUGAAAGCCGAAAACGAGAAAUUUGUACGCGGCGUCGUCUUCGGCGACCGUAUAAUAUUAUUAUAAUGGGUGUAGUGCAGGUAUAUACCGAACAGUGAAUGCAAUUUUUGACGGAACAAAAAAAACAAACGGACAAAAAAAAAAAAAACCAACGAAACAGCCGGAAAUCGAGUAGAAUUUGUAUGUAUGAAAAUAAAGAAGAAACACACCGACAGGCAUCGGCGGCGGUAAAUAACAUUGAUAAUUAUUCGUAAUUUAAUAGAAAGCGCCGGUGUCGUCUCUGAAUAAUAAUAAUAAUAAUCCGUGAGAUUUGAUGAGAAUCGACACUGAUGCCGAGUUUGGCGUUUUUUAUAAUAUCAUUUUCUAAAUAAAAAAAAAAAAUUCCAGUCGAAAUGUAUUCUGUUAUGGCGUUAUUUAUUAUGUAUACAAUAUGCUGCGUGUCGAUCAGUUCGCAGGACAGCGUCACACUCGAGCGUUUGCCACGGACACGAUAAUAAAUAUUAUUCCGUAUUAUUUUUUUUAUGUUAUAGUUUACAACCACUCGACUUUUCCCGUGCAAAACCGUGUAUUCAUUGGAGAUUUUUACCCGUUCGAGGUCGUCGUAGCAAAAUAAUAGUUAAUUCGUAUUACGUGUGCGAGCUUUAAAACUGACGACGUCGCAUACGAUAGUUUUACCUACGAUAUACGAAAGACUGUGAAUUAUUUAAAACGCGAAUAAAGAAAAAAUAACAUUGUAAAUAUUCCCCGCUAAUUGCUCAUUAAAUGCCCUCGUACACUGCGAAAAAACAUUCAAUUAUAACGUGAAAAUCAUAAUCAUUUCAUACUUUAAAUUUACUAACUUCAUUAUACAUUCUUUGAAUUAAAAAAAAUGAGGAACAUGAUUAUAAAAAGCGAUAAGAUGUAUAAAUUCUUGAACUCAUCUCGUCAAAGGGGUGAUUCGCUUUUCCGCCAAAAUCGACCUAACCAUUUAACGUCAGUACAAUAAAUUGAAUUUCCAUUUUCAAUAAAUUUCAGUUUUUAUAUUUUGGUAAUCCUUUUGAAAAAAUAUGACAAAAAAAGUCAUUUAUAACGAAAAUCAAAAUAAAACAGCCGUGAAAUACAUUCAUAAAACAAAAUACAAAUUAUUUCAUGCGUUAGCAUUUUGAGCAGAAUAUUAUUAUUAGUAUUAUAUUAUUAUAUAAGUCAUCUAUUCUCUCGCGGCUAUGUUAAUUCGAAAAUUAUACGAACAAUUUUCAGACUUUCGUAUUUAUUUAGAAAACCAUAAAGAAAAUCUAAAUAUGGCCUCCAAAAUGCGCCGACUGCAUCAAACAUAUUACAUGAACGUUCAUAUAAAAGGUUUAAUUGAAGUGAGAUUUUCGAUACAAAAGUUGUUUACAGAAACAGAAAAAAUAAACCUGGUGCACGGUGUAUCUGCAUAAUUUGACAAUUUUCUAUGCGAAUCGCACAAGAAACCCGAGAAUUAUAUUAUCCAAUUCUGCUGAAACACCCUGUAUAUCGCGGUAACGUUCCGCCGCCGGCCGUUUCCGAACGCCUUUUGAUUUAUUUUUAUAUGCUAAUGAGAAUUAUUAUAAUAUUAUACAUGCGUAUUAUACGAGUAUUAUAGCGCUCGUAUAUACGGAGAGAAAGUCGGUUUUAAAAACAUAAUAUUCACCGGACGAAUCCGCCACAUGUGUACCGUCGGUUAAACGGUUUUAAUGAGAAGCGAAAAAAAAAAAAACAAAAAAAAAAUCAAAAAUACUACCGGGUGUAUGGGUCGAAGUUACGCGAGGGAAACGUAACGAAAUAAUCGGAAGAAGGGUGUGAUUUAAAAUUUGCCGAUUCCAAAUAACAAAUUUACAUUCUUUGAAAAAAUGUUUUUACCCAUUAUUUUUUUUUCUUUUCUAAGUAUUACGUCACUUUGUACGAUAAUAAUAUCACGUAAUAAAAUGCAAAAAAAAAAACAAAAACAAAAACUAAAAAAAUAUUAUUGUUGCCGAAUAAUCAUUAAACAUUAUCGUUAAACUGUCGAUUCGGUUGUUUAAAUAUUCAAAUUUAGAAGAUGCUCUGCUCCAAAAGGCAAUCGUACUUCAUCUCCCGAAUCGCAAACGCAUAUACCGUCACGUCAUUGGCGGGAUAAAUAAGUUUGUAAGGUAUGUGAUACAGGGUAAUUUAGAAGGUGGGACGUUGGGUAAGUAUAACUGAGGUAUAAAGUAAUCUAAUUCUCUAAAUCCAAAGCAACGGUAAAUUAUUGUAUUUAAAAGCCGAUUCUGAGCGCAGCUCGUGAUUAUCAACAUGGUAUAUAAAACCGACGCACUGUCGUAUUUUGUUGUCGGUUGUUUUCAAAUACUUUGGAAAAACUGUCGGAAAUUCACAGUCAUAAAUGUUUCAAACGAAAUACUAUAGCGCAGAAAUCCACGUGUUUUAACAGUGCUGCGUGAACAACCGGAACAUUUUUAUAUAAACCGAGAGAGGUUUUCAGAGAAAAAUAAAACGCAUCAUAAUUCGAAUUUCCGUAUAUAGAUAAAUAAUCGUACGAGAAGAAUGACCUUAUAUAUAUUUUUUUAACAAUUCGUGAUUUUCAUUCUCGUCGAUCGUGUACGCGAUUUUGACCGUCACCCCCCCCUCCCCCGGUCUGUUAUCCAGCGACGCGUAAACGGUAAUCUCCUGGCAACACGAUCAUAUUAUUGUCCGACCAGUGUAAUGGCGAGUAUUUAUACUUAUAGUAAAGUACGCCUUCGAGACUAAAUCAUUAUACUCCUGACUCGAUGACCUGGAAAACGUUCGACGCGUUAAAAUAUCGGUAGUAUAAAAUAUGAUGAUAAAUCUUCGUCAAUCUCCCGACGAUACCUUUUAUAUUUUUAUAGCCGUGUGUAUAUAAUAAUAAUAAAAAUAAUAUUAUAUUAUAUUUAUGUAUAUAUAUUUUUUUUUUUAUACACGUCCGUUGUUCUUCGCAUUUAAGGGGGACAAUGUGCCCGUUUUCGAGUAGCACAAUAUGUAUUACAGGAAACCGAAAACAUUCCGGCGUAUAGAUAUACAAAAAAUAACAAACAAAACAAACCACUCGAAAAUGCCAAAUUCAAACAAGCGCAGAUGUGUCGGUAACGGUUUAUCAAAAAUUAACUCAUUAAAACAUACCCCCUGGUUAAACCAUCUAUCUACGAUUUCAAAAAAAAAAAAAAUAAAAAAUAAAGGAGCUGAUAAUGGUGAUGGGAGCGGCCACUGUUGUAGGUAAGAAGUUUGGAAGGUAGUAUACAUAAGAUUACUUCAUUUAUAUCUGUAAGCAACGAUAAACCAUUGCUUGACGAAAGACGAUUCCGAGCACAGUUCGGGAAUUCAUAAUUUAAAGUGCCGUAAUUUUUUCCGCGAUUUUCAUUGAAAUUUGAUUUCAAAACGUUAAUUAAAAAAAAAAAAGGUCGUCCGAUGAUUUUGGAAAUUUUACCACUUCUAGAUAAGUCCCUAGUAUAUUAAAUUAUUAUCAAUUUUCAAGUCUCUAAGUGUAUUUAUAACCAAAUUACAGCAAAACAACUCCCAAAAAUUAAAAUUCUUUUAAAAUUGAAAGUUCAAAAAUGAGCUUAACAAUUUUGGCAAUAAUAUCGUAAGAAAGUAAAUUAAAAAGGCAACAAAUAAGGUAUCCUGUGAUUUUUCGAUUAAAUCAUUUUUUCUAUUAGAAAACGUCAUCCGUGUUUUUAUAAAAUAAUGAAAUCGUGAAAUUGUACGUUUUCUUAGGUGUUUUCCCACUUAAGUGCUUUUAUUUAAAAAAUGACGCCGUAAAUCACAAAACGACCUCUCUAAAAUAUUAUAUAGGCAACUCGAGCUUAUAGAAAAGUUACUAUACGUAAAAAUCUUAGCAAGUUUAUUUGGAAAAAACGUGUCCAUAGACUAAAAGAAAAAGUAAAAAAGAAAAAAAGAGAAACAUCUCAAUAAAACCGAUAGUUCCCUCACAGCGCUCGGAAUCUAAAAUAUCAAAAACAAAAUCACUAUUGCUAUACGUUUUACCGUUUUCCCUAAGUCUUUUCUCAACUGCAAACAAGAAUCGAUAGAUACCGACUAGAUGCGAUUUUAUUUCGUAAAAGUAGCCACGUUCGAAUUCCGUAGCAAGAUUUCCUGCACCUAGAAAAGUUAUUAACAGACAGAAAAAAAAAACACAUCAUUGUAAAGUUACAACGCAUUCUUCGUUGCGUUCAGAAUCUAAAACCGACGACGCGCUUCGUCAGAAACACGUAUUACAGCAAUGUAAUAUUUCCGGAUAAUCACCGUGCCCCGUCGAAAUUUCGGAUACCGUUGUUACCAACCACGAUAAUAACCAUAGAACACACGUUGGCCGACCGCGUACCCGAUUUCUUUAAUUACUAUCUCGCCUCCGCGGAACCGGUUUCGUUUUCUCGCCGCGACCGCAUAAAAAUAAUAUUAUAACCGUAUAGCCCGGCAAAAACUCGUGGGAUGUUUUUUUAUGUUUUUUUUUUUUUUUUUUUUUAAUAAAAUGUGAUUUUUAGGUCGGUAUAUACUUCGAGCAACACAUUUAAAACACUUGAAAAAUUAACACUACGCUCUGUAUUAUUGCAUAACAAUAUUACUUAAGUAUUUCGUUUUUUUUUUUUAAAAAAAUUAGGUAUCGGGAAUCGCAAUAUUUAAAAUAUUAUUAUUAUAUUUUAAAAAUUCGUAUCUGUUGUGGUGGAAUUUCGUAUUUUUUAUAAAUCGGCACCUAGUGCAGCGUACAUGUUGUGACACCGUGUUUUUUUUAUUUGUUACAGACGCCGUUUGUUGAUGGCUAUAGACGCGCAUAAUUUGGCUGGACCAAGUCGUCGGUACACAAUGAAGGUACGUAAACCGAUAAUAAAUUAUGUCACUAAUGUUCAAGUCUCACCGUAGUGGUUGUAGACUAUUGAUUUUGUUCACAUGGAAAUCCACAGAGUGGACGGUAUUAUAUUAACAUUAAUAACGCUAUUUUUCUUUUUUUCCGUGGAUUUUAAAAUUCCUAAUUAUACUUACUGGGAUCUUCUUAUCGUAAUUUUACUCGCUCAUACUCGCGCCGGUCGCCUGUGUUCGGUAUCCUUACUUUAGUGAUCAUGGGUUUAUCAUUCGAAAUGUUCGUUCGUGCCUAAUCGUCGGAAAGAGUGCGCUAGUUCGCAGGCACAAUACACCACGAUAUAAUGUAUUAUAAUAUUAUGUACGACCCGAAUAUCACAAAAUUAGCCUCAUUAUUUUGGUACAAUACACUGCCACCAGAGAUCACUACUGAUCCUUCGAAUUUAGACCACAAUAUCAGUUUUCCGUCAGAUUUUCUUAUACGUGCCACAAAGAUAAAAUACAUAAUAAUUCCAAUGAUAAUGAUAAUGAUAAUAUUAUGCGGAUUUCUAUUAUAAUAUGUUAAUUUCCGUAUACACUCCGCGUGUGAUGGCGAAUUCAUUGUGUUUUCUUGUGUACCACUUGAUACGAAUGACCGGUUUUCGGCCGAAACGAAAAUGACGUUAUAUUAUUAUUAUUAUACGAUGGUGGCCCGCUAUUUUAUGUAGACGUUAAAAUUUAAUAAUACGGACGAUCGCUCCGAACUAUAAUAUAUUCGAAUGCCAUGUUGGUUUGUUGCAGACGCCAGAAGGCUUAUUAUUUCGUUUCGAUCGAAUAAUAUAUAUUAUAAUAUUGUUUCCUUUUGUAACUCGAUCGAAUCAAUUGACUUAUUAUUAUAAUAUUCACGAGGAAUAUUUUCUCGUAAAUUGAUUUGUAAUUUUAUUUUUUUUUUUUUUUUGUUUUUUUAUGGAAGGGGACAAGUUAAAAAGUUGAUACUGCUCACGAGUAGAUGUCAACCCUGUUGUAGAUGAGUAGUUGGGAGUAUAAUAUACACUGAAUAGUUUAUUUUAUAUACUACAGUAUGCAACGAUAAAUGAUUGAAAACGAAAAAACAAUUCUCAGUGAAAUAUUAGCGUUGUUGUUAUUAUCGACAUGGACAUAAUUUGUGGGGUGGACUCUAGGUAAUGUCAAUAUCAGCAGUUUUUCUGAAGAGUUAAAAUUAUCUCCGCUCAGAACCGUUUUUUAACUGUAAUACGAUUAAUCAAUGCUGUCAGUUCUUAUAUAAACUAAUAAAUAGCCUAAACAUUAUGCACCUUUCCAUCUUCCCGCCUACACUACAGCGGCCUACCCAUAGUACAAAGUAUGUCCCGGCUUUUUACAAUUAUUGGAUUAGCAAUAUAUUAUUUUCGCGUAAACAGUACAAUCGAGUUCAUAAUUUUAUUGUAUUCUUAUGCGUGCACCACAGUUUGUGUAUAACAAUUAAAUCGCUAUGGAUUCGUUUAAAACACUAUUGUAUAGUAUUAUAAUCAUAAUAAUAUAUUGUAAUACGUGGUUUAAUAAUGCAAUUUAAAUUAUACGUGAAAGGUCAUGUAGAAGAACAAUUGUUUCAUAAAAUAUAUGCGUUAAAAAAAAAAAAAGACCGCACAUUGUAUAAGUAUUAGUGAUUAAUAUUACGAUUUUUUUUUUUUUUUUUAAAUUAUUAUUAUUUAAACGCCACCGCAGUGUCUUUUUACCCGCAGAAAAUAAUUAAUCAAAUAAUAAUUAUUUUGAUAAAAAUUCUGACGCAAUUAUAAAAGUGUUGACAUUUUUAUAAAGGAUUUAUGUUUUAUGAAAACCCAUUUUUUGGUUUUUUUCCAAAAAAGCUGUGAUUAUUGAAUCGAGUUCCAAAUAAUUGACCAAAUGUUUUCGAACAGAUUUAUUCAGAUUUUUAAAAUUCAAAUUUGUAAAUUUGUUUGUUUUUUUAUACAUGUAGCUUUGGUGGUUAUCAUGGGUUUGAUUCUAGAUAAAUUAAUCAGAUAGGUUAAUGUUUAUCUUUUAUCUUAUCUAGAUAAAUGAGAAAUAAUUUAUCUGAGCCAUUAUCUAAGAUAAAUAAUUGAAUCAUCUAGAUAAAUCUUUUUUAAUUAUUAAGAUUCAUGUAUUUAUAAGAAAUAAUAGAUAAAAUAUUUCAUGUGUAUAUUAUUAUGAUUUAAUAAAUAAAUUAUUAAGUCACACCAAACACGCAGACAUUAUGUGAAAUCUGUGUUGUACCAAAUCUGGUACAUUUUUACUACUUUUAUCAUUUUAUUUUAUGAUAGGUAAUAAACAAAAUUAUCUUGUUUUAUCUAGAUAAAUAUUACUUAUUAUUACCUAUCUUUACAUAGAUAAUUAAAUUGGUUUAUAUUUUUAAUCUUUAUCUCGAUAAUUAUUUUAAAAAUUAUAUCUUAUCUUUAACAAUAUAUUUUAAAAUUUAUCGUUACACAACAUUGGUCAUCUGUUCCCGUAAAACUUGUUCUUUUUACUCUCGGUGUCUUUUUACUCGAAUUUUUAUUAUGUUUAACAGGCUUUGCUCCAUAUUUUUAUAUUAUUAGCUGUAUUUUAACUCGGGGCUCUAUUCAAACAUUACGAUUAUAAAAAAAUACACCGGAUUCCAUUCAACGCAUUACCUAAAUCUGUAGUCUGUGGGACUUAAUUCGACAUUAGGCAAAGUGUUUAGACACACGCGCCCAUUUUACAAGACAAUUUAUUUAUUUUAUAUUGUCAAGUACGUUCAAAAACCAAUUGUGUUUGUUGUUUUUUUUUUUCAAUAAAGCGCCGCAUUCGAAUCGAUUCGAGAAAAAAAAUAUCCCAUAAUAUAUUAUAACCAUUGAAUUACUAGAGCCGCGCCGCCGCCGCCGCUGCCCUGUAAAAAACAUUUGAAAAAACCAUGUCACAAGAAAGAAAGAAUGAAAAAAAAAAAAAAGUGUUUUUUAACGAACAUUACCGUCGCACUAUUAUAGGUACUCGACCGUCGUGAUUUAUGACUUUGCGCCGCCGCCGCAGCGAUUUCGCGCCCGAACGAAUUAAAUAAUAAUAUUAUUAUUAUCGAAGGCUAACAGAAGUACACAACAAUAAUAAUUAUUACGGUGCACGUCGAAAAUGUAUAUUGUAAAGUUUUUUUUUCUUUCAAUGAAACUGUACGGGCCGCUGUUGAUUAUUGUGUAUAUAUAUAUUUGUGUGUGUGUGUGUGUGUGUGUGUGUGUGUGUGUGUGUUCGAGUCGCGGACAUGCACACAGGGGCCGAAUGAAUAACGAGAAAAUUUCGUGAGGACAAUGUCAGUUAUAUACAUGGCAGCGAACUGCAGCGGCUUCUUGUUAAAAAAUAAUAAUAAUAAAUAAUAAAUAUACCACUAGAAAUUAGGUCACUCGUUGCGGUUGCGUCUGUGCGCCCAGAGGAGUACAUAAUAUAUAUAUAUAUAUGUAUUAUCGAACCAAUCACAGCCAGACCCGAUAGGUUUUUUCCUCUUCCAACAUUCGAGUCUAAAAUAUUUACAUAAAAAUACUCGUUUUAAGAGAGAAAUUAUAACGAAAUGUUUGGAUCAUUGCUUUCCAAGGGGUUUUGUUUUUCCGUUGGCAGGCGUGUCGUAUAGGCAAUUUCAGUACGGUAAAGUGUGUGCACGGGCCCUCCGGAGUCCCUAUGUAUGUGUACCUGCAUAAAUACGGCGGUACUAAUCGAAAACAAACUAUGUAAGUAAUAAUAAUUAUAUUACGAUUUAGUGAUAGAAGGAAACAUUUGAAGACUUUGCAAGACUUGGAAAAUGCGCAGUUAAUAGCAAACUAUUUUUACAGAUAUAUGUUAUACUAUUAUUGUUCACUGUUAAAAAAUUACAAAACAAAAAUUUCUCGUCUAAGUUUAAAAUUUCAUGAAAUUUCUAUUUAUAAAUUAUGUUAUGACAGUGGCACGAAAUAUUUUGUUUUGAUAAAAAUACCAUUAUAUUUUAUAACUGGUAAUAGUGGCUACGGCAAACAUCUAUUGAAGACACUGAACGUUCAUGCUCGUGACUUUCAAAAAAUUGUUAACAACUAAUUGAAAAUAUCUACAGUAUUAAAAAUAGUCUUAACAAAUAGUUCAAUCAGUAUUAUUUGUUGACAUAAUAUACACGUGUAGGUAUUUGUUUAUUACGGCACAAGGCCAAUUUAAAUAAAGAAUAUAAUAUUUAAAAUUUAAAGUGAAUCCUUUACUACAAUGCAAGUCAGUAUUAUGAUUUUAUAAAACACAAUAGAAAACCGAACCAGAAGACUUAAAGAAACAUAUUGAGAGAUUUAGAAAUAAAAAGGAUGGACAUACUUCGCACGUGGGUGCAGUCACUGUUGUAGGUGGGAAAUUGGGAAGAUAGGAUACAGACAGGAAUUCAAUAUAUAUCUGUAAGCAACCAUUAACCAUUGCUAACGAAAAAACGAUUCUGAGUGGAGUUCAGUUGAUAGUGUUAUUUUGUCAAUAAUGCAAUAUAUGGUAUAUAUCAUAUUAUAGUGAAAUGAUUACUACAAUGUGCGUUUUCGUGACAACAAUGAUUGUUUAAAAAAUAUUAAAAAAUAAAUAAUAACAAAAAAUAAAUAAAAACGGUUGCCAAUGACAACCUUAUUUUUAAUCUUUUAAUCUCUUUUAACCUAAAGAUCGAGGUUUUCCUCAUUAUCUCAAAUAUUAAUGAGAAUUUCAAAAAAAUGACUUCAUUAAUGUACAACCCAGAGAGCAUUUCCUUUCAGAAAAGAUACUAUAAUUGAUAAUCGGAGUAAGCUUUCUGGUAGAAAAAGUGUUCACAUAAAAAAAAAUAAACAUCAUUGUAAAAUCAAUAUAUUUUUCAAUUUUUCAAUUUUUAAUUGAAAUAUUUUAAGCGGUGUGAAAUUUCACUUUUAAAAUGUUUCGAACGUUUUGAUUUCGAGGAAAAUAUUUCAUAUUUAUAACCUUAAUUUUGUAACAACUUGUUUAUUUAUUCACCAGUUUUUUGGAAUUUUUGUCAAACUGAAGAUGAAAUUGAAAUUUAAUUUUCUCCUCGGUAUUAGUUAUCUUUUCGAUUAUAUCAUCACACAUAACAUAUCAAAUAGGUGUGUCGAUAUUUAGAUAUUUAUAUCAUGUCUUUGGUCAUCGCUAUUGCACAUGACCGGCAGGGGAAAAAAUGACGAAUUAAAAAAUUAUCAGCAUACUAUACCUAACGUCGUCGUUGGCCAUAAUAAUAUAAUCGAUUAAAUAAUAACCGUCGGCCAAUGAAUCAUAUUGUGGAACAACCGGCGGCGAUAUCGAUGAUUAAUGUACGUUUCAAAAUAAAAAUAGUAUGUUGUGUUAGCGUGGUUAUUACGUUCAUAUACGACUACUGUCUUCAUCCGCAGUGAAAAAACGAACCAUCGUCACUGCAGGCCAAGAAAAAAAAAAAAUUGGAAACAAUUCGUUCGAUACUACGACACACAUAGGCACACACGCGUACGCUAACCUCAAUCUAUAUAAUAAACGACGAUUGCCGACACUGUUUAUCUAACGCGUGGACUGCGAUACGACCAAAAUGUAUUUGUGCGCACACAAAAGUAGAGGUGUACUCAGACUUCGUUGGUCGUAUAUAAUACAUUCAUAACAAACAUUCAUCCGGUACGUGUUUUUCGGGGUAAAUUGAGUACACGUUUAUUUUCAACGUAAUACGAAUCAACAAGUUUUAUUAGAAAACGUUUGCACUUUUAUCAUCUGUUCACCUCGGUGGAUAAUGUUUCAUUUUACUUAGCUUGGCUAAACAACUGGUAACGUAAAAAUAAAAGUGAUAACUGUUACUAAGUAUAUUAAAUAACAAUAUAAAAAUAAUACGCUGUUAUAUUAGGGGGGGAAAAAAAAAAAAACACCACAUGAUACCAGUUGAACCAAUAAACUCGCUCAGAAUUUAAAAUGUAUUUGUCUUGUCUACAGCUAUUACCCGCCCACCUAAAUUUCGGCACGGUCGUGGCGCCUCGAAAAUACAUCGUGUUGACGCGCCGUUGGGUCCCCCGCCAGAUAGACGCUUAACAAGACUAACAGCAGCAGUAGCUCAUAUUAUUAUUAUAAUCGUAACCGGCACAAUAUUAUAUUAUAUUUCCGAGCGUACAAUGGAACGCAAUUUAUUACAAUAUAUUUAUGUUUUCUCUCGUUUAUUUACUUUUUGUCUGCCGCCCUCAAAAAAAAAACUCGAGUUCGUUUUUCUAUUUUAGAUUUAAUCGGUUGCAGGUAGGUAGUUUGGUGUAAACGUAACGUUCGUUGUUUGCGUUCGUACCGGUGCCAAUUCGCCCGUAAAUAAAUGCACACAAUGCGUGCGCACACGACGGGUGUGUAAAAUGUUAUUCUAAAGUGGACGUAUAUAAUAUAAUGACGCGAUUUUUACCGCGAGGCCGGCGGCGGUGGCGGGGAGACGACGACGACGGCCCAAUAAUAUUAUUUGUAGGACGAAUAUCACAAUUGAAAACUAUACGUAUAUAUAAUAUAAAUUAUCAUGAUUCUCGCCCACCGGUUGUGUGAAAAUUACAACGGGAUCCACCGUCGGCGAGUGGACGCCCGAAUGUACGUUGCGACGUAAUAACAGUAACUGUCGCGCGGAAACGAUUAUCACUAUUUAAGUACAUGCAAUAUGAAUAGCCCGAAUAUUGCCCAUGCGUGCAUAAUACUUUUGAAACUUACUCGACGAGGCCUGAAUGGCGUGACCGGGGAAAGAGCCUAUAGCCGUGCCGUUUUGACGGUGGCCGUAGACCGUGCGUACCGUGUAGUGUGUUUGUGCUAUGCUAUAUUUUACAAUAUUCAAGUGUCCCGUUACCGUUUCGAUUUCCGAGUAAACGUUUUCCAAACCGAACCCUGAGAAAGCGUGUUUGAUGAGGAAGCGUCCCUGUCAGAUACUAGACUCAAUGGUCUGGCCGUGGGCUGUGUAAAUAAAAAAAAAUAAUAUACCGAUGAAAACGAUAUGUAAUUAAAAUUCCUUUUUACAAAUGUUUAGGGGUAACGCCUCUUUUUUAUUUUUUUUUUUUUGUUUUUUAUAUCUCUUCUUUAUUUACGUCCAUGUCUCAAGUAAAACUGCAUUUAGGCUAUUAAAAUCACAAACCUGGGUACGCCGCUGCGAGGACUUGAUUUAAGAGACUAGCCCUAUUUUAAUAGUAGGAUUUUUCGAACGCGGGAUAUUUUUUGAAGGACGAGAUAUGUCGACAAGGAAUCUUAAAAUAGCGUAAUACUUUAAAGAAAUUAGGUAUCCUAAAUCUUCUGCCAUUAAAAAAAAUCGUGUAAUCACCUAAAUUAAAAAAAAAAAAAAAAUAACCAAGAGUAUGUAAAAUUACAAAUGAUAAUAAAAUACUAAUUUAUAAUAAAAAUAUUUUCAAGUUAAGGACGGUCUCGUCGUAAUUAAGUCCCUCGAAUUAUCCGUAGGUAGAUGCCUUCCAUGGCCGCGGUACGUUAUCUUUGUUUGCAAUAUUUUCGAAAAUAAUUGAACGAAUUCCAACCGGUCGACAUUAUUCUAUUGACCGGACAUAAUAUAAUGUUCGCUAUAUAUUUUAAUAUUUUUAGCGUCUUCGCCGGUUUUUGAUUUAUAUUUGUUAGUGGAUUGAGUAAUACCAUCAUCAAAGCAUCUAUAAACCACUCGAAAACGUAUUAAAAAACGAUGUUCUGCAAUUCUUCGCACGGACGACAUAAACUACCCACCUCCCAGUCAAAAUAAACCUGUAAACUUUUGAAAAAUAAAAGGUUUACCUUCCAACCCCACACGAUCUGCCAUGCAAUAUCGUGGCGAUUAUUUCAAUAAACUGUUAAUAAAAACGUGAUUUUCUUCAAUGACCAUCGUCAGUGGUUUCGGUUCAGUAUUUCCAGACAGAAUCGAAAAAUAUCACGAUGCGCGCUUGUUUUUUGAAUCUAAUCGACGUCCCCGAAUCGGAGCUUAGUACUACGAAAAAAUUGUAACAAAUAACUAUGGAACAGUUAUCAUAAUAUUUACACUGUCAAAACACGAACGUUACGAACAUUUCGUCGUGAUCGCAAUUUUCAAAAUGAUUAAUGUUGAUAAAUGAGUAUUUCCAUAUUUUUACUGUAUAAUGUAUAUGCAUUCAUUAUAGCCGUACUAAAUAAUUGUAUACAAAACUCACGACUAUUUAAUUGGUUUGAAGAAAGAUAAGUUUUCCUUGAAUUUACUUCAAUUCAAAUUCUGAGUGAAGCGAUUAAUGUUUUGGUUUUGCAAUGAUGUUUAUUUAUUAUUAUUUUUUUUUUUUACAUUUUUUCGUUUAUCUGUGAACAACUUUUAUACCAGAAAUCUUGCUCCGAUAUUCAAUUGUAACACUUAUAUUGAAUGGAAAUUGGACAUCUGGAAAAGAAGUUGUACUUAGUGGUGAAAAAAAAAAAGUGAGUAAGAUCACAUUUUGAUGAAAAUCAAAAAUAUUACGGCCUUUAUUUAAAUACCUCAAGGGUACAGUACUGUUCAACUUAUAACAACGGAUAUUGCAUUAAGAAUAUUGGUUUCAAAUCAUGUAUAAAUGAAAUUAGCUCAGAAUUUUCGUUAGCAAUGGUUUAGAUUUUAAAUAAAAUUACUUGAUGUAUCUUACCUUCUUAUCUUCCCACAACAAUGGCGCACCAUCAGUGGUACAAUUUUUUUUUUUUUUUUUGUACCUACGAACUAUAUAUUAUGGCAACUUUCGGUCUAAUCUCGCCCACCGAUUAAAAAAAAAAAAAAAAACAAAGCAAUAUUCAAUUCCGAAUCGUGGAUAAUUUAUUUGUCGUUCGGUGGCCAGCCCUCAAAAUCGUACGACGACCUGUUAUUUAUAUUGCAAUAAUAAUGUAUAGUCGAAUUUUUUAUCUAUUUUUUUUUUUCGUUUGUGCAUAUUAUACAGUCGGAUAUAUAGAGCAAAAUUUGGCCGGGGGCUAUGGAGAUAUUGGAGAAAAAACAGGUUUGCGCACGCCGCUUUCGGUUGAAAUAACAUUAUAUUAAAUGUGUGUUGGCAGUGUGUUUGAAAAAUAUCACGCGUGCGUUGGCAACUUCGUUGCUAUAGGCAUGGGCUUUUUUUUUUUUUUUAUAUACAUGUAUAUAUUAAUUUUUAUUUUUUUUUUAUGUUAGGUUCGUGCGCGUGCGUGAACGAUGAAAGAGAAAAUAAAAACGACAUUAUAUUACUCAUUCAUCAUUUAUUAUUAUUACUAUUAUUAUAUCGCUCUAUAGUCGUUCUCCUAAUUACUGGCGGUAUAGUUUUUUUUUACUCGUAUAUACCACUGCACAGACGUAUGCGUUGAAAUAAAUUAUUAUACUAUUAUUAUGGAAGGGGAAAAAAUAUCUCGUUGUCAGACACAGAAUCCGACGUUGCGCGGUGGGGCCCCGGCAAUAGACGGUGAAAUUAUUAUUAUAUUGCGUCUAGUCCGGAUCACAAUUGUAUAAAACGACCGCUCGCACGUUUUAUAAACUAUCUGUACAGAGCUGGUGCACGUCAUCAUUAUCAUAUUAUUCUAGUUUUUUUACUGUUGUAAUUUUUUUUCCCACCGCAAUUUUUUAUGUUUUUUUUUUUUUUCACGUCUCGCCGACGGAUAUUUGAUGAGAUUCCGCUGACGUUCGCGCGGCAAAUUGCAGACGUCGACGGAUGAGAUCGCGUGCGCGAUACCGUAUAAUACCGUGACGAUAAGUCGGGUCUCUAGCGAGCGGAGUAGUUAGGGGAUGGGCGGAUAGGAGGGGAUAAUCGGCAGGUACCGGGAAUAUAAUAUUUGUCGUUAAAAUGUUAACCUGUUUUCGUUUUUAAUUGUGAUUUUCAUCAAAAAUAUUGCUCUGAAUUUCAAGCGUAGCAACUUUUCAGAUUUUAUAGGUAUUAGUAAAAAAAUAUUACGACCUUUCGUUUCUUACGAACAAAUUUUCUACAAGCAAUUUCGCUCCGAUUUACAAUCCCAAUAAAUGGGAAAAACAUGGUAAUAAUCAGUAAAAUAGAUAUAAUAUUAAACAAAUAUUAUUAAAAAAAAUACAUAUUACAUAUGUAAUUAUUUUACCAUAAUUUGAUAUAUAUAUAUAUUGUAGAAAAAGCAACAUUAUUAACCGAAAUUUGCUUAGAAUCGUUUUUCAUUAGCAAUGGUUGAUCAUCGCGUAUAGAUAGAAUAUAUUACAUUUCCCCUCUACCUUCCCAAUUUCUCACCUACAAUAGUGGCCCACCCACGUGCGAAGUAUGUCCGUCUUUUUUUUCUUCUUAAAAUUCUGCGACUUUUUAGCGACUAUUUAUUUUUGAUAUUUUCGUGUAGUUUUAUUUUUUCAGUUAAUAAUUGGGAGAAAUAGUUUCAGUCGGAUUUUUUUUGUGAUCCGGUCUGACGAAAAUGAUCACAGCGUGGAAAUAAUGUCGAGAAUUUCUCCAAAAUUUCCAGUCCAAUUGUUUCGGAUCUGAGGUCGGUUGAUUAUUUCAGGUAUUAUGACGAAACGUCGGUGACGACGUGCGUUAAAACAAAGAUUGAGAGGGGGGGAAAAAAAUGGAUUUUCUACUAUUACUGUUGGGUUAGCGGUGCGAUUGAAAAAAAAAAAAAUCGACGCGAUAUAAUAUGGGUAAUUUCGCGCGCGCGGAUUCCAUAGAUAAUAUUAUACAUUAUGUUCGGUUGAAUUUUAAUUUUUGAAAAAAAAAAAAACCGACACCAUAGUUCCCCCCGCCAAAACACUCCGAUAAAACAAACUCUGCGGCAUCACGAUCAGAGAAAAAAAAGCUCCGGAAUGUGAUCCUCUCUCUCUCUCCUUUGCUCGUUGUUGUAGUGUAUACACACACGUAUAUAUUAUAGUCUUAUAUUGUUAUUACAGUGUUUCUCGUUGUCGUCGUCGUAAUUUUCUAGAAAGCUAUACAUAAUAUUGUUCGUGAUCUUUUCGGACGUCGAUUAUAAUAUUAGUUAUUAUUAUUACGCGGCUGUACGCGAAAACCGUUAUAAUAUAGUAAGAAUCUUUUUUUCUUUUUUUUUCACGAAAAAUCAAUGAUAUCGUCAGUGGCGUAGCCUGCAAUUGGUCAAUGAAUUUAAAUAAAUCUGAUGUAAAAAUAUUGCGUGUAAUGCGAACACAGUGAACCAAGUGCCUUGCCGGCUAUACCGGACUUGUAUCACUGGUCGUACUCGGUAAUUGAAUAAUAAACUUUUGAUUAGCCUAAUAAUAAUUAUUUUUAAACGUAAAUUGUUCCUAACUAUUUAUUUUACUAUGGUACACGCGCAACAAUAGGUAAAAAUAUAAAAUAAAAUAUAACGCAACCCGGUUAAAUAAUAUUAUAAUAACAAAAUCUAUGAUAUCUAUUUAUAAAUAUUGAUUUUGUGUUGAUAUCUGACAAUUUCUAUUUAAAACAAAGCUAAUAAGAUGCAGGAGUUAAAUCCCUAAAUCCUCUGGCUAUACUACUAAAUAUCGCGAUUACGUUCGGGAUGGGUCGGCGAGUCUUUUUUUUAAAACUACUUUUCUACCAGAAAUCCUGGUCAUAAACUUCAAGAGCGGUUAUCCGGUAUAGCGAAUUUUAUCUAUAUUCGAUCCAUUAGAGAUGAAGUCAUUUUUUGAUUUCGAUUUUAUAUCAGUAUGCUUAAUGAAAAUAUAAUAUUGAUUCGGGAGGAGGGUAGAAAUUUAGAAGAAAAAAAACGGGAAUAUUUAAGAUCUGACUUUUUUUUUUUUUUGGAAAUAAGUUAGAAAUAACCGUAAUGAAAACUUAUAUUUUUAUGCCAUUUCUUUUCAAAUCAAUCUGUCGAUUUUUGAGCUUUUUAUAGCCAUUUGAAUUUUUGUUAGUUUUGUAGUACUAGGUUUUAUGCGAACGAUAUUAUUUCGGUUUCUCAAAAAUGCUCGAAACUGUGAUAUAAGAUUUGUCACGGCUCAUGAGUUGUUUUCGCGAAACAAUGAAAAUAUUCACAAAUUUUCUUAUUUUUCGGUGAUUUUGAUGACAAAAACUGAUCGUCGCGCAAAAUAAAACGUUUGUAAAAUUAUAAAAGUUAUAAUAGGCAUGCGAACAUUUUAUGAAUAACCAUAUUAUUUCUGUCGCGGCCACGCCUUUUGCGUCAUGAAAGGAGAAUAUUAUUAUUAUUUUUUGUUUUUUUACUUCUAACGGGCCGAUAUAUACAAACACACCAAACUCGUUUUUUUAUAUAGGUAUACGCAAAACACGACAAUUGUUUUGUCGUCGAUUGUGUGUUUUUUUUUAAUCUUUUUAUCCGUGGUUUAAUUUUUCAAACGGUCACUGUCCGAAUCGUUUCCCACGAGACGUGCGACGAUUGUGCGUGUGUGCGAUUCAUGAUAUUCUCUUAUCCGGAGCCGGCGAUUCGAGUAAAACUUGUCUCUGCAGACACACCGCAAUCGCGUAUACAGUCAAAAUUGCAUAACGAUGAGUGAUUAUCGUAUUUUUUUAACCGCAUCGAGUCGUAAUCGGAAAGUCCCGAUUAAAUGCUAAAUGCCAAAUUACCGUUACCUGACGUAAUCGCGUAUUUUAGGGGAUUUCCUCCGGGUAGGAAUUGUGGCUAAAAAAAAAUAAUGCAAUAAAGUACAAUAUAAUAACAAUAUAUAAUGUAUAGUGUAAUAACUCGAAGAGCAUUUCUUUUUUUUUCAUUUUCGCUCGCAGUUCAUUAACUCCCGGGCCGUUUUUCGUUUUGAUAAACGCCUAUUUAUUAUUGUAAUUUCUUGUCGUCUCAUUUCACGCCCCAACGGUGUCAAAUUGAUUUUUUGUUAGUAGAAUUUUGUACCGAAAAUCGCGUUUCCGAUUCGAGUCAAACCGAAUACGAUUCGUUUAUACAGGGUGAAUCUGCAGGAUUUUACGUUUGUAGUUGACACGUAGAACAGUGUCAAAUCCUGUGAGAGAUUAAUAUACAUUGGGUGUAACAUUAAGUCUGGCGCGCAAACGAUUCGUCACACGGGCCCCGUCGAUUUUUAUGUGCUUUACUAUCUCCGCGAGUUUUGUGCGAUCGAAACAAUAUAAUACGUAUUGUUAUAACAAUAAUUUACGGCUGUCGCGUGAUAAAAAUAUGCACUUUUAAUCGCGCGCCGUGUAAAGAAUAAUGUAAUAAAACAACGUCGGGAGCUAGUAAAAUAAAAUAGCGAAAAUUCGUAUUGCUUUUGCGUAUUCGCCUCUAAUGUAUGUACCGUUACUUUAGGCUGGAAGUUGCAGGAAAAGAGGACAUAAUAGAUUAAUUUAAUUCAUAUGCAUGUAUGCAACGAUAAACUAUUGCUUACGAAAAACUAUUCCGAACAGAGUAUUAAGUUUUCUCUUGUUGCCAAGGAGACCCAACACAAAUUGUGUACAAGAUUGCUAGUUUUUCCCAUUGAUUAAAAAACGUACAAGUAGAAUCAAAAACCAACAUUCUUAAUACACUCACUUGAUAAAAAAAAACAAAUUACAAUAAAGUUCCCAUAAAGCUUUCAAUUGUGAUGUAUAGGUGUCUGGUAGAAAAUUAAAAAUCAUAUCACAUUAAAUUCAAUGCAUUCCUCGCUUUCCUCAGACUCUAAAAACCCUUUAAAACAUUUAACGCCUAUUUAUUCGAUCGCUCCGGAGAUCUCUUAUAUUUAAAAAUACCUUAUGUUAAACGGCCUUAACAUUUAAAUUAUUAAUAAUAUAGUAUAAUAACGAUUUUAUCAGCACGUGUGAGGGAAAUACGCGGCUUUAUUCAAAUCAAUCUCAAUAACGGCCAGCGUGAUGGAGUUUGGCGCCGCCGAAGCGAAACGGAAGAAUCGAAACUUAACGUAACCCAUAACUCGCAAUUCGCGAAAGGUUCGCAGACGUUUUUUAUUAAAAGUCCGUUGACGUAAUGCAUUUCGGCGUGCGACGAACCCUUACCUCCCCGCUCGCCCCUGUCCGCCACAUAAGUUCGUGACACACAUCGCGUACAGCCGUCUCGACUUCGUGCACCAAAACUUUCUCGACGGUCCUCGACUACGACCGCAGUUUCCAUCGCGUUCGACGGCAUUGAAAUUCCGUGUUGCCGACGCAUACUUAUAUGCCUGCAGUAACAGCAGUCGCGAGUGUUACAUAAAACAAGUAUAUAGUAUAUAUGUAAAAAAACCAUCGACGGUGAGCAUCUCUAACGGAUUUUCGUCACACCGCAGCGCCGCCACGGUAACCCGCAAGAAACUAGAAAUCCGAAAACUAGAAACGAAAAUAAAACCUCGAAAUUGUCUAAUAACCAAAGACUAUACGAUAUAACUAAAAAAAAAGAGCCACAAAUAAAUAUUCUGUUGAUAAACAUUUCUACUCUCUGCAACUAGUGGUUCCAUAUUAACGUUCAAUACAUACUAAUAUUAUGAAACUUAGAAAACCCUUUAUUUUAAUACCUAAUAUAAUAAUAAUAUUAUAAUUUAUAGACUACAGAGUUUAAUAUACACUCGUGGUAAUCCUGUACAUUUUUGAUUUCAAAAAUUAUAUACUAUUGCUCUAUGCAACUAUUACUAUAAUAUAUUAUUUUCACCGUUGAUAUGAAAAUUUCAUACAACACGCCAUUCGAACAGACCUUUAUAAGAAAUGAAAUGCAAUUCCUAAAAAUGUUUUACCCGUUGUUUUAUUAGCCUUUGAUGGAUGACGAUAAAUAAUACGUUUUUUUCGAUAAUCACGCGCUAUAAAAACAGCCCAAUAACGAAACCGAAGAAAUUAUAUUGGUAGUUGAUUUCGUUCGCUUUUGAAAUCGAUAACAAUUCGAAUUCGGCGAGAACGUACGCGGGACGCAUCCCUUAUUGCCGGCACUGCGGAGGGCGGAAAAACUACAAAAACCACCGUAUUCGUAUACCGUCGCAAUAUGAUCGUUCCGUCCGGUUUUCAGAUCCGAGUAUUCAUAACCGCUAGACGACCGCCCGCACAUACCUAUCCGCGUACGUGUACACGAUCGCGCGUUAUAUAUUUAAAAAAAAAAAAAAAAACAACCGACACCCGUAAGUAGGUUACCGAGGCCCCAGGCGAUUCGUGUACCGGCGGUUCGCCGUUCGUGUAUAUAUAAUAAUAAUAAUAAUAAUAAUAAAAAAAAAUAAAAUAAAUAAAUAAAACUUUAUGCCGAGUGCCGGGCUCGUUAUAUUUUAUACCGGACGACGAUUUCGACACGAACCGCGAGUACCAUACCCGCAUAUAAACGUAUCCGCCGCUGUAGUGACGUUGCAGUAUUAAUAAUAUCGCGAUGGGAAAUUUUCCGCGGAUACAUCGAAGAUACGGUAACAUUGGAUGUGCGUAUAGAAAACAACCUCGUCAAAAUCGCACGUCCCGCCUGGGGGGCGACGCGCGCGAUUGCGUGCGCUACGCCGCGGCGCGUUGCAGAGCCGAGCGCGACGCGGGACAAUAUUGUCAGGGGGGUCUGAAAACUUUCGUGAACCGGCAUCGCGGGCCUGCGUAAGGACGUUAUUGUUAAUAACGAAUCGAUAAUAUUUAAUAAUAUUAACAUCGUGAUAUGCCGCCAGACGGCCCACAAUAGCGUGCGUAAUCUUAAAGACGCCACGGAAACGCGAUCCGGGGCUGUAGACCGCCACGGAAACUCGACGGCCAUUCAAUCAUUAGACGACUCCGAGAAAAUCAGACGUCUUAAGCGUUUGAAACCGUAGUACGGCGCAGUUUAAGAAUUUAGAUUGAAGGUCGCCGCAAGAGCCGCUUGACUGAAAGUGCGACUUCAUCAACGUGUCCGUCUAGUGUGUAAGAUGUACACUGUUCAGCAUAUUUAUUUGUAAAGACCUUUAUGAGCCGUUUAAAUAAUAAAGCCCCGGGUCAUUUAAAAAGAUAUUUUUAUCUAUCUUGAGAUGGAUUAUCAAUGAUCAUUAUUAUUAUAAAUUAUUGUUUAUCUCGAUAUGAAAUACAUGCAGGUGCGGAAUGGAAUAAUAUUUUAGGGGCGAGGGAGUUGUGAUUUGCCUUGUUUUAUUUUUGACAGACCGAGAGUGUUUAACCUAAACAAUAGUGAACAAAUAAUUUCUGAAAGUGAUAAAAUUUCAAAAUCGUCUUUGUCAUUAUUUAUUUAUCGUAUUAGAAAUAUCUUAUUUUUUCUGGUUCUUUUGUUGGUUUUAUGCGGAUACAAUUUGUUUGGUUUCUCUUGUUACUUUUUUUCAUAAAUUUUAUAGUUCUUUACGAUUUUUCAACGUCGUUUGCGUUUAUCGCAUUACAAGGCGUAUGUGGUCUGUGGGAUAUCCACGAGGGUCUUGUAUAGUAAGCCAAUAAUAGUGUGCAAUAAUACAAAAUAUGAGUAUACGAGUAAGAUAAAUUUUAUUCAAAAAAAAAAAAAAACAAAAAAAUGAACUUUUAACAGUUUCUGAAAAUGUGUAACUAUUGAUUUGUUUAGUCACUCGGAUUUAUUUGCCUAUCGGUGCAUCUAACUCUAGAUCUGGUUCUCUGUAACGAUGGUCGAAAUGCGUUUCGGGCGUGCCCCCGGGUUGCGGUCUAUAAUAUUAUAACUUAGCUUAACGCGACACUGAUCGGCACACCCUGUACACAUCGCCACACGACUGUACGACGUGUUAUAUUAUUGUAUUAUAUGCGCUCGUAAGUGUUGUUUGCGAACCGGUAGCUGUAACAGAAAAAAAAAAAAAAAUGUUAUUAUUAUUAUUAUUAUACUCUACGAUGAUGUUGUGCAAUCGCGCAAAUAAGCGACGGACUGACUGCGGCUGCGGUGUCUCCCGUAUAAUAUAAUAUUAUUAUUAUAUUCCUCCGCCGUCGUCGUUCGCCUUAAUACUAUUACUGUUAUUAUUAUUAUUAUUAUUAUCGUAUGUAUGUUUUUUUUUCUACAAACGGCAAUAACCUUAAAAAAAAAAAGGAAAAAAAUCCCGUGUUCGAAUUGACGACCGAAAAUUUCACCGCAGUAACACAUCAGUGUAGUAUGGAAAAAAGAAAUUCUGUAACGCCCACACUUACUUUCCGAGAAAAUACACCGUAAAUUUCGGACCGGGAAAAUAUUAUACCGUCGCGAAUAGCGUAAAAAAAAAAAAAUUAUGAAUAUAACAUUUCCCAUCUCUCGAUUCUGUUUCUGGGCAUUUUUCAUGUAUCACGAAAUAUCGCCCGAACUUCAGUCAUAAUAUUAUAAUACAAUAUACCUAUGGAUAAAAUGUGUCUAAAAAAAAAAAAAAAAAACACUAUGGUUUUUUCUUUAAUUUAGAACGCUCGACUUUAACAGCAAUGAAAUUUACCUAAAAAAUUUAUAUUUUUUACGAGAAACAAAUUAUAAGUGUGAUCAUACAAUUACAAUCUGGUCGUUUCCGAAGUAGAAAAAAUAUUACUAUUCGGAUCAGAUGUUUAUUAAAAUAGGUGUUUCCUUAAAAAAAAAAAAAUGUUUAAAAAAAGUGUAUAUUUCAGUAGGUUGUGUUACUCUUAUCACCUUCUGACUUAAAUCCUAAUUCAUCAGACCGAAAUAUAUUUAGUGAUACUAAAAUAAACGAUCACAUCGUAUUAUAAUAUACUGCAGACAUUUAUAAAAUACAAAAAUAAUGCAUUAAAUGAACCUAGUGGUAUUUUUACAACUAUUGUCGAUAAACAAAGUACCAUAUAAAAAAAGUAAUACUUUUAUCAGCUGAUGGCGAUCUUUAAAACUCUAUAAUAUAUAUUGAUCUUAAAUUUUUCACGAAGCGCUUAAACAUUAUGUAGAACAAAUCGACAAGACGCCCGCCGGCAAUUAUUUGGAAAUAAAUUUUAAACACCACUCAUACUCUUCAUUUAAAAUAAAAACAAAAAAAAAGUCAAAUUCAUGUGAAAAUUUCGAUCGAAUAAUUUUAUUGAUGACAACCGCGAAAAUAUGCGAUCUUGCUCAUACUAAAGUAACUUCUUGACGAUUUACACAAAUAUAAUUUAUUAUAAUAAGAAAAAAAAAAAAAAAAAAAAAUGGGAUUUUAGCGGUCUGAAAAUGGACAUUGCAUGUACACGAACGACCGAAAAAGGAAAAGUCUUGUUUUUCGCCCGUUUGUGGCCGACGGUUCGAUACUUUUUUAUAUUUAAUAGUCAUUUCACUCUCGAUUUGUGUAUUUGGACAUGAUAAAACAAUUAAUAAUCGUAAUAAUAAUUAGCUUUUUACGUCUUUUAAGUCGCUGUAAAAACAAAAAAAAACCACUCUUAUAGACUGCGUACGUUCGCGAUACGCCGUGCGCAGUCAAAACUAAACGAAACGGAAAAAAAACAAAAGACGCACACGGUAGUAAUCGUUAGAAAACGCGAGAAAAGCGAAACAGUUUUACGGAACGCCGGCGUCAUGACAUCCGAACUCAAAAUAUGAGUAAGGUACGGGCAGUUAAAUCCCAUAUUGGAAUUCACAUGCUAUACAAUUAAAUAUUUUUCAUUGCCGCUGCCCACUCAGCAGCACGGAACGGCAAAAAGUGGAAAUUGUGAAUUUCUAUAAAAAAAAAAAUAAUAAUAAUAAUAGUAAUAGUAAUAAGAUUAACAUUAAGAUAAUAUUAAUUACCGUGGCAGACUUCGCCGGGCAAACACAUUGUUAUUAUAAACGGCAAUUUAUCGCGAUACUACCCACUUAUACUUAUAUAUUAUACUGUCCGAUAUUUUUCCCGGAUUAUCGAGAAAACUACAAGUAAAAUAAAAAAAAAUGACUAUUUUGUUUUUAAAUUCAGUUCUAAAGCAUAAAAAAAGAAAAAGAAAAGGUGAUUGUAUUGAUGGUCCUGUCACUGUUUUAGAAAAGAAAUUAAAGGGGAGAAUUAUAGAGUAAUAAUUUAAUUUAUAUCUGUACAUAAUGGUAAACCAUUGCCAACAAAAAACGAUUCCGAGUAGAGUGUUGUGUUGUUGGUCAUAUUAUUUUCUUUAUCGCCCGAGAUAUUUAGAAAACUGAUCUGGUAACCCAGAAAUCAACAAAAAUUAUACAAUGAACUCCUAUUUUCUUCAAAUUUAUUUAGAAAACCACAAAGAAAAUCAAAACAUCACCUCUACAACGAUCCAAUAAGAUCUACAAUCCUACAAAAAGGUUUUCGAUUAGAGCAUGACUUCUGGUUGAAAAGUUGUUUAUAGAUACAAAAAACGUAUUAUAGUAAAACCAAUACAUUUCUCAUAAAAUAAAAAACAAAUAUUUUUUAAUAGACGAUGUACGUAUACGUAAUCGAAUCCCGACAUCGGUCUAAAAAUGCCGUAUGUUGAACGAACAUUAGAUUAUAUGCAGAGCUGCAGGACGUUGUUAGAUUCUCCAUCACUGCAGCCGCUGUUAGACAAAUAUAAUAAUAGACACCGCGACAUUGUGACGUUAUCGUAUUUUGCAGAUCAGCAGCCUCGGCUGUACGCCGUCGACAUAGCCUCGCGGUAUAGGUCGACGUGCUUCGAUAAAAAAAAAAAAAAAAAAAAUUUGAAAAAAAAAAAUCGCUUAACUCGCUAAUCUCGUGGGGCCCAUAACGGUUUCGACGGUUUCGUCGUGCGUUUUAGUUUAUACCUAAUAUGACAUCACUCGGUUUUGUCGUAGCUUAAUGCGUGCAUAUUCGUUUCUGUAUUAUUUUAACGGUCGUCUAGACGUAAGUGAAAUUAGCCCCGCCAAGUUGUCGGAUUGCUAUCGUAAGUUUCACCUACAAACCCUGUCGCGUUAAUAGCUACUCGGAACGCGAAAAAAUCAAAAUGCGCGUUUGAAUUUUGCACUCCGAAUAUAUACGUGUAUGCGUAAAACCAUUGAAUUUUUCAGCUUUCGUCGAUUUACAGUUUUACUUGCGACAGAUAAAACGAAUAACCGCAGUUGAUAUUAUUGAUGUAUUAGGUAAUUCGGUGGUCGGGUAUAAGCACUAAGCCAGCGGGGCAGUGACUAACCAGUGGGUAACCACGAAAUCUUUGAGUACGAGCCGAAAAUAAUAUACAACAAUCCGCGGCUUAGUUCAACGUAUGUCAUUUGGCCACAUUUUGCGCAAAUCUCUAAAGUCUAAAUGAUAGAAAAUUCGACGCUCUAAAAUAUUAAUGAAACGCUUCAUAAUUUUAAGACCUAAAUUUUAGUCUAUCUUUUUCUUCUUCUUCUUCUUCUUCUUCCGGCCUCCACUAUACUCUAAGAGUUUUCGCCGUUUAAUCCCAACUAACUCAAUUCGUUUUUCCCUAUCACGCACAAUGCACUGUAUCCUUCCGGUUCCAUACGCCUAGGUCUCUCGGAUCUUACUCCACCGCAUUAAUUCACCUCUUCCGAAAGCGGCCCGUGACCUCUUGAUACGUCAAAUACUAUAACCUAUUUACCGCUGCAACCUCACUAUACGUCGUACUGAAUGACCCUGGAGUUUUAUGUUUUGAAUUUUGACUACGUCACUGACUGUUGCCAUUUUAAUUUCCACCUGUGAUUCUCUGAUCUAUAAUAGUUUAAUAAUCCUGUAAUACGGUGUAAAUAAUCGUAGAAGUUAAGGAACGUACGGCGCAAUAUUAAUCAUUAGUGCUAACACUAUAAUAGCAUUAAUAAUAAAAACAGCCAACAGAAAACUAUAGCGAAUUAAAAUUAAAAUACAAUUGUUGUGAACUAGCCAUAGAUAUUAUAGAACGUAUUGUGUCAACCCGAUCCUCCUAAAUCCUGAUACUCGGCCGUAUCUACACUGAAUAAUUUCGAUAAAAUCUUUACAACAAAAACAAUGGCAGUUUCGAAACCCGAAAGAAUCCCACGAAAACUCUUAGACAUGCAGACAUUAAUGAAGUGUUUUUUUUUUUUUUUUUCAGAUUGAAUUACCGCGUAGUACCCCGUUUUCGUACAAGUGUUCACCACAUCACGUCGUCGUCGGUUCGGACGCUAGCGCCUGUGUGUUGAAAAUGUGAUUUUUGAAGUCGAAAGUCCGUAUACACAAGAAUACCUGUACGCAAAUAUUAUUUUCGACCAGACCCCCGCGAUUCCGCGCGACAUCACCAUGGACGUCGCGUCCAGCGAUUACUUAAAGACCGCGCUGUACUCGGGAGACGGCGGCCCGGACUCGGGUAACCGGGAUAGUCUUCGGCUCAUGGAGCUCGGACUCCACCUGGAAACCCUGCACGACGGGUCGCACCGGAUCAACACGUCCGUAGAUCACUUGUUGAACGACCCGACUCUGUCAGGUGGGCGAUAUAUACGGCGUAUAGGUACGCCAUUUCAUUGUAACUAUUAUAAAAUAUAUAUCGUAAAUACAUUUCGAUUUUCGUUCGAACACUCCGGCGUAAAACACGCCAUGGUUACUGGGCGUUUUGGUUUUAACCGGCGAUUUUAACGGGAUGUCUGAAAUGGAUAUAUUUUUUACCCUACUAUAUAGACGGCCUUUGCGCUAUAACAUUAUAUAAUAUUUUAGACGAAAUAAUUGAAAAAUCCUAUUUUCACACACAGAGAGAAACAACAACGAGUUCACGUUCGCCAACAACAACAACAACCACAGCAGCAACAACAAUAAUAACAACAACAGUUUCGAAACGAUCAUCGGCGGGGACCACGGGUUCGACUUGGACUGCACGCCCAGCUCGUUUCCCGAUAAAUCGGACAUAGCGGACCAAUGGCGGACGUUGAACACGGACGGCGCCAUCUACACGGUGGAGGUAGUGAACAACUCGGACGGCGGUGCCGGCGAACCACUGUGGUGCAUGCCCGCGCUCACCGAACAUCACCAAGACUCAAACGCCGUGAGCAACUUCGACGAGACGCUGUUGUCGAUGAACGGCGCCGAGUCCUCGGACCAGAUCGGGUCUAGCAGGUACAUCAAACAGGAACCGUCCGAAUACAUCAAACAGGAGUCCGUCGAGUACAUCAAACAGGAGUCGGUCGAAUACAUCAAACAGGAGUCGGUCGAUUACAUCAAACAGGAGUCGGUCGAGUACACGGGAGACGAGUUGCUCCGGAACGCGUUGCUGGGAAAAACCAAUCACAACCAUCACCAGAGGUACGGUUGACCGUUGAUAAUUUAUUGUCUUUGCGUUCCCGCGCGCGCUACCGCGAUUGCAGAUAACCGACGACACGGCGUUUCGAACGUGUUGUUACUGUUUUCACGAGCCGCCGGGAAAUUACCGCGCCGGGUCCCGUCUCUUACCCCGUACAAAUAAUCGCGAACGCGACGUUUUACAGGUAUGGCGACAAGGACAUCAAGCCGUCGGUGUCCACAGCUUCGGACAGCCAAAACUCGUCGCCGGGGCCGCAGUCAAUGCAGGACGUCACUUACCCGUCGACGUCCGCCGUGGACAUGCAAGACGUGCUGGCCACGGCCACCAGCAGCAUCGGCGGCAACACGAUCGUCAUGAUCGACGACGACAUGCCGUCCAUGUCGAUGCUGGUGGCCGGCGACGGGGCCUCCGCGCAGAACGUCGAUGAUCUCCUCUUGCCAGACUUUGACUUCCAAUACAUCGACGCCCUGGAUGGCGACAUGUCUCAGUCGUUCCAACAGUAUUGCCCCACUAGUCAGGGGUUCGUGUCCUUCAUCGCCGCCGAGGUAAAUUCCCCGACGUUUUAACAGGCCGCCGCCCGUUACAAUAAUCGUUAAGUGCGGCAACAGAGAAAUAAAAUAACCGAACGAUUGGCGUUAAUCGAUUCGAACAUAACAACUCCGGUCGUGCGCUCGCACGUCUAAGACGACAACAGCGUAUCGUCUCCGUUAUUAGCCUUUCCUCUUUACUUUUUCCCGUUCGCGCGUUUCCAUCGCGCCGACCGUUUUUCCGUUUUUCCGAUUCUGAACGCAGCUAGGAACUGGAUUGGCUUUACCGUGCGCUUUUUUUCAUUCGGCCUGUAGCGAACAACUCUCCGACCGCGGUCCUUGCACCGGUCGUCGACUGUAGGACAGUGGAUUUUUCGUCCGGUCGGUACGUUUGGUUUUAGGUCGGUUUUCGAUUUCCCUCGUAGUUUUCUUACAACAAUGCAGUAACGGUUUCAAUUUUCUAUUAUUCUGUUUCUUUCCGCAAUUCGGUUUAACGAUAAUUGGGAAACCCUACAGUUUUCACCGAGCGCUUGGCACGUUCUCGACACGUACGAUUUUUCAAACUAUUUUCCGGUAAUGUUAAAUGAUCGAGUAACAAUUCGGCUUUGUGUACGCGAGAAAUCCUCCGUACCGGUUCGGUAUACGUAUUAUAGCGUCCCGAACGACCGUCGCGUUGGCAACGCGAAAAAACCAACGACAACACGAACGUAUUGCGUUAUAAUGUUUACCGAUUUUUUUUUUUUAAUUCUUUUUCGCAACGGGCCCUUUAACCCCUACUGAUCGAUCGGGCUCGCGUCUCGACCAUCGACUCCGCCGAUCCCCCGUUCGGAAUAAAAAAAAUAACAAUUUAUCAACAUUACGCCAUCGCGUGUGAUAGGUGCGGUGUAUUAAAGCGACGCAUAUCAUUAUGACUGACACAAUAUUGUUUUAAACCAGUUGGCAUUAAAAACGCGUGUAGUUUUUACGAAAUCGUAAUCGGUCCUGUACGAGGUGGUUUUACAACAUGUAGUGAGCAAUAUUUUUACGAACGCAGCAGCAGCGCAUUGUGUUGAUUAUUGAUACGCGCGCGUGCGGUUUUACGUUAGGUACCGCGCGAGAUCUGAAUCGCGUGUCGCGUCGUACCCCUCGGAAUGUCCGCGAGUCACGGCGCGGAACGUUAUCGCGACGAUUUCAUCUCGAACGGGACGGAAUAUCGUUGCGGCGCGAAAACGACGAACCGAUUGGAACGCCAUUGGUGGACGCCGCGCCCACACCCGGACGGCGUAGCGGAUUUUCGUUCUGUGGGAAGCGACGGCUUCGCGCCGCCGUCGGUUUCCACGUCACAGCGCAUCGCCCCCGCGUAACGUCGUCGUCCGACUUCGUAGCGGGAACAUUACACGCGCCGUAGAACUUAACGGACGACGAGACGGUGAAAACCGGCGCGCGGUCGCGCGGUCCCGUCUUUGGGUUCGAUGAUUCGGCGCGCGAUAUGAACGUCCUCGCGAAACACGGUGUCACGCGUACAAAGAGUUCCGAACGUAAACUUCACAAUUGAUUCUGGGCGCGCCGAGGAACGCGUAUCGGUUUCUCUGCUUGAAGUGCGAUUUUUCUCCCCGUCCGUUGACAAGUUUUCCACCGGAAACUUUGCGCUCCGAUAGCGAAUUUCAUGUGCAUACUAGGGAGGAGGCGUUUUCAUUUUGGUUUUCGGUUUUCCCUACGGCGAGAAAAACCCGGGAAUAUUUACGCAUUAAGGCUUCUGUUAUUCUGUUAAUCGCAUAGACCCGAAACUUUCACCGAACACUCUCGUGUUACCACUUUCUAGACGUGGUAAUUUAUUUCGACUGAAGUUCGUUAAAAAAAACCCGAACAAUCGCAAUUCAUUUAUUUCGUAAUUACAAAUUAUACAUACGGUUUUCAAUUUAAACGUAUCGGAUUACGUAUUGUUCAACCGGACUCCGCUCUGGGUCGUAUUUCGUUUACGGCGGUUUAGAAAAUUUGAUUGCCCUAUUCGUCCCUAUUGCCUUCUUGGCUUUUUUUUUUUUAAAUUAACAUAAUAUUAUGCUCUACCCGUUUUACAGGCCCGGGACGAAAAUAAUAAUAUGCUCGAAUUGUAUAGCGGUAUAAUUGUUGCACGGUUUGGCCACAGAAAACUGUUACAAAUUUCGUUUAUUUUUCGGUUAUUUUGUUUUUUUUUGCGACGAAAUUUGUGCUAUCCGAAUCACUCGAUUCGUGUUCCUCGUAGACUGCCGCCUCGACUGUUUAACGUUAAGACGUUUUACCGCACUGAAUUCGAAAACGAUAUUUAUAUUUAAUAUACGAGAAUAAAAUACACGGGACCCGGAUCCUGUAAUGCACCAACGUCUCUGAUAUUGUCGGCGGCGGCACCGACGAAAAGUAAUAUUACAGUGAUAUGUUUGAUCGCGGGGUAAAAAUAGCUCCGAAGUCGAUUUCGUAUUGUUCGAAAAUCGACUCGAGCCAAUCCCCCGUCUACCCCGGGACCGAAGAUAUCCUAUAGUAUACCGACCGUCAUAAUGUCAUAAAAACGCUUGUCUAAUCCGCGGGUUCGCAACACGUUUUUUUUGUUUUUUCUCCCCCGUCUCGGCGGAACAGGUGGCGAACAUCUCGCAGAUCCCGACCACGGUAGUGCUGGACCACCGGGAACCGGAACAGGUGUCCACGUCGUCGUCGUCGUCGCCCAUCAGGCCCGCCAAGAAGUACAACCGCCGGUCUCACCACGCCAACGGCAAGACGAAACAAUCGGGCGGCGCCGUCGUCGGAGGAGGCGGCGGAGCGAGCGGCGGCGGUGCGGCCUCGGCCUCGGGCGACGAUCAGUCCGGCGGCAACCCUCCGGCCGCCAAGAAGGAACGGUCGCUGCACCACUGUCACAUAUGCAGCAAAGGCUUCAAAGACAAGUACUCGGUGAACGUGCACAUACGCACGCACACCGGCGAAAAGCCGUUCAUGUGCAACGUAUGCGGCAAGAGCUUCAGGCAAAAAGCCCACCUGGCCAAACACCAACACACGCACACCACGCCCGCCAAACCGCCCGCCCAAUCGCUUUCGUCCGUCACGCAGUCCAUCAAGGGCGGCGGCGGCGGCGGGGCCAGCGGCCGGAGGUCCACUUCCAGAUAGCCCGGACACCGCCGACACCACCGCCGAUACCGUCACCGUCGAGAACGUCAUCAUCACCAUCGUCGCCAAUAGCAGAUGCCGACACCAUUGCCGCCGCCGUCACGCGAUUGAAUUUAAAACGCGACGAUCGAAUGCAUAAAAGUUAACCUCAUCAAAGAAAUUGUAAUGUUACGAGUAUAAUUAUUAUAAUAAAAAUCGAAUCAAAAUAUUCAAAAAUAUCGUUUUUUUCUCUAUGUAUACGUGUAAUAUUUUUCAUUUAUAUUUGUUUUAAUUAUUACGUUUACGCGUACACAUAAAUAACAAUAAUAAUAAUAUAUGUAUAUUUUUAUAUUUUUUUUACGUCGUUUAAGCAUCACGUUUCUUAAUGAAAUACAGAAACGAAAAUGUAUUACGUUUUAUUAUUAGUGUAUUAUGUACUUGUAGUUUUAAAAAAUAUAUCGUUUAUUUUUCCGUCCCGAGGCCUGUGAUAGAAACGAACAAUGUGUGCACUUACGUUGCAAAACGAUUGGCACGCGUUUUAUAACAAAAUGUUAAUACGAUAUUAAAUAAUAUUAUAUUUUAAUUUUAUAUUAUUUGUAUAUUCGUAGAUCGAUCGAUUUUAUUUCAUAUAUUAUAUUAUAUUAUAUUAUAUUAUUUUGUUGAUGUGAAAAUGUUUAUUUUUUUUUUUUAUUUUGUAUUUUUUAUAGUUUUUUUUUUUUUUACGUGUGUUAUUGGUGUUCCUAUAACGAUUACCUUGACACCGGACUCUAUAAUAUUAUAAUGUAUUUAAGUAAUUUUUAUGAUAUAAUGUAUUAUGUACGGGCAAAAAAAAAAAAAAAACUAGGUAAUUUAUUCGAGUUACAUAAUAUAAAAUAAUAAGGGUUUUUUUUUUUUUAGGAAAAAAGAAAUUUAGACAUCUAAACAAUAUAAUAUUUAAUUAAUAAUAUUAUAAUUAUAAUUUACGAAUUAAACAAAUUAGAAACAAGUAAGUAAACAUAACGUAAUUUAAUAUAAUACACUUGACGUAUAGAUAGCCCAAAAUCUUCGUCAUUAAUUUUGUACUAUUUAUAAUAUUUUUAUCAUUAUCAUUAUAAUUAUUAUUAUUUUAUUUUUAUCAUUAUCAUUAUAAUUACAAUAUUUUAUUAUUAUUAUUAUUUUCAUUAUUUAUCCCGUAUUAGUUUUUUUUUUUUUUUUAUUUACAUAUAAGCAAUAUUAUAUAUUAAAGUAUUAUUAUAUUGUACUGACGACGAUGAAUUCGUUUUCAUUCAUAAUUUCCAUUGCGUAUAUUUGGAGUAUUCAGAGAUACUUGUAAUACAAUUCAUCAGAAUAAUGUUAUAAAAUAUUAUGUUAUCUUUUUCUUGUGCCAUACACAUUUUAAAUGAUCAUGACAUUUUUUUUUUUCUUUACAUGACAAAUCGUAACUACACGUUUCAGUCGCUAAAAAACAUAUAUAUAUAUAUGUUGUGCGUGCGUGUGUGUGCGUGUGUGUGUGUGUGUGUGUGUGUGUGUGUGUGUUGUAUCCCACAGAAAACAAAAAAUGUGUAUAUUUUUAUUUUUAAUUUUUUUUUUUUUAUACAUAUAUAUAUAUUAUAUUUUUUUAAUGAAUUUAUUAUCAUUUUAGAUUCGUAAACGUAUCUCAAUUAUUAAUGAUAUAUUAUAAUAUACGUUCUUAUUUACUUACUACUUACUUACUUGCUUAAUUAUUAUUAUUAUAAUUUUAUUAUUAUUAUUAUAUAUUCCUGCAAUAAUUUUGACUGUGAUUUUUGAAACAAGAAAAAAAAAUUUAUCUUUAUAUUUACAAUUUUCCAUUACUUAUAUUUAUUAUAUAAUCGCGAAAUAACGACACAUUUCGUUGUUUUAUUAUUAUUCUACAAAAUAUAUUUAUAUAUUAUGUACUUAAUAAUAUAUAUUAUACAUUACAUGUAUUUUUUUUUUUUUUUUUUUUGGUCCCUCUCCAAUCUUUUUACAUGUACAUAAUAUAACGAUAUAUAUUUAGAUAUUAUCAUUAUAAUAAUAAUAAUAAUUAUUAUUAUUAUUAUAUAAAAUGUAAUUUAUUAUUAGUAUAGUAUUUAACAAUCUCAACGUUUUUUUUUUUAAAUUGGAAAUGUUAUUAUAUUUUUUUACGCCUACUCAGUAUUUAUUUUUUUUUAUCAGUUUUUUAACCAAAAUUAUUUAUUCCUAUAUAAUAUAAUAAUAUGACAAAUUUGUAUACGUUUUUUUUUGUAAUAUUAAAAAAAUAAUAAUAUAAUCGAUCGACACACGUGCCGUGCGUACCCGGGACACGCAUUUAUAAUUUUACCCGUUUCAAUGAAUUUUUUUUCGUGUUAGCUUUGUUUUUUUUUUUUUUUUUUAUAUUGAUAUAUAUAUUUAA